AUGUGUGGCGAAGAGUGAGCAAUAAAACAGUCUCUCUCUUGUUGCAGGCUACCUUAAGUGCGAUACGGACGAUGGCUGUGAGAACAAAGAAGAAGUCGGGGGUGAAGAACUUUUUGACACCGUCAAUUCCUCAAUCGUCUCCGGGGACAGCAUCAGGUUCUUUGUGAAUGUCAACUUGGAUGUACAACAGAACGUUACAGGUAAGGAUGCUGCCUGCUUCGUACCUGAGACCAUCUUGGUUUGUCUCUCUCUCAUAAAUUCCCGUCUUGUAAUAUUGUUUUCCAUGGCCUGGUUUGCACAUCACUUUUUAGAUCGCAGCUAAGCUGAACGAUGGGACUCGGGUGGCGCUGUGGGUUAAACCACAGAGACGAGGACUUGCCGAUCAGAAGAUCGGCGGUUCGAAUCCCGCGACGGGGUGAGCUCCUGUUGCUCGGUCCCUCCUCCUGCCAACCUAGCAGUUCGAAAGCACAUCAAGUGCAAAUAGAUAAAUAGGUACCACUCUGGCAGGAAGGUAAAUGGCAUUUCCGUGCGCUGCUCUGGUUUGCCAGAAGCGGCUUAGUCAUGCUGGCCACAUGACCCGGAAGCUGUACGCUGGCUCCCUCGGCCAAUAAAGCGAGAUGAGCACCACAACCCCAGAGUCGUCCACGACUGGACCUAAUGGUCAGGGGUCCCUUUACCUUUUAAGCUUAACGAUGGCUUAAAGGUGGAUACCAUUGUUUUGGUGAUGGGGAGAAAAUCAUCCCUCCUUCGCUUCUUCUCUGGUCCUGCUGCCGCCACGCUACUGGCAACUAAACCAUGGUUUGAUUGAACCUUGCAUCCAAGCCCAAGCUCAUGGUUUGUCUCUCCCCCAGCAAGCCUGUGUCUGGCUGUUAACACUAAACCAAAAUACAUCUCAGCUCCAAGUAGUGGCUGUGAUCUUCUCCCCGUGCAACACCAGGCUGUGCGUUCACCUUUAAACCAUAGUUAAGCUUAACCAUAGUUUACAGUGUUGUGCGAAGGAGAAUGGGGCUGUUUCUCAUUUUGCACAAGGCAGUCGUCUUGGCACGUGUUAGAGGACUUGGUUGUGUGACGGCGCAUGAGUGUUCGAAAUGGGAAGACUCGUUGGGGUGUGUUUAUUGAACUCAAACAGGAAUUGGCCUCACUUCUGUAGGUGUGACCGUGCGACUAAUACAAGUUGAGCCAAGACUGGGUGGGCUGGCCUAAGCAGAGGGAGAGAUGAGUAAAGAGGCUGCCCUUAAAAAAAUAUCCUUUUCCUGGCACGCUUGGAAAAUACUUCCAUCUUCCCAGAGAGAGAUUUGUAAAAAGCUGGGAAACACUGAAUUAGCCCCUAAAGUGUUAAGACUUAACAGAACGCUCUCCCCCCACAAAAAACACACACCUAAGGCUACGGAAGUCAAUUUUGAAGACACAGGCUGCUUUCUAUUUGCAGAAGAAUUGGAUGUUUUUUUUAUUUGAAACUCUGUUUGCAUGCGCGUUUGUGUCAUGUUUCUAUAUGCAACGAGGUGUAUAAUGGUACAGUUGAUCGCAUCAGGAGGAGAACAAAGCACGGGCACAACAGAGGCACAAAGAGUUGUCUGCAUCAUUUUUACAAUACAUAAUUUCCCCCAUAAUGUCCCGCUUGUCUUCGCUUCCAUCUGCGAUGUUUGCUGACUGUGUUAGCACAACAGCAGGUGCCUGAGCUUCUGGGAAAUCUCGUUCCAUGCCAGGGGUUGUCAAACAUUUUGGGCCUAUGGAUACAUUUCCAGACGGGGGAAACUGUUGUGAGAAUUGCACACACACACACACACACACACACACUGCAACCAAGCACACACCACAAAUCUCUUCAGUUGCCUGCAACAGAAUGCUGCCUCCAUGCUUAAUUUCAGCAAGAGGAAAGGCGGGGGAAGGGGACACUGUGGGCACCAGGGAAGGCCUCUGCAGAUGUGCCCUUGGGCAUCACACUGGUAUCCCCCUGUAAAGCCCAUCUGAACCCCUGCUGCCAGUCAGCUCGAUGGCCCAAUGGCCUGGUUCAGUAUAAAGCACUUCCUUCGUUCUUAAAAUUGAAAGAAAAGGCUGUAGCUGUCAGGAGCAGGUCAGCAAGAAAUCACACGGCAUCAGCGAAGUUAACUGUCUACUCACAGAAACAAGGUUGACGCAGGAGGUCAGGCCUAGUGAGCUCAGCAACUCGAAUUGAUAGAUCUUGCCCCUGUUGUGGAGACUGAAGACCCCGCAGUUCCCUAGUCUCCUCCCUUCCCGGGUCCUUCCCAAGCAAUCUGAGACUAUGCCGCCAUGCCUGAAUUUGCUCUUCCCGCUUCAUACCUCUUCUGGUUCUGGGAGACCACUGGGGAGGGGAGCUGGUUGCAGCAGGAGGGAGAGACUCCCUGGAUUCUUCAGCCUCAUCUCUGCCUCUUGGCCCCUCCCCUACUCUCCAACCUUUGCUUUUGCCUCUGAUUGUGGACUGCUCUCUGCCAAACACUCUCUCAGCUCACGAAAGCCUGCUGCCUCUUCCUCCCAGUCUGCUCCCUCUUCUCCCUCCGACCACGUGUUGUCGACCCACCACUAAUCCCCUGACUCUGAGCUUUCUUCCCCUGGCAAUUCCCAGCGGUUGCCUCCCUCCCACUCCUCUGCAUCCAGCCAGUCCAUGACAGUAGCUCAGCUGGAAAACUGCUGCCAGACAAUGUAGACCGCACUGAGUUAAAUGGACCGGUGCUCUGAUUUGGCACAAAGCAAUUUCUUAUGUUUCUGUGGCCCUGUGUAGCGCAUCUCUCUCUCUCUCUCUGGCUAGGCUGCCCUUCUCCGCCUAGGGAGAAACCACCUCUUUGACUCAUCUGCAUUAGCUCCUGCUACGUUUCUCUCCCACGAACUGCGAGGUAUAUCUUUCCACCCUUCUCCUUGCACCACGAGGCGCUUUCUUCUCUCUGCACCUUGAGAUACGCCGGCGCUGACAAUGCAAUAAGCCCGGCGGCCCCCGGAGGGUUGGGUGGGGAGGUGGACUCAGGGCGAGGCGAGGCGAAAUGAGGGACAGCUAAAUUUAGCACCUUCCCGUGGGGGUGUGCAUGGAGGAAUGCCAGAAUGCCGGCCUGCUCAUUGUGCCCCCGCUGCGUCCGUGUCUUGCUAUUCUGUUUACGCAAUCGAUUGUGCCAUUAUUUGCCUCUCUGCUAUUCGAAAAAUCCUGCCCUUGUGAAUUAGCAUUGUUCGACUGCAGAGGAAAAAACCCUCGCCGGAAUGAAUAGAGGAUGCUGGCCCCUUGCUCUUAGCUUUCCCCGGCUGGUCUAAGGCCGUUUCCCCUGCUGCUUUCGAAAGCUGCAAGUUACGUGACUCCCAUCGCCUGCUGAACCCAAACAUGCGCCGUAUGACGCUUGGCCCACAGCUGUGAGGCGUCUGUCUUGCAGUGCAGAGAGAAGUCCGGCUCAUAGCUGCCAACUUUUCCCUUUUCUUGCGAGGAAUCCUAUUCAGAAUAAGGGAAUUUCCCUUUAAAAAAGGGGAAAGUUGACAGCUAAGGUCCGGCUGCCGGAUCAGGCCAAAGGCUCAUCCAAUCCAGCGGCCAGCCAGAUGCAGCGAUGGGAAACCUCUGAGCAGGACCCGAGUUCUGCCUGGAACUGCCUGCCAGUUAACAAUGGGCAGGAACCUUUGCUAUGCUCUUUUACGACUUCUUCUAAAAACGUCACUCUAUGCGGGUAAGGCUACCCAGACACAUCGUUUAGUUAUAUAUACACUAGUUGUUUUUUAAAAAAAAUUCUGCUGAUUUCUAUCUGUGCAUCAUGGAUGAUCGCUUUAUAUACCCUGCCUAGAGAUGUAUAGAGGAACCUUGCUUCUCAAACUUAAUCCGUUCGACUCCCAAAACCCUUCGAAAACCAAGGGACGGCUUCCGAUUGGCUGCAGGAGGUUCCUGCAGUUAAACAGAAGCCGCGUCGGACGUUCAGCUUCCGAAAAACGUUCGAAAACCGGAACACUUACUUCCGGGUUUUCGGCAUUUGGGAGCUGAUUUAUUCGUCAACUAAGCCGUUUGAGAAACAAGGUAUGACUGUAUUUCUUUUUGAUUAAGCAGUUUACAAGUUUUCCCAAGUAAAUAAUAACAGCGCAUGAGAGAGGUUGGCGCAUUUCGGAGAAGGUAGCACACCUCUUUAUGCACGUCCAGAAACAAUCCGUUCUCUAAAACGGGGGGGGGGGGCAACUUGAAUAACAUAUUGCGGGGUGCAGAUAAGGCCCCCCCACGCAUCAUUGAUCAUACACCAUUUGAAUGGCAAUGUCCAUCAACUUUGGGGAGGCUUGGCUCCCACAAAUAUUUUACUGGCUGCAUCGACAGGGUCAAAGGAAGUACUGCUCUAUUGUGCCUUGGUCAGACCACACCACUAUUGUGUCCAGUUCUGGGUACCACAAUUGAAGAAGGAUGUGGACAAGCUGGGACAUGUACAGAGGAGGCCGACCAGAUGAUCAAGGGUCUGGAAACCAAGCCUGAUGAGGAACGGUUGAGGGAAUUGGGUAUGUUUAACCAGGAAAAGAGGAGACAGAGAGGAGACGUGAUAGGCAUCUCAAGUGUUGUCACUUGAGAGAGGGAACAAGCUUGUUUUCUCCCGCUCUGGAGGGUAGAACUCGAACCCAAGGCUUCAAGUUACAAGAAAGGAGAUUUUCACUAAACAUCUGGAUGAACUUUCUGGUGGUAAGAGCUGUUUGAGAGUGGAACAGACUCUCUCGCUCACUGGACCAAAGACUUGGUUUGGGGUUCAUUGGCUAAGUGCUCACAUCCAUCACUAUUUGACGGAAGGGAGAAAUUCCUACUUGAACGUUUGGUACUGUAUUGCUUUGAUAGCAGUUUCUUGGGAACAGAUUGCACAGAGGCCACUGCACGUCUCAGAGAAUCGCUUCGAACAAGAAAGUGUUAAAUAAAAUUUGAAGCAGUCCGCUCUCUAUGCAUGGGCUCCUAGGUAUGACUCAUGCAACCUCAGUCUUCAGAAGGCUGUUAGAAUAUAAAUUUCUCUGGGCGUUAGUGCUUCCUAGAAAUUGCGCGACACGCUUAGUUUCUAAAGUAUCUCUUCCAAAUCAUUAUGCACUGUAGAAGAGCAAUUUAAAAAUGCAGUGCAUUCGAAUUUAAUCUAAGCACACAGGCUGUUCAAAUAUUAUUGUUAUUGCCCAUUAGACUGCUGCUGCCACAUUCUGAAAUUAAUGAUUAAUUCAACUCCACAGCUGCACGCAAAUGUGUCCCAGUUUCCUGCAAAAACUGGCAAUUUUGGUUGAGGUAGGAAGGCUGAGACCUGUUAAGGGUUGUCCAUUUUGGCGGCGGCUGAUUUCUCCCUUGGCUGUAUUGGUCCAUGGAUGUCCCAGCCAAUCAGGGAGCAUGUCAAAAUACUACAUAGCCAAUCAGAUUUGAUCUGCAAGAUGAUGCAAGCGAGAGCAAUUGCAAUAAUUAAACGUUUUCACAAGGAGUGCUGAAACAUUGCCAGAGACAGACAUCCUUUUUUGGCGUGAUUGACACCAUUUGUCAAAACGAAACGAAACACCUUGCUCUGCUAAUCUUUAAAUGUUAAGUUUUAAUCUGUUCUCAGGAGGCAUGCCUAGUCUUUUCUCAGUGCUUCGUUCUCAUACCUGAGAAGCGGUUUUGGUAUACAGUCAUGCCUCAUGUUACGUUUGCUUCAUGUUACGUUUUUUCAGGUUGCGUCCCGCGGCGACCCGGAAGUGGCAGAAAGGGUUAUUUCCGGGUUUCACUGCUCGCGCAUGUGCAGUAGCGCUAAAUCGCGCUUCGCGCAUGCGCACAAGCACCAAAUCAUGCCAUAGCUGUCAACUUUUCCCUUUUCUUGUGAAGAAUCCUAUUCGGAAUAAGAGAAUUUCCCUUAAAAAGGGGAAAAUGUUGACAUUCAGGUUGCGGGCUUUUCGUGUUGCGAACGGGCCUCCGGAACGGAUCCCGGUCGCAACCAGAGGUACCACUGUACUGCAGCAAGCUGGCACCUAGCUACCCUCAGGCUGAAUAUUUUUAAAUAACAAAAUAAAUGAAAACAUAAGAAGGGUCCCCAUCUAGGCCAGUAUCCUGUUCUCACAGUGGCCAACCAGAUGCGUCAUCUGCGAAUGCCAACAGCAGAAUUCAAGCCCUCUUCCAUCCUGUGGUUUCCAGCAUCUGAUAUUCUUAAGCAUCACUGCCUCCGACUGUGGGGCAGAGGGGAGCCUUCAGGUCUAGUAGCCAUCGAUAGGCCUCUUCCUCCUCCUCCCCAAAAAACUGGGAGGGGAACUCCUUUUCUUUCUGCCACUGCCUCUUCUUCAGUUGACAGAGACCAUGCUUGUAUAUUCUUUUUUCUUUUUUUUUACUAUUUAUAUUUUAUUGAGACUAUAAUAUUUUUUUAAAAAAUUAAUUUUUAUUAAUUUUCCAUUUAAACAUAUAUAAUCACAUCAUUAUUAUCCACAUUACUUCUUCGGCUCUUUAGAGCCUAUCAACUUCCUUCCCUCCCACCUGAUGGCUUUUGAAAGUAAUCUUUGUAUCACAGCAUUUUAUAUAUUUCCCAAUUCUAAUAUAACUCAUGGCAAGAUACCUCAAAAUUUAAAUAAAUAUAGAAAGGUGAGAAAUUUCUCAUUACAAGUCUUUGGGUAACCCUGCUAGUGUUGUUAAUUGCUUACAAUGAUCUUUCAAAUAUUGUAUAAAUUUGCUCCAGUCCUUUUGGAAUACUGUAUUUUUUGCUCUAUAAGACUCACUUUUUCCCUCCUAAAAAGUAAGGGGAAAUGUGUGUGCGUCUUAUGGAGCAAAUGCAGGCUGCACAGCUAUCCCAGAAGCCAGAACAGCAAGAGGGAUUGCUGCUUUCACUGCGCAGCGAUCCCUCUUGCUGUUCUGGCUUCUGAGAUUAAGAAUAUUUUUUUUCUUGUUUUCCUCCUCCAAAAACUGGGUGUGUCUUGUGGUCUGGUGCGUCUUAUAGAGCGAAAAAUACGGUACUUGAUCGCGCUGGUUUUGGGUUUUUCCCGUCAGUUUCGCCAGUUCCGCAAAGUCCAUCAUCUUCAUCUGCCACUCUUCUUUUAUUGAGAUUAUAAUAGUGAGUUAAAGGAAAUAAAAGGGAGGGGGAAAGAAUAGAAAAGAGAAAAAUAAAGAGGAUACAGUAAAAACAUUAUAAAAAGCAAAGGAAAACAGCAGUAAGAAAAUAACCAUAAAGUAUAAUUAAUUUUACAAAACUUUGUAGUAUAUAUGUAGAGGUAUAAACUUAUCCCUCGGGUAUAUGUUGAUUUAAGUGCCACUAUAGUUUUGAUAAAUACGUUUCAAAUAUCAUUAAAUUUCUCCAUGCUAUGUAAUGGUAAACUACCUUAAAAGCCUUUUCAGGAGAGAUUUUUUUUUUUUUUUGGAACUAACACCUCCGCCUGAUGGAACAGAAUCCAGGAGGAGGAGGAGGAGGAGGAAGAGAGUCUACUGUGAUGAUCAUUACAUUUUUAUCCCACCUUUCCUCUGAAGAGUUAAAGGUGCUGCACGCGAUUCUUUGCCUCUUCAUUUUAUCCCCACAAUGACCCUGUGGGGUAGGUUAGAGUGAAAUAAGAGUGCCCCAAUGAGCUUUGUGGUUGGCCCGGGAUCUGAACCCGGGUCUCCCAGAUCCUGGUCAAACACUCAUAACCAAGAUUAGCAUUUGGAAUUCAGCCUGGAAACCGACUGACGGAAAACGCAGCCAGGCCAGAAUUCAGGUUAUAUCCUUGGGUCCGCCCGGUCCCGUUCAGCAACUCGGCUGCCAAAUUUUGCGCCAGCCAAAGUUUCUGCAACUGUCUCCAAACGCAGCCCCAAGUGCCGCGCAGUGCAGUAGUCUAACCUAGAUUGCUAAAAAGGCAUCGGUACAGAAGACCAGCGUUGCCAACACCAUACCCUCCAACAUUUCUCCGAUGAAAACACAGUGGACGCUCGGGUUGCGGGAACAUGAUUCGUGCGGGAUUCGGCGCUUCUGUGCAUGCACAAAGUGCGAUUUAGCGCUUCUGCGCAUGCGCGACCGCCGAAACCCGGAAGUAACCCGUUCCGGUACUUCCGGGUUUUGGUGGGUGCGUAACCCAAAAAAACCCAACCUGAAGUGGCUGUAACCCAAGGUAUGACUGUAGGUGUACAGCGGGACAUUGCGGGAUCAAAUCGGAAACCAGGACGGCUUCUGUAAAUCCGAGACUGUCCCUGGAAAACAGGGACACCUGGAGGAUCUGCAACGCUCCCUUUUGUCUGUGACCUUUCUGGCUUCGCUACUGGUCUUGAACAUGACGGCAAUUAUUGCAAAGGCAGAAUUUCUGGUGGUUUAAGGGGAAACCCUUGCUGUGGCUGCUCUCAUUUUCUCUUCCACCCCCCUAAGCCACCGACUAGAUGGACAGCUGACCUGGUCGUCCCCCUGCCCCAUUGAUAGGUCAGACCGCUCUUGUAAUAGCAUUCAACUCCUGUUUUAAUAGACCAUUGGGAACAGACGUUUUAUACCCUUUAAAACUAUGUUCUGAGCUCUCUGGGAGCACUUAACUCCUAACGGGCUCAUCUGAUCCUUGCGAUUGAAAGCAACAACCCCUUACUGUUCAUGUUGUUAUUUAUUAGGUUUCGAAAACAUGCCCAGAACCUCGAGGCGUUUGGAUGCAUGUGCAUAAUGCAAGUAUAAUAAAUCUCAUACUUGCGCUGUCAUAGGCUUGCUUUUAAAACUGUCAAUGUGCUAAACUUUAGCAUAAUUUUGCUUGGGGGAGUGAAGGAGGGGAAGGGAAAAAAGAACAGGGCUUGCACAAUUUAUUGAAGCUAGUCAAAUUGGAAGUCUGUCUUGUGGAAUUCAGGGCUGCGCUAUGUUUUUAAAUGGUUCCCCCCCAUCCCACCUUAGAAUCAUAGAAUAACAGAAUUGGAAGGAAUCCUGAAGAUUGUUUAGUCCAAUCCCCUGCAAUGCAGUUGUCCCGGACGGGGAUCGAACCUGCAACCUUGGCGUGAUCAGCGCCACGCCACGCUCCCAACAACUGAGCUAUCCAGGCUGACAUUGGGACAUUUUGUAUACAGUGGUACCUUGGUUCUCAGACUUAAUCCGUUCUGGAAGUCUGUUCCAAAACCAAGGCGCGCUUUGGUCAUGCAAAAUGGAUCAAUCCGUUCCAGACUUUUAAAAACAACCUCUAAAACAGCAAUUUAAGAUGGAUUUUACUAUCUAACGAGACCAUUGAGCGAUAAAAUGAAAGCAAUAAACAAUGUACUGCAGUCACACAAUCAAUCAAUCAAUCAAUCGUUAGUUGAACUGGGUUCCACACAGUCACAGAAACAAAAAGGAAAGAGCCAGAGAAACGCAAAAUAAAUAGCAAAAACAGAUAGACCUCAGCGUAACACUCUAAACCAGUGGUUCUCAACCUGUGGGUCCCCAGAUGUUGUUGGACUACAUCUCCCAUCAUUCCUAGCCAGCAUGACCAGUGGUCAGGGAUGAUGGGAGUUGUAAUCCAACAACAUCUGGGGACCCACAGGUUGAGAGCCGUUGCAAUGGAAGCGUAACACUCAAAACGGAGCUUGUUUGGCUUCCGAAAAAAGUUUGCAAACCAGAACACUUACCUCUGGGUUUGCAGUGUUUGGGUUCCAAGUUGUUUUAGUACCAAGGCGUUUGAGAACCAAGGUACCACUGUAUUGGAAAAGAACUGUGCUGUGCCCUACACAUGGCAGGUCUUUUUUUGGGGGGGGGGUAAGGAUAAGAGCAUUCAGAAAUAUGACCUGAGUCUGCCUCUCAGGUUUCUGAGGCCACUUCCAUGUCUUAAAAGCAAAGGCGGAUUCGUAGAACCAUGUUAAAUUAUGUGCCCAAGAAGUUACUAGUCCUUAGGAAGGUAUCUGACGAGUCUGGAGGUUUGUGAUAGCUUUAGUGGUGGAAGGAAGUAGCUCUGUGUAUAGUAACUACUACAACAUCCCAGCAGAAUGAAAAAUACGGGGAAUUAGAUCUGAGCGUUGUUGCUCAAAGGUAGGAGAAUAACGCAGCUAUUUAGAAUCAGAGAAUUGUAGAGUUUGAAAGGACAUCAAGGGUCAUCUAGUCCAACCCUCUGCAAUGAAGGAAUCUCAGCUGAAGCAUCCAGGACAGAUGGCCAUCCAACCUUUGGAACUUAAGCCUGUGAAGAUAAAGGGUUGAUUCACACAUUCUGUCUUUCAGGUACAAGGUGUCUGCUGUGGAUAAUUCCCGUGCCCUGGACUUGCAAGCAUUUUGCAUUGUCCUAGACCAGGGGUCAGCAAACUUUUUUAGCAGGGGGCCGGUCCACAGUCCCUCAGACCUUGUGGGGGGCCGGACUAUAUUUUGGGAAAAAUAUAAUGAACGUAUUCCUGUGCCCCACAAAUCACCCGGAGAUGCAUUUUAAAUAAAAGCACACAUAAAUAAAAGCACACAUAAAAGCUGAUUCCUGGACCGUCCGCGGGCCAGAUUGAGAAGGUGAUUGGGCCAAAUCCGGCCCCCGGGCCUUAGUUUGCCUACCCAUGUCCUAGACCUAGACAACCAGCGCCAAGAGGAAAACACAAGUUAUUUGGUGGUGAUGCCAUUUCUCGUUCCACAGCACAAUUGAUUGAUUGAUUGAUUGAUUGAUUGUAUUUCUACCCCACUGUUCAAAGGAAUCCCAAAGCAGCUUCCAACAAAAGAUUUAAAAUACAUUGAAACAUCAGUAUUACAGUAUUUUAAUAUUUUUUGGAUGCCCAGAGUGGCUGGGGAAGCCCAGCCAGAUGGCCGGGGUAUAAAUAAUAAAUUAUUAUUAUUAUUAGUCAUUAAAAACUUCCCUAAACAGGGCUGCCUUCAGAUGUCUUCUAAACACUAUCAACAAAGCAGCAACUAAAUAAGCUAAACAUCGCAGUUACAGCAAAAUCCCUAUUAUACGAUUAUCAAAUCAAUAUGGGCGUUUCAAACCUGUAAAAUAACAUCAGCAUUAACCACAUAUCAGCUAGAAAUAUUUGUGUGUGUACCCAGACGCAGGGACGCCUGAAAUGUCCUUGCCUCGGCCAUCUUCAGCUCAUUGUACAUCUCCUUUAGCAAAAUGACAAACUUGAGUCUGAGAGGCUUUCUGUGGGGAAACUGAAAGGUGAGCCCAUUUCUGCUCCCAGAUUCAAGAUUGUGAAUAUUGGACGGUGCCAACUGGGGAGGAGUUUAGCUCCAUUCAGGAACACCUGCUUUGCAUGCAGAAGGUCCCGGGUUCCAAUCCUGACAUCUCCAGGAAAGGCUGGAGAGAGCCCUAUCUGAAAUCUUGGAGAGCUUCUGCCAGUCAGUGUAGACAGUACUGAGCAAUAUGGGACCAAGGACAAGUCAUUUUUUAAUUUCCCCCGUCUGUGCUCACUCUUUUACUAGCUGGCUUGUUUCCUAAUGGCAAACGCUUCUCCGUGCAUCUGUGCCUGAGGUCGAAAACAAGAAAGAAAAAAGUUUCUGGCAGUGGUUGUGUCCAACCCCCCCCCCUUUCCUAAAUCAUUAUUAUUAUUUUCUCGGUGGUAGCAAUUUGGUGGAGAGCCAGUUGGAAGGCAGGAUGUGGCUUUGUUUAGCUGUAAUAAUGGGGCAGCCUUUACACUUUCUUGCACACAAACACCCACUUUUAAUAAGGCUUGUCCCACCCUCCACACAAUAGACCGUGCCGAGAUACUGAAUCGACAGUUUCCUGAAAAGCGCUCCAGACGCAACGCAGGCACACCCGGGGCAAACCACCGGGAAACUCAACCGGCAAGCGAGAGCUUCCAAAACAUGGGGGGGGGGGCGAGGGCAGGAGGUGGGUCCCGCUGCUGAGAUAAUCCCCCCCCCCGAAAGGAGGGGUUGCGUGGAUAUAAGAAGCAGCCCACUCUGUCGGCGCCAAGGAAUUCCAGAGAGAGAGCCGUCCAGAGACAAGUGGUCUGGGACGGCAUGGGUAUCAUUCUGUACACAAUAGUUGCGUUUCCUCACAUUAAUAGCAAAGCCCUUUUCAUGUCGCCAGGCACAAUGCCGGCCCCGCGAGCUCCAUCUGAUAAAUCCUAUUUUAGAAACCCUGAUGUCAGGGUGGGAUGCCGGCCACUUCAGCGCUUCCUACUCCGAGAAUGGAAAAUGGAUGGGCCAAUUGUGUUCCCUGAUAGGUUAAGCCUCUGUCCGUGCUUCCCGGUUGACAAGGGCAGUUCAAGAAAGGGGAAAAGAAUUAAAAUGUUUCUUAGGAACUUCGCUCGCCCGGCUUAAAGCCUUUGCAACGCUUGUGCGCAGUUCUCGCACGCGGUUUUGAGGUCGGAGGCCGGAGGGUUUUGUUUCAGAUGGGCCAGGAUAAACCCAAAAUGAGCAAGAGGGAAGUCAAAAUGGUCUGCCUGCCGUAGAGUUUGCAGAAGAGGCUGCUGUGUAUAUGGGAGGUCAGCAAUGUCUAGGCAACACGAUGACCAUGUACAUACGCAAUAGACAAUCUGGGUGGCGCUGUGGGUCAAACCACAGAGCCUAGGACUUGCCGAUCAGAAGGUCGGUGGUUCGAAUCGCCGCAACGGGGUGAGCGCCCGUUGUUCGUUCCCUGCUCCUGCCAACCUAGCAGUUCGAAAGCACAAAAAGUGCAAGUAGAUAAAUAGGCACUGCUCUGGCGGGAAGGUAAACGGCGUUUCCGUGCGCUGCUCUGGUUCACCAGAAGCAGCUUAGUCCUGCUGGCCACAUGACCCGGAAGCUGUACGCCGGCUCCCUCGGCCAAUAAAGCGAGAUGAGCGCCGCAACCCCAGAGUCAGCCAUGACUGGACCUAAUGAUCAGGGGUCCCUUUACCUUUACCUAUAGAAUUCCUUCAAACCAUAACAAGUACAAAAUGAAAUCUUUCGACUCAAAGUCUCUGAAAAUCUUUAAAUGAAGCGAGGUACCAGACUUUGUACGAUGAAAAACAAGCUGUGAAGCUUUGUGUAUUCAGUAAAUAUGAUGUCCAACACUGAACAGUGAUACUGGAUGUAGACUACUUCGUCAGCGUGGUGUAAGGAUAUAGAAUGGCUUCAUAAACGGAAAAUAUUUUUUUUACAGAUGGUGGCCUGCAUGCACAUACGACUUUACAAAAAUUGUAAACCAUAAUACAAACAGUAAUGAAAAAGAGUACAUACCCCAUCUUAUUUCGAAUGAAUAUAUGUAAAUGAAAAUAUCAAAUGCUGUGUUUGUGGGGAUGCCAGGUGCUGCCCGGGUCUAGAGAUUCCUUCCAGUGCUCAAAUAAGGCAAGAUCUGAUCUCAGGGUGCCCAUGUGUCCUACUUUGCAGAAGACGGUCCUCUAUUUGAAUGGCUGCCAGGGUAUCUGAAGAAAUGUGCAUGCACACGAAAGCUCAUAGCAAUAACUAACUUAGUUGGUCUCUAAGGUGCUAUUGGAAAUAAUAAUAAUAAUAAUUUUUAUUUUGUUUCGGCUGCCAAGGGGACAGUCUUCUGCCGGAAGCCGUCCCGUCCUGCAAUAGCUUGCCCAGGACAAGUCUGGCUUUAAGGGACCAUGGUGGAAAUUGCUUGUCUAUCGCAAGCACCUUGAUACCAGACCUAGCAGGGAUGCAUGCAACCUGGGUACCAUAUUCCUUUUCUAUGGUGAGAUUGCUUGCAUCUCUUUUUAAAUUGCAAUCACAGUGGUACCCUGGUUCUCAAAUGCCUUGGUACUCAAACAACGUGGAAGUAAAUGUUCUGGUUUGUGAACUUUUUUCGGAAGCUGGACGUGCUCUGUUUUGAGAGUUAUGCUUCCGAUUUGAGUGCCACGCUUCCAUGUUGAGUGUUACGCUGAGGUCUGUCUGUUUUUGCUGUUUAUUUUGCGUUUUUGAGCAUCAGCUGCUGGAAACCACAGGAUCUGGGAGUGCUCUUGCGCUUGCAAGUUUCCCACAGGCAUCUGAUCCUGAUCUGGCAGGCCCUCCUUGCAUUCUCUUGCAUCGCCUGGCAGGUCUGCCCCAAACGGUCCCAGUUUAAUUGCCCCUGAGCCUCGUAUACACUUCAGAAUGCAGGUUCUCGGUGCACGCUGGAGCAUGGGGUUUUUUUCCUUCCCCGUCUGACAGAAUGAGCAAGUUAUUGUGGGGUGCGAUGAAACCUGCGGCUUCCAGGGGGUUGGAAAUCUCAGUCCCGCCUGCUCUGUCGCUGGGUGAGAAGUGAAAUCGCCACAGCUCAGGGGAUGCAACAGGUUCCUUCGACGAGAAAGGGAAAGGGGCUGCUAUUUUUGAGAACUGGCGAUGGCAACACAGCCGUCUCUUUGGCAUGCAGAGCUCAGCCAGACUCAGCGAGGGACCCAAAAGGGCGAUGGAAACCUUAUUGGAUGUUUCACACCUCCUUCAACAUAACAUGGGCUUCCAGACACCUGCUUAUAAGCGCUCCGGGGUUUGGCAGAGGUUGUAAUAUCUUGGGAUCCCUUUCGUUUCUCUCUCUUGCCACAUGAAGCCGGCAUCUGCAGCACCAACCCAGGUCUCAGUCGCAUCCCUGAAAUAUAUAUAUAUAUGAAUAAUAAUGAGGUGGUCUUAAAAGCUCAGAAAAGACAAAAGAGAAAAACUCAACACAGGCCGGUUUUUGUUUUUCUUCAGAUUUAGGUGCGAGCUAUUUUCCUAUUUUUAAGUAUGAUUCCAAUUAGGUGUUUGUGUUUUCUUUCUGCAAAUAGGAACGGAUGACUAAUUCUGACCUAGGAGAGAGAGAUCCUGGGUAGAAAUCUCUGAACAGCUCUCUCGGCUCCAGUAAUGAGAGCUGCUUUUGAAGUAUUAAAACAGGCGAAGGAAAAAAGUUACGACGUCAGUUGUAUAAUGUCAGCAGAGCUAAGCAGCUCUUUACUGCAUCGCAAGUGUUUUCGAGUAUAUCUUCCAUCCCUUAAAUCACCUGGUACCCUCCAGGUAUUUUGGACCAGAGCUCCCUCCCAUCACCCUGGCUAUUGGCUGUGUAUGUUGACUGAUGGGAAUUGGAGUCCAGAAGAGCGCACCAUGUUGGGGAAGCUGGCUUUAGCAAUCUUCAGCACAGCCCUGUAAGGCGAGGCAGGCUGCAUUAGGAAUAUGUGUGUGUGCAGUUUGGGUUCCCCAGGACUCUCGGUGUUUCGCCUUGGUGGAGAAGAAGGUGUUUGUGAUGCAGAGGCUGUGAUAAGAAGACAGCUCAAACAGCCUUGGUCUAUUCUCAUUCAUGAUGACCUAUGCAGUUGUCCUGAGUGUGAUGAUCGUCCCCACCUCUGGCAUUGAAACCUCCCAGUUGGAAGAGGUCUUCGCAAUCUGGGACCCUCCUGGCAGCCCGGACCAGUUCCUCGUAGAACUGGUUCUUGGUUUCUACAUCAAAGCAUACAGUGGGUGCAUAGAUGUUCAGGAUGUUGACCAGACCGGAACUGGUUGUGAGGCAGAGGGAACUGUUCUGAGCCCUUGGUUGGUGGUUCUUUCGCAGGCAGAAGGGAGCUACACACUGCGAAGCUGUGCUUCCACAGUUGGAGACAUCAAUGUUCCUGAAUACCAGUUGCUAUAAGCCACAGGAGGGGAGAGGCCUCUUUGUGCACAGAUUCUGCUUUUGUGGUUCCCUGAUGAGGCAUCUGGUUCGCCACUGUGAGAACAGAACGCUGGACUAGAUGGGCCAUUGGCCGGUUGAUGAUGAUGAUGAUAAUGAUGAUGACGAUAAUUAUAAUAAUAGUACUACAGUAGAUGCUUGGGUUGCGAAUGUGAUCCGUGCAGGAUGCACGUUCGCAACCCGCAGCGUUUGCAACCUGUGUCUGUGCACGCGCGGGUUGCGAUUCAGCGCUUCUGCACAUGCACGACUGCCGAAACCUGGAAGUAACCUGUUCCGGUACUUCUGGGUUUUGGCGGUCCGUAACCUGAAAAAACGCAACCUGAAGCAUCUGUAAUCCGAGGUAUGACUGUAAUAUUCAUUCAUUCAUUCCCCGCCCAGCUGGCUGGGUUUCCCAAGCCACUCUGAGUGGCUCCCAACAGAAUACUAAAAACACAAUAAAACAUCAGACAUUAAAAACUUCCCUAAACAGGGCUGCCUUCAGAUGUCUUCUAAAAGUCAGGUAGUUAUUUAUCUCCUUGACAUCUGAUGGGAGGGCAUUCCAUAGGGCAGGCGCCACCACCAAGAAGGCCCUCUGCCUGGUUCCCUGUAACCUCACUUCUCGCAGGGAGGGAACUGCCAGAAGGCCCUCGGCGCUGGACCUCAGUGUCUGGGCUGAACGAUGGGGGUGGAGACGCUCCUUCAGGUAUACUGGGCCAAGGCCAUUUAGGGCUUUCAAGGUCAGCACCAACACUUUGAAUUGUGCUUGGAAACGUACUGGGAGCCAAUGUAGGUAUUUCAAGACCGGUGUUAUGUGGUCUUAGCGGCCACAGCAGGACUCUUCUUCCAUUCUUAUGGCAUAGGCAAGAAGACUGACCACCUGCCUCUGCAUAAGGCAUCUUUCCAAUGUUCCCCAUUCAUAUCUCCCUAAUUUUAAAUCUGGUUCUCCUGAUUUGCCCAUUGAUGAAUUAAAGAAGCAAGUUUGUCUUUUUAACCCUCUGAAACCUGGGCCGCAAAGGCAUUUCUGCCCCCCAAAUCCUUCAUAAAUUUCAUGCCCAAGUCAGCAUAUAAUUACACUAAUGGCGUGGGCAUUCUGCCACUCAGGUUUUGGGAAAGCAGAUUUUGAUUCGUCAGCAAAGCCAUGCUAGAUUCCUCUUGCAUUGCUUCUAAUUAUUUGCAUAUUUUUAUUGGAUUCCUCCACAUCAGUUUGUGUUUUUUUAAAAGACAAUGGUGGUGGGGGGGAUGUAUGUUCUUCUCUGAAGGAAGACAAGACAAGACUGUGGUUAGCAGUUCUGCUCCUGUCAGCAUAUUCGCUUCAAUAUUUCUUCGGCAAGUGGCAAGCAUUUAUGCUGCAGGGCUGAUGAAUAGCCGGUUGCAAUCCCUAGGAAUUUAAUGCACGUCACGAAAGGCUGGUGGGGUUUUUUAAGAAACUGUAUUUAUGAAACAAUAAGAAGUGCAUGAGGUCAGGAGCAACUGUAUUGGGCCAGAAUGGCUGGCAUGCGAUCGUUCUGAAAACGGGGCCAAAACUUAUAUUACCGCUUCACAUGGGAAAGCUGUGAAGGCCAGCCUGUCUUCAUAGAUCAUAGAAAUGUAGAGUUGGAAUGGGGCCCCACGGGUCAUCCAGUCCAGCCCCCUGCAAUCUGCUAUAUUAGUAGUUCUGCAAUGCUUCCUCAGAGUUUCUGCAUCUUGAAGAGCCUAUAGUGCAAAAGAUAAAAUAAAAUAAAAAAUAGCCAGGAAUGGGUGGGGAUUAAAAGCCUGCAACAGGUGCUAUAAGGAGUUGAAGGAUUUCAGCAGCGAGUGAGAGGCAUGUCCUGACUGGAAACAAAUCAUUGUGUCUGCCCCAAAACCUUUGCAGGUGCAAUAUUAUUACUAUUAUUUUAUUUUUAUUAUUUAUUGAAUUUAUAUACCACCCUAUACCCAGAGGUCUCAGGGCGGUUCACAACAUAUAAAAUCAAAAUAAAUACAAUAACCCAAUAACGCACACAGGCCCCCAAAAGAGCCACAUUUUAAAAGGGUAUAGGAUGUCAAUCAUGUCAACCAAAGACCUGGUUAAAAGCAGCGUCACAUCUAACUGCCUUGUAAGCACCGUGAGCACGAAUCAUCAUCAAUGCAAUAAAAGGGACAUAUCCUUGGACCUCUCAAAGUCAUUUUCGUUUUAUAAGAAGCAUGGAAUCAUGGAAUUGUAGAAGAGUUGGAAGGGAUCCUGACGGUCAGCAACUUAGGAAGUCCCGCCGGUGCCUGGGGAUGCAUGUGAGCUCUAUGUCAUGGAGGCGAGGCAGGGCCGGAUUUAGGUUUGAUGCGGCCCCAAGCUACUGAAGGUAAUGGGGCCCUUUAUUAUAUGUCCACCUGUCCUUUGUCGACAACAAAUUGCCGCUGUUUUUUGUGUUGAACAUAUGCUAUAUGGUCAUUUAUGGACCUAAUAGGUAUCUAAAACUAUUUGUGCAUGCAGAAUGUAGGCACCCUAUAUAUAGAAAUGAGCAAACCAGUGAUAUUUUAGGGAGCAGGCUAGCAGGCAGGCCCAUGACUUACAUCAUAGGAGCCUACACAACACAAAACACUGUUGCUGUAUGUAGGUUUUAUUUCAUUUCUUUUUUAUCUUCUAUUUCGGAAAUGUACAUCUAGGUUUUUUUCCUUUAAUUUUUUGGGGGGCCCCCAAGAGAGUGGAGCCCUAAGCUAUAACUUGUUUAGCUUAUACAUAAAUCCGGCACUGGCCGGAGUGGUUGUGUCCCAGACAUGUGCCGGCUCUGUGCUGCUUUUUCGGGCAGCGCUGGGCCUGCAGGGAGUCCAAGCCGUUGUAUCCCUCCUGGGCGCCCUCCAGCCGGGAAAGAUAAAAUAUAUAUAUAAUAUACCGUAUUUUUCACUCAAUAACACGCACCCGACCAUAACACGCACGUAGUUUUUAGAGGAGGAAAAUCCGUAGGUAUGCCACCCAUAGGCAUUCCCUCCAUAACACGCACAGACAUUUCCCCUUACUUUCUAGGAGGAAAAAAGUGAGUGUUAUGGUGCAAAAAAUACGGUAAUUUAUUAUUUAUACCCCGCCCAUCUGGCUGGGCUUCCCCAGCCACUCUGGGCGGCUUCCAACAAAAUAUUAAAAUACAGUAAUGCAUUAAAAGCUUCCCUAAAGAGGGCUGCCUUCAGAUGUCUUCUAAAAGUCUGGUAGUUGUUUAUUUCCUUUACAUCUGAUGAGAGGACGUUCCACAGGGCGGGUGCCACUACCAAGAUGGCCCUCCACCUGGUUCCCUGUAGCUUUGCUUCUCGCAGUGAGGGAAUCGCCAGAAGGCCCUCGGCACUGGACCUCAGUGUCUGGGCUGAACGAUGGGGGUGGAGACGCUCCUUCAGGUAUACUGGACCGAGGCUGUUUAGGGCUUUCAAGGUCAGCACCAACACUUUGAAUUGUGCUCGGAAACGUACUGGGAGCCAAUGUAGGUCUUUCAAGACCGGUAUUAUAUGGUCUCGGCGGCCGCCCCGAGUCACCAGUCUAGCUGCCACAUUCUGGAUUAGUUGUAGUUUCCGGGUCACCUUCAAAGGUAGCCCCACAUAGAGUGCAUUGCAGUAGUCCAAGUGGUAGAUAACCGGAGCAUGCACCACUCUGGUGAGACAGUCCACAGGCAGGGAGGGUCUCAGCCUACAUACCAGAUGGAGCUGGUAGACAGCCGCCCUGGCGGCUCAGAUGCCCUGCAGGUCCAGUGUCGCCCGGGGCGAGCCAUCCCUCCUGUACACCCAUAACUGCCACUACUGAGGGUCCUGCAAUGCAGGAAUCUAAACGAAAGCAUCUAUGGCACUUGGCCACCCAACCUCUGCUGAAAAACCUCCAAGGAAGGAGAAACCACCACUUUCCAAGGGGGUCCGUUCCACUGUCAAACUGCUCUUACUGUCAGAAAGUUCUUCCUGAUGUUCAGUCGGAAUCUCCUUUCUUGUAACGUGAAGCCAUGGGUUUGAGUCCUGCCCUCCAGAGCAGGAGAAAACAAGCUUGCUCCCUCUUCCAUGAGAUAUUUGAAGGUGGUUUUCAUAUCUCCACUCAGUCUCCUCUUUUCCAGGCUAAACAUCCCCAGCUCCUUCAACCGUUCCUCAUCAGGCUUGGUUUCCAGACCCUUGAUCAUCUUGGUUGCCCUCCUCUGCAUACCUUCUAGCUUGUCAAUAUUCUUCUUAAAUUGGGGUCCCCCAGAACUGGAAACAGGACUCCAGGUGUGCUCUGACCUAGUGGUAGUGGACAUCCUGAUCAGCUCUCCACCAAGCUGUUAUUAACCAUGGAAUGCAAGGGUUCAGAUUCCUGGUUAGCAGCGGGUUGGAGUAAACCAGAUUUGGGGGGGCAGCGCAUCGGAGAAGGGUUAGAGCCCCUCGCCCCAUGGCUCAACCCAAAUCAAAGCUGCUUCCGCAGAAAGAAAAUUUCACCAAGAGCUCUCAAACGCCAUAAUGUGUAGUCUGGCCCAGUAGCUGGCCUUUCUGAGAUGAAGUGGGAUGAACAUUUAAAUACGAAAACAUGGGUCACAAAGCUGGGAUUUCCCCCCUAGGUGUGUUGCGAACCUAAAAUUGCAACUUUUCCUCUUCUUUUCCAGCAGAAAGCGAAGGCGCUGGGUGCGUUUUAUUACACACAUCAAGAAAAGUAGGUACAAUUGUCUUUUUUUAUUAUUGUUGUCUUUUAAGAAUAACUUGCCUUUAACAUACUCUCAGAGCAGAAAGGCGCUUAGCCUUUCUCCAGCCAUUCCCUUUUCCGUAGAGUAGAGGAAAUGUGCGUCUCUUGCUGUCUCUAAAAAUCUGUUCACCUAAAUCCCUAAAGUUUGAUGUUCUUCUGAAAUAGUAAUGAUUUUCACUCUCCUUAGUGCAGUAGUUCUCCCUUUGAUGAUGCUGGUGAUGGUAAUAGUAAUAAUAAUAAUAAUAAUAAUAAUAAUAAUAAUAAUAAUAGUACAGUUUUAUUAUUUAUAUGUCACCUGUCUGACAGGGUAUUUCUGCUUUACAAGAUGCUCCUAGACCUAGGGUUCAAUUGUGGGCUCUCCUAGCUGUUUUUUUCCCUUGCCGUCAAGAUUCUUCCCUCCCUAGGACUGCUUUGCAUCUUUUUUGAGGGUAUCUGCCUACCUGGAAUAUGCCUUUGAACUCUGGCAGUGCAUCUGAGAAAGAUCAGGGAGGGGUGUGUGGGUGUGCAGAAAAUAGCCUACUGCACAAAGGUGACAUUUGCUCCACCCACUUUUCCCUCUGGCCCCACCCACCACUGGCAUGCGGCCCCUGAGAAGUUGCCCAGAAGCAAAUGCGGCCCCUGAGCUCAAAAACAUUCACCGCCUCUGCCAUUCCGGAAAAGAGAACCAAAUAAGUAUAAGUCUUGUAAGUCUCUGAAAGUCUUUGUAGACUAUGCAAGUCUCUGAAAGAAGCAAUGGGUCAGAUUCUUAUCUGGUGAACACAAGCUGUAAAGCUUUGUUAUAUGAUGUCCAGCGCUGCCGAAGUGGUUCACAAACAGACGUAGUGAACAGUGAUUCCGGAUAUACCCACUGUUUCGUGGAAUUCUUCUUCAGCACAGCAGAAGGAUACAGAAAUGCUUCAUAAACCCAUCUAAAUGGUGAAUGGAAUGAUAUAACAACGAUAUCUAUGUAGCAGUGGUCAUAAAGUUAUUUGGUUCUAUGUUUUCAAGAGAAUCCAUCAAGAAUGCACAUUUAGAGACUUUCAGAGAUUUAUAAGAUUUCUGUUUAUUUGGUUUAUUGUUCAAUGUUCCGGAUAGACUAUAUAAAGAGUUUAUAUUGAUAUUGCAUUGUUGUACUUGGUCAUCGUGUUGCUUUGGAUAUUACUGAUAAUUGUUUGCAACACAGGGGUUUAAUUGUUUGGUUACUUAUUCCGGAAGAGAAGGCAGGCUUCUCCUUACAUUGGGCUGAUACUGGCAAAUCACAGAGAAUAUUUGUGCAGAAGGCUCUCAGUUCCGGAUUGGAAAGGCUCCAUCUCCCAUCAGCCACAGCCAGCAUGCCCAGUGAGCAGGAAUGAUGGGAGUUGUAGUCUCAGAGCAUCCUGAAGACCACAGGUUUCCCCAUCCCUUUGUGUAGGCAACAUUGAGGUAGAGGAGCCCAGUGGUCUGUUCCAGAACAAAGCAUCUUCCACUUUAAGUGCAAUCACACCUCCUGACAUAUGAAUUAUAGCUCGGUUGCCCUCUCCACAGGCCCCUCGUGCCCCAUCCUGGCUGGCUGAUGCCAGUAUUUAUAUACGACUUGGUAUAGCUAUAGUAACAUUUGCCCCCUGCCAACGAACGGUGCGGCGAUGACUGCAUAAUUACCGUAAAGGAAAGUUAGAUUUCCUGUUUCACAAGCACCGGUGCCAGCUCCGCAGCCUGGCAAAUUAAAGCAGCCUUUCUAAAGCUUUAAUCUUUUCUGCCGACAUUCUUCCACUGCAGCCCACUCCCUCGAAGGGGGCGAUGCCUUUGAUGUAUAUUCCUGCCUGUUAACGUAUCCCAGGCUCUUCCUUCCGCACUCGGCGGCUGUGGCAGUUUAUGCGCAAGGAACGUAUGAAAUCCCAUAAGGCGCUUAUCUGCUUGCUGGCACCUCUGAAACCCAGAAGGUCUUGUUCUUUGUGCCCGAGGGGGGAGCUGCCUGGGCAAACAGUUGGCAGCGCUGACGGGGAUUCCUCCUCCAUCCUAGAUGGUGGGCAUUCAGAAUGAAAGGCAGAGACCAGGUGUUUUUCAGGGUCUGCCCUCUUUGUCGUCUUGUGCCUCUGCUGGGGAGGGACGCGGGUGGCGCUGUGGGUUAAACCACAGAACCUAGGACUUGCCGAUCAGAAGGUCGGUGGUUCAAAUCCCUGCGAUGGGGUGAGCUCCCGUUGCUCGGUCCCUGCUCCUGCCAACCUAGCAGUUUGAAAGCAUGUCAAAGUGCAAGUAGAUAAAUAGGUACUGCUCCGGCGGGAGGGUAAACGGCGUUUCCAUGAGCUGCUCUGGUUCACCAGAAGCGGCUUAGUCAUGUUGGCCACAUGACCCAGAAGCUGUACGCCGGCUCCCACGGCCAAUAAAGCAAGAUGAGCGCCACAACCCCAGAGUCGGCCACGACUGGACCUAAUGGUCAGGGGUCCCUUUAGCUUUAGCUCUGCUGGGAGAUGGAACUUUGUCCGCUCACGUUAAGCAGUUGGGGAACUGAGGCCGAAGGAGAGUGACUUGCGCAGAACCUCUUAAGUCUCAUUUAAAAUAAAAAUAUAAAUCAACUUCUUCCUAUCUGGGUUGAGCUGCUCAACACCUCAGCCUGACUGCAUAUUCCUUGAAUGAAACUAGCAUGAACCUGACUGUUUCAAAGUGAUGUUUGUGUAACUCAUUGGCAAGGAGCAAGGACACGCAACUUAUAAAAUUGUGUUUUUAAAAAAUAUUCUCUUCUCUCUUUCCCAGCUGCUUUUGUCAUGGUCUGGGAAAGGCUGCAAGGGCUUUAGGGUGGGGCAAAGCAGGUGGGAAAAGCCAUUGCCUGAUAAACAGCAGAAAGUCUCUCUUACCUUGGAUAAUGUAAUAGAAAAGAUUCAGAAAUUUGGGGAAGUGGCAGGAUUUAAACGAAAUAGGAACAAAACUAAACUACUAGUCAAAAACUUGAAGGAAGAAGGAAAAAAAGGAUUUAGAGCAAAAUAUUGAGAUAGAAGUCCAUAAAAAGGUUAAGUAUUUAGGGAAUAUGGUUAACAUCAUGAAAUAUAAACUUAUAUAAUUAUGAAAAAAAAUUUGGUUUGAGUUAAAAAGAAAUUUAGAAAUAUGGAGCAGAAUGAAUCUCUCAUUGCUAGGGAAACGUUUCUCAGGCGUCGCCUUUCUGUUGCAGUACCUAAAGUUAAAGAAUUUCGAGGAAGAAGUGCGAGCUCACCGCGACCUCGACGGGUUCCUCGCCAGAGCCAGCAUCAUCCUAGACGAGACGGCAACUUCUCUGGACGACGUCCUGCGGGAGAUGCUGAAACACUUUGCGGAGGACUCUGACAACGCAGAGCCCAGCUGCAACUUUGACAAAAUCAUGAGCACUUUAUUCACCGAUUCGGGGGCCCCCAGAGAAGGGAAUGGUGAGAGACCUCUUAGUUCUUCCUAUUUGCCUGAGCUGAAAGAGGUUGAGCGUCCGAAGCCCUGGAGACGCACUGCCAGUCAGUGUCGACAGCACAGAGUUGCGUGGCGAGUUCUCCCCCCCCCCCCGUCCCCCGUGGAAAUAAUGACACAAUUAUUAAGGUUAAUGGCCUAAAUAAGGCCACAACUUUAUUGGUUACAGGUGAUGAACGGUACUGGCUUAGGCAUUGGUCCUACCCGACUAUAUCCAACUUCAGCCUGUCUUCUUGAAGUCUGGGAAGGGUUAACCACCAGUAGGGGGAGUCCUGCUGAUGCACAUCAACUAGGAACUCCCCCGGGGUCACCGAUAGGGGGUGUCUUAGGCCCUCAACCUCCCCAGGCUUCGGACAGGGCUACGCACCCCGGAAUCCUUUACCUGACUACCCUCUACAAAACAAUACCAAAACCAAUGCCUAACCGCCAAUACCCAGAAAGUUGUGACGAUUUGCUUUGAGGUAGGCAAAAACCAAGUGGCUGGUGCCAGUUUGCCAAGUGGAAAAAUUCCUACCAGGCCCCUAAACAGGGACCAACCAAGGUCCAUUGCAAGUUCAAGGAACAAAAACCUUAUAGGGCGGGAGGGUGGGGAAAGCAGGAACAGCUGGGAGGCGGGAAAAGAGGGAGAUCCCCAGCCGUGUCCUGCCUUAAACAGGGGAGGCCACGCCCCCGAGCCAGCUGAUUGGCCGGCCAGGGGGUGACAAGGCCAGGAAUCCCCCCAAUCGUGUGGGGGGCCCAUGAAGCCCGCAACCCCACCUCCUCCAUAGGGUGGAUGUGGCUUUAGGUGAUCCCAAUAGUCUGAUGUUUUAAGGCAUGGUUUUCCUGCACUGCUGCUACCUCUUGGCUUUUUUAUUUAUUUGAAAAACUUCCACCCCCCUUCCCCUUCAUCGCCAAGUCCUCUUGAGACGGGUUACAUAAUAAAUGGACAUGCACAAUGGACUCAACCAGCGUGACAUUAAAACCCCGCAAAACAGCGUAAAACACUUAACCUGCUCCUUUUAAUAAUACGGCAAGGGUGGAAUCCAAAUCGAGACUUCCAGUUUUGCAAAAGAGCUUUGCCUUUUCUCUGUUCACCUGGCAGUCCAGACACUCCCUUCUCUUCUAAUUCUGGAGGAAGAGGAAGGGUUUUAGGGGACGCCAGCCAUGUUUGGGAGGGUGGGAAGAGCAUUCCCCAGCCAGGGUGCCACCACUAAGAAGGCCCCGUCUUGGGUCAGGGCUUCCUGUGAGCGUCCGAUUGGCUGCCUGGAAAACGGAGUGAUAAUAUGAUAAUAUACAUAAUUUAAUGCAGAUGGAACCUCUCUGAUAUGAGUUAGCCUCCAGCAUUUUCUCCCUGCUUUUGUCUCCCAUAACACCGCUUGUGUCUUCGGUCCAAGCCAUGCUUGGCCAGAACGUUUCGUUUCCCAAUUAAGCAGGAAGUUGCAAAAUGGAACGAGCAGGGAGAAUAACCCGAUCCUACCCUCUCGGAAAACCUACCAAGCCACAUUAGCCAUUGUUCCUCUUUUCUUUUCAGCUCGAGAGAGGCUGAAACUUCACACUUCAAAGCUGCAAUGGGUUUUUCAAGGAUGGUGUUUCAUUGACAUUUUCCUUUUUUUAAUGCUUCUUAUCUCUUUAUACCAAGACCAUUGAGCGGCUGAGAGCGACCCGGCCUGUUAAAAAGCUCGGAUAAUAGUUUGUGGCUGAAUGAAGAUGUAAUUCCAUAUAUGAUAGUCCUUGAAUAUAAUUCGAAAUGUAUUUAAUUUCCUCUUCCUCCCCCUUUUCUGCAGUUCACCUCUUGUCAGAUACUAUUCAGGGCGUUACAGCGACAGUCACUGGGGUCCAGUAUCAACAGUCCUGGCUUUGUAUCAUGUAAGUACAGUAUGUUUCUGCUGAAACUUGCCAGAGCAUCUCUGUCCAAACUGUGUGGCGGGCACUAUAUUUUUUUUCUCUUAUCACAAGACUCCAUCUUCUUUUUCUCCUUUCUGCGCGCAAGUUUCCCGAGGGAAAGUGCUAUAGCUCAGUUCUAAAUUAUCUGCUUUUGCACACAGAAGCCCCCCAAAUUUGAAUCCUCGGCUCCUCUAGGUAGGAAUGUCUCAAGCCUCAAACCCUGGAGAGCUGCUGCCAGCCAGUGUAUACAGUACUGAGCUAAAUGGGCCAGUUGUCUUGACUUGGUAUACAAUAGCUUCCUGUGUCUAGGGGGUUGGGGUUAGUUUAGAACAGGCCACCGCCUACAGAUCAAUUGAAAUCCAGUGUUUUUGCAAGCAGAAUUCUGGUGAAAAGGACUACUCCACUAGGAAAUCUUGUCCUAGAAUCGUGGAAGUUGGAAGGGACCCUGAGGGUCAUCUAGUCCAACCCCCUGCAAUGCAAGAAUUUCAGCUGAAGCAUCCAUGGCAGAUAGCCAUCCAACCUCUGCUUAAAAACCUCCAAGAAAGGAGAGGCCACAACCUUCCAUCCUACGGUCAAAUUAGCUCUUACUGUCAGAAAAUUCUUCCUGAUGGUUAGCAGGACUCUCCUUUCUUGUAACUUGAAGCCAUUGGAUCGAGUCUUGCCCUCCAGAGCAGGAGAAAAGAAGUUUACUUUCAACCCAUCUUUCCCCACGGAAUCUCACGAAGGUCUCUUUGCUUUAUAAUACUAAUACUAAUAAUUUAUUAUUUCUACCCUGCCCAUCUGGCUGGGUUUCCCCAGCCACUCUGGGCGGCUUUCAACAGAACAUUAAAAACAGAAUAAAACUUCAAACAUUAAAAACUUCCCUAAGCAGGGCUGCCUUCAGAUGUCUUCUAAAAGUUGGAUAGUUGUUUAUUCCCUUGACAUCUGAUGGGAGGGCGUUCCACAGGGAGGGCGCCACCACUAAGAAGGCCCUCUGCCUGGUUCCCUGUAACCUCACUUCUCACAGUGAGGGAACUGCCAGAAGGCCCUCGGAGCUGGACCUCAGUGUCCAGACUGGAUGAUGGGGGUGGAGACGCUCCUUCAGGUAUACUGGGCCGUUCUUUAUCUCCCAUAAAUUAACACACCCCCCAACUGCUGGGAUAACCCCUCUAUAGAAAUUGAGCCAGUGGGGGCUGGUUUGUUUGGAGAAAUGGGGCACUGCCCCACCAAUCUGCCCUUCUCACAACCAAUCCAGGGGGUCGUACUUCCUAUCAGGUUCCUGCUCCUUAAGCCACAGAAUUCACAGAACCUUAAACAGCGGAGUUUGAAGAAACCAUGAGGAUCAUCUGGUCCAACCCUUUGCAAUGCAGGAAUCUUUUUGCCCAACCUGGGAUUCGAACCCACAACCCUCAGAUUAAGAGUCUCGUGCUCUACCAACAGAGCUAGUUAGUUGGCCGUUCCUGUCUUCCAAGCUACCAGUCCCAAAAGGCGCUACCGACUGCUGGCUUUCCUCUCCCUCUUACACCUGGGGAGGUUAUGCCACCCCACCAUAUAAAUAUAAAAGAAAGUAAACUGGGACAAAAGCCUGGAACAUUUCUGCCUGAUAAGCUGCGUUGGAAAAGGGCCAUAACUUGGCAGAAGAGCACCUGCAUUCGAUAUCCCAACGUCUCCAGACAAGGCUGGGAAAAUAAUCCUUUCCGAAACCCUGGAGAGCUAUUGCUCAUCUGCAUAGAACAGCAACCCUCAAACUUCGCAGUUAAUGCAAACCUUUUAAAAAUUGCUGGGGGUCUUGGCAGACCACUUGGCAAACUUUUGUUUUCUUUUCUUUUAUCAAAACCAGUGCCGAUCAAUGGAAAUUGUGGGCCAUCGGCCAACCGGCUAAGAAAGGCCCACUUUUUUUCCCUUUAAAAAGGGAGUUAUUUGGGGGGAAGAAUUAGCCGGCUGCACCCGCUCCGUUGCGGACAUCAUAGGCCUUGCCAGCCUGCUUCGUAAAUCUGGCACUAAUUUUAUCAGCUUUGGUUGUGAUGAUCAGGGGCUGAGUCCCUGGCCAUGUCAGUCAACCUUCUUGACUUUUUCCGCAACUGAGUGGUGCUCACAAACAACCCUUUGAAAACCUCUGCUCCGAAUGGACCAAUGGCCGGCCUUUGUAGAAGGGAGCAUCUUGUGUUUGCAACGCCAUCUGAUUGGGAGAAUUACUUUGCAAACUGGGUACGAGGUUCCUUUAACCAGGGUAAAGGUAAAGGGACCCCUGACCAUUAGGUCCAGUCGUGGCCGACUCUGGGGUUGCGGCGCUCAUCUCGCUUUAUUGGCCGAGGGAGCCGGUGUACAGCUUCCGGGUCAUGUGGCCAGCAUGACUAAGCUGCUUCUGGCGAACCUGAGCAGCGCACGGAAACGCCGUUUACCUUCCCGCCGGAGUGGUACCUAUUUAUCUACUUGCACUUUGACGUGCUUUCGAACUGCUAGGUUGGCAGGAGCAGGGACCGAGCAACGGGAGCUCACCCCGUCGUGGGGAUUCGAACCGCCGACCUUCUGAUCGGCAAGCCCUAGGCUCUGUGGUUUAGACCACAGCACCAACCACGUCCCUUUUAACCAGGGUAGCCUUAAUGCAAAAAAAGCAAAAAAUAAAUAAAUAGUCUCUUCGUGAUGGUUAAGCAAAAAACCAACACAAAACCAGAACCCACACAGGAACACAAUUCUUAACAAUUUUCCAUUCAAUGAUUUUCGGCAGCUAAAAGUUGUUCACGUUUUGGUGACUGGGAAAGGAAAUGAGGCACAUUUAACUGUAAAUGUAUAAUUUGUGUGUGUUUGUGUGAUGUUGUGACUUUUGUACCAACAGUCCUUGGUGAAAGUUUAAUGCUGGAGGAAUUAAUUAUUCCCCGAGCACCUUUUAAAUUUGCUUUGUGCAUCCUUUCUUUGAGGUUGAAAUGAGACAGGCUUUGUAAAUAUAUGUCUUUUUAAAGCACGUUCGAGUUAAUAAAAACUCUGACCUUUCAAGCUCUCAGAGACAUAGGGGUUUUUUUCCCCUUGGAGAAAAAGAAAAGUCAUUUUUUAAAAAAUAAUUUGGCUGGUGCUUGGCUGGUUGAUCCCCCUGAAUGCUCUAUUGUGAGGACAAAGAGUGUGUCUAGGUCAAUUAGUUUCUAAUAGAAUCUGAGCUCGCUUGCCUUUUCCAGGAAAGAUGGGCCGGGCUGAGAUUCUCAGGGCUUUGAGUCAGAGGAGAGCAGCAGAAUGGAUGUUCUUAUGUGAUAGAAUUAUUAUUAAGCGAAUUUACAGCCCACCCUUCAGUGCAAGAGAUCCCAGGGCAAGGGACGGCACUCACAUUACAUGAAACAAUCCAUCAUAAACUAGAAACUUUAGAAUGAAGAAUCAGAACUGUUUAUAAACUACAGAGCGGGCUACUCUCUGUCAGUCAGCAAAUGGAUUCGAACGCUGCAAACACCUUAUGCCCAUAUAACUCAGUAUUGUACAGACCAGAAUUCCCCGACCUGUUGCUUUGUACAGCGGUACCUCGGUUGUCGAACGUAAUCUGUUCCGGAAGACCGUUAGACUUCCGAAACGUUCGACAACUGAGGCGCAAAGGGCGGUCAGCAAAGUCAAUGGAGAAAAAAGAAAAAAACUGAGGUACCACUGUAGAUGUUUUGGACUACAACUCCCAUGAUCCACGGUGUGCUGACAGGGGAUUAUAGGAGUUGUAGUCCAGCAAUAGCUGGGGACCCAAGUUUUAGAAACACUGCUCUAGAUGUUGGGCACAGUGGCCUUGAAUCAUAGAAUCAGGAUUCCCCUCACGGGAAUCGAACCUGCAACCUUGGCAUUAUCAGCAGCAUGCUCUAAGCAGCUGAGUUAUCCAGCUGGCUUUAAUUACUGCAACACACCCUAUGUAGUAGUAGUAGUAGUAGUAGUAGUAGUAAUUUAUUUAUACCCCGCCCAUCUGGCUGGGUUUCCCCAGCCACUCUGGGCUGCUUCCAACCAAAUAUUAAAAACAAUACAGCAUCAAACAUUUAAAAACUUCCCUAAACAGGGCUGCCUUCAGUUGUCUUUUAAAAGUAAAAUAGUUGCUUAUUGCCUUCACAUCUGCUGGGAGGGCGUUCCACAGGGCAGGUGCCACUACUGAGAAGGCCCUCUGCCUAGUUUCCUGUAACCUCACUUCUCGCAGUGAGGGAACCGCCAGAAGGCCCUCGACGCUGGACCUCAGUGUCCGGGCUGAACGAUGGGGGUGGAGAUGCUCCUUCAGGUAUACAGGACCGAGGCCGUUUAGGGCUUUAAAGGUCAGCACCAACACUUUGAAUUGUGCUCGGAAACGUAUGUAGGGAUAUAUGUAGCUGCUGCAGAACAAAACUUAUAAAUUGUUGACUGGCUUUAUCCCAUUGACAUGAUAAAAUUUCUCUACUGAAGGUAUUGCAGAAGAGUUUUGUCAGUGUGGGUUAAGAUGGUCACAAAGCAUAAAAAUGAAAUGGGUUUUUAGAUAGAGUGAUAUUUUAUUAGUUGUCAUGUAGCUUCGUCUGCAGAUUUGUGUCUUAAGACCGUUAUAAGAUUCCGCUUCAUUAGUUUCUCAUUAUGAGCUUUGCAAAAUCUGGCAUUUUCUUUGGCGCUGAACAUUAUCCGUGUGAUGUGUACAAUGCACUAUUGAAUAAGAGAAAGAAGAAUGUUUUUAAGAUGCAUUAACAAUAUGAAGUGGGGAGGGAAGAAGAGAAGAGAGACCAGGACAUGUGCUAUCGGUAAACACUCUGACGUGAUGUGUGAAAUCUCUGCUUUGAGGAUGGAGAACCUUAUAGGCCGCCCACCAAGGUCUCCCUUUGGGUAAACUCAUGAUGAGACCCUUCCCGUGUGUUAACAGAGGUUGUCUUCAAUCAGGCACUAUGAAUCACAGGUGAGCAGGUACAUUUUGCCCCCAAAAACAGCAACCUCAAACACCCACACACCUCUCCUAAAAUGUUCCAACCAGUGCGGCUGUUUAUCCACAGUUCUUAUGUCUCAGACAUCUAAUUGUGUUUUUGUCAAGUCUUUGGAAGGGAAGAUUCCCACGCUAGGAAUAAGCUUUAAAAAAUUUCAGCCUUGGCUUGGUAGAAAAACAUGAGCGCUUGACGACGACAUUACUACCAUGUUAUAUGGCAGGCCUGGGGAACCUCAGGUCCUGAGGCCAGAUGUGCUCCCCCCGAGAUCUAUUUGUCUGGCCCUCAGGACCCUCUCCAGACUUCACCCCGUUCCCAGCAACACCCCCUACUUGCUCAGUUUUGCGGCCUCCUUGAGUAUUUUUUCCUUUAGCUGAAAUGUGUUCUCCAGUUCUGAAAAUGCCUCUCGCUUCCCUGGAUGGAGGUUUGAGUGGGUUGCGUAGCAACUAGCCUACUGCACAAAGGGGAGACCUGCAUUUGUUUCUCGGCCCACUUCUGCCUCUGCCCACCACUUGAACACGGCCCCCAGAAGAAGGCCAAAAAGCCCCCCCUCCCAUCCCUUCUACAAGGCAACCGUCCUCAUAUAAAGUCCUCUCUCCCGGGAGGCGUUUGCUGGUGAGAUUCACAACGCACCUCUUUGCGUUCCUGCUCUCUUGCCAUAUUUUGAUGUGGGAGAAUUUCUUAGGGAGCAAAGGUUCUGGUUAAUUAAAUGCAUGUGGCAAGCUGCUGUCGAUUCCGAUGUUCCCUUCUUCGGAAGGCAGGCAGCCACGAGGAGUGAAUAACAUAGAGCAUCUGAGUCAUGCAUCCUUCCGUGGCAGCCUUCGUCAACCUAGUGCCCUCUAGACAUUUUGGAACACAACUCCCAAAAUGUUGGUAGUCCAACACAUCUGGAGGGCACGUGGUUGAGGAAGGCUGUCCUAGAGUAACCAGGGCUCAAGAAACUAAAUAUCCAAAUUCUGCUAGUAUGUUGGUUAGUUUUCUUCACACACACAGAGAGAGAGCUUUUGUAUGCCUCAUUUUAAUCAGAGUAACCACAUGUACUUUUGCUGGACAGCGGCGGAUAUGUUAAUUGCAGUGAUGACUCUUAAGAAACUUAUUUCCCCCAUAUCCUUCCCCCACUGUCCGCGUUUUAGAAAAGCUUUAAAUAGCACCGUGAGUUUUGUUUUGUUUUGGACAAUGUGUUAUUGUGCCUUUAUGUAUGUGUGUAUUUAUAUAUAUUAGAAACACUUUAUAAAUACAGGGUAUAAGCAGCAAAGAUGUUAAGGCACUUGUGGUUUGUCAGAUGAAACAAAAACUCGCUACUAUUUUUAAGACCUUGCGGCCGGAAGUGUCUCGAAUGUGUUGCGUCCCAACCGUGGGCAUGAACACAAACGCAUCGUCCCUCGUUGCUCUUCUGCGGGCGACACUUCGGAUGCCGAUCUGCUCUGUUUGAAAACGUGUUUGUUAUCGCCUCUGCUGUCGACAAGGGGCAGCUUGAGACCGAAAGAGGCCAACACAGUGCCUAGUGAGAGGGUGGUAUUAAUUGAUUAAAACACGCAAAUGAGCAGAGGAUGUCUUCUCUUGUGGCGUGAAAAAUCAACGCCACCCAAAAGGGAAUCCAUUAAAGUCUGAUCCUUGCACCAGCAGCAGGUGAAGCACACACACACACAAAAUAAACUUUGCCCCAAAGCUUUUCUUCCUAAGUCCAUCUGUCAAAUCCUGCAGCUGGCACAGAUUUCUUCAGAGAACAGUCUGGAUAGUAUCUGCAAAAGCUGUCUUGCCAAUAUAGAUGACUUCAACUUAGCUCUCUCUCUCUGGCAUUGCUCUCCACUUGAAAUGUACAGUCGAUUUUCUUUCAGAAUAUUCCCCUGAAAUAUGGCAUUAAGAUGCACUAUGUGGGAAAUUGUGCAAGAAAUCACGGUUUAUUUUGUUCUCUGUGAAGUGGCACAUCCUGUGUAUAUUGAGCAUUGAUCCUGAUUUGUUUGCUUCGGAAAUUGGAAGACGUCGUUGGCGAUUUCUUCGGGGUUAGCGCUGCCUUCUUCGCAGGCAGGUUGGAUGGAAUUGUGUUAUCACACACUUUCCUUGUGGGCCUACCUUUGAAGGUGACCCGGAAACUACAACUAAUCCAGAAUGCGGCAGCUAGACUGAUGACUGGGACCACAUAACACUGGUCUUGAAAGACCUACAUUGGCUCCCAGUACGUUUCCGAGCAUCGGUCCAGUAUACCUGAAGGAGCGUCUCCACCCCCAUCGUUCAGCCCAGACACUGAGGUCCAGCUCCGAGGGCCUUCUGGCAAUUCCCUCACUGCGAGAAGCAAAGCUACAGGGAACCAGGCAUAGGGCCUUCUCGGUAGUGGCGCCCACCCUGUGGAACGCCCUCCCACCAGGUGUCAAAGAGAUAAACAACUAACUGACAUUUAGAAGACAUCUGAAGGCAGCCCUGUUUAGGGAAGUUUUUAAUGUUUAAUAGACUAUUGUAUUUUAAUAUUUUUUUGGAAGCCGCCCAGAGUGGCUUGGGAGACCCAGCCAGAUGGGCGGGGUACAAAUAAAUUAUUAUUAUUAUUGCAAAAAGUCCAACAAUUUGGGGAAGUGGCUUACAGCACGGGCAGAAACCAUGCUCAAUCCGCCAGAGCCUGUCUUCCCAUAUUCAAAUAUAUUUAAUAUGUGUUUCUCUUGAUUACGGCCCCACUUGCAUUCUACAUUGAAAGUGGUAUCAUGCCACUUUAAAGAGUCAUGGCUUUCCCCAAAGAAACCUGGUUUGUGUAAUUCGUUAAGAGUGCUGGGAGUUGUUAGGAGAUACCUACUUCCCCCUCUCCCCGCAAGCUGCAAUUCCUGGUGUUCCCUGGGAAGAGAGGACUGUUAAGCCAGUCUGAGCAUAACUGCAUCCGCAGAGGAAUUUUCCCACCCACCUUCAGGUGUCACAAUUUGAUGGGUGUGAUAUUUUCUGCCUCCAUGCAUGGAGGAAUUUCCAUCUCCGGUACUCAGAGACUUAUUGAGCUUAGAAGGCGGCAGUUGUCAUCUUGACAGCUCCUGGGAGCUUGUCUGCAGAGCUCAUUGGGGCUCCGCACGAACUUUCUUGCUCAGAGUGUUCGGGGGCUAUUGAGUGUGCGCAUGCAAAGAGGCGAAAGUCAGCUCUGUGUCCUUCAGUCAACCGAGACCUUGCUGGUUUUGUAGAGCUCCAACAUGAGCUUCCUUUUGGCUAUAACUUACAGAAUCCUAGAAUUGUAGGGUUGGAAGAGGCACCCAAAGGUCAACUAGUCAAUGCAGAAAUCACAGCUAAAGCAUCCCUGACAGAUGGCCAUCCAACCUCCGUUUGCAAACCUCUCAGUGAAGGUCCACCACUUCUGAGGUCGUUCGUUCCUCCGUCAAACAGCUCCUCCCAUCAGAAAGUUGGUCGGAAUCUCCAAAUCCAUUGGUUGAGGUCCUCCCAUCUGGAGCAGCAGAAAAUAAGAUUGCUCCAUCUUCACAUAGGACAGCCCUCCAGGUAUUUGAAGAUGGCAAUCAUAUCAUCUUUCAGUCUUCUCCUGGCUAAACAUUCCCAGGUCCCUCAGCUGUUUGUCCCCUUGAACUUUUGAUUUGUCUCCAGUAUUUGUACCAAAUCACAAUUCUGAGCAAGAGGGUUAUAAGCUUUAUAAGCAACAACCAGUGUGGCUGUAACUCAGUGUUUCGCAAACUUGGGUCCCCAGCUGUCGUUGGACUACAACUCCCAUCAUCCCUGACCACUGGUCCUGCUAGCUAUGGAUGAUGGGAGUUGUAGUCCAACAACAGGAGGAGGCCCAAGUUUGAGAAACACUGUUGUAACUCCUUGGUGAGUGGUCUGCUGGAUUCUUCUGGCUUUUUUGUGUGUUUGUUUAGGAUUGCACUGUUCAUGAUUCCUCACAAGUGCUUGCUGGGGCUGAUGGGACUUGUAGUCUAAAGCAUCUGGAUGGGACCAGGUUGGGGGUGUCCGGAAAGCCUCACUCCUGCAAUAUUCACUGCUGCUUGCUGGAGACCACAUUUGCAAAGCUGAGGUUCGGAGAACCUUAGCACCCCACCGCUUGCGGCUGAGUAACCACUCAGUUGAUUUCUUGCUUUUUGCAGCAGACAGACAACGGCAAACGCUUCUGUUUGUGCAAUCACGGCCCACGCUUUGCCCUGUAAUAGGCGACAGUCCGGAAUGCGCUUGUCUGCUUUAUUAUCAUUAUUAUUAUUAUUCAGAAAACCCUGCCCAAUGCCAACUGGUGCGAUGAACAGAGCUGCCUCCUUCUGUCACAGUUAUUAGGCAUUUGAAGGGCAGUGAAAUCUUCCUCUUAAUUCAAUAAAGCCACAUAGCUGCUGAGCUGGGAGGCAAAAAUAGCCUUCGACUGAAACGCGGGCAAUGACGCCGUACAUUGGAUUAUUCCUCUAAUCUGCAAAUGAAGCUGUCCUCGCGGGAAUCUGGAAUGAUCAGCGACACACAGACAGACAACAGGUUUCCCCUUUACGGAACAAGUAUCGGAGUCAUCCGAGACAGCGGCCUCAGCAGGUUUGCAGAGCAGAAAGAUCUGAAGCUGGCAAGUGGCCACUCAGUUCCCUUAAUGCGAACAAUUCGUCUUCAUAUGACACAUUUUCCCGCCCCGAGCCUUGGGAUGUGCUGAGGAGCAGUGAAUUAUUUCUGCGAGUGAUUUAAAAGUAAUUUUCUCCCUGGACUUGAGGCCACUUUUCUUUUGGUCUUCUGGGGCUUGAAUUACUGUGGCGAAUCCAGGUCAUUAUCAUGCAGUAUUUUAAAAAGGAACAUGCAUUUUACAUCUAAGGCGCCUAAAGUACCACAAUUAAUUAGAAGUUGUGCCCUGGAAUUAAGCAGCCAAGUGUUAUUGAUUUUCUUUUAGUAUUUUACCCCCACCCUUAAAGUGUUUUUUUUAAGCAGUAACUUAUUUUCUGAUUUUAUCUUUUAUUUUUAUGUUGCGAACCGCCCUGAGAUGUACGGAUGGAGGGCGGUAUACGAAUCUAAUGGUGCAGCAGCAGCAACAACAAAUAAUUUGCUGAGGUUGCUGAAUAUCUUCCUUUUUUCUUCUUGACUCUCUCCUGCCCUGCCAAACUAAGCAUGCAGAACUUUCUGUUGAGGCAGUGAUAGACAGCCUGUGGUCUUCCAGAUGUUUUUGGACUACAAAUCCCAGCAUCCCUGACCAUUAGUCACGCUGACUCUGACAGAUGGGAGUCCACUUUCACUUCGCUGCCUUUUGGCCACUUCCAGGCCAAACGUUGCUGAACCCUGGGCAGUUUGCUCAGUGUAUCGAUUCUCACUCUCUGUGAGCCUAGGAACCGUCUUGGCCUCCAGAGCAGGACUGCAUAAGAAGAGGACUUGCUGAAGCCGAGCAAGAGUCCCUUUAGUCCAGCGGUUCUCAACCUGUGGGUCCCCAGAUGUUGUUGGACUACAACUCCCGUCAUCCCUGAGCUUUGGCCUUGCUAGCUAGGGGUGAUGGGAGUUGUAGUUCAACAACAUCUGGGGACCUACAGGUUGAGAAAGGCUUGUUGUUUAGUCGUUUAGUUGUGUCUGCCUCUUCGUGACCCCAUGGACCAGAGCACGCCAGGUCUUCCACUGCCUCCCGCAGUUUGGUCAAACUCAUGCUGGUAGCUUCGAGAACGUUGUCCAAUCAUCUCGUCCUCUGUCGUCCCCUUCUCCUUGUGCCCUCCAUCUUUCCCAACAUCAGGGUCUUUUCUCUUCUCAUGAGGUGGCCAAAGUCUUGGAGCCUCAGCUUCAGGAUCUGUCCUUCCAGUGAGCACUCAGGGCUGAUUUCCUUCAGAAUGGAGAGGUUUGAUCUUCUUGCAGUCCAUGGGACUCUCAAGAGUCUCCUCCAGCACCAGAAUUCAAAAGCAUCCAUUCUUCGGCGAUCAGUCUUCUUUAUGGUCCAGCUCUCACUUCCAUACAUCACUACUGGGAAAACCAUAGCUUUAACUAUACGGACCUUUGUUGGCAAGGUGAUGUCUCUGCUUUUUAAAAUGCUGUCUAAAGGCUGUUUUAGUCCAAUUCCCUGUUUAAAACAGUAGCUAAUAAUGUGCUUCCAGGAGGGCAGGGCAGGAAAACAACACACCUCUCACAUCGCAUGCCUUCAGCAUUUUGUAUUCUCAGCUAUACUGCCUUUCUUUGAUGGCCUUGCCCUCUGUGGCUCUUUCUGCUCCCCUUUCAGCGCCAUCUAAAGUCCUUGUCCUUGCCACAUCUUGUGGCAGCGAGUUCUGUAAAUUAAUCCUGCACUGCGUGCAAUAUUUUAUCACUGCAUGUUCCAUAAUUCCAUACCCCGCAACUGGCCCAUUUUGAGCGGGUACGACCUGGAUCCCGGCUUCUGUUUGGAUCCCGUUUAAGACUGCCACCCUCGUGCGAGUCAGCGGGGUCGUGCCAGAGCCUGUUGACGGGCACCAGAGCGUCUUCUUGGAUCACUUUGGCGCGACCGUCAAAGGGUCGUGCAAAACCACCUCGCCGUUGGCGCGAUCUUUUCACGGUCGCCUUCCGGGAAGGCACUUUGGCCGCAGUGGCAGAGGAGAAGGCAGGAGAAGAUUUGGGGGGGGGGGGGUAAGACAAGUCAAGUAACCUUUAUUGGUAUCACAUAGGAACAUUCAGAAUACAUUCAGAAUAAAUAGGCCAGUGCGAUCUCGUCGCCAUUCCAACAAUACAGUCAUUUGCCAAAGGGAAGAAGAGGCGAGCAUUCUGUUUCAGCUCUGUGGGUCUCCAGCAAGGGCAGGAUCCUGUAGCGUACUUUGGCGACAAAAAAAUCAAAUAGAGGAACUUAGCUACUGUCUUGGUGAGCUCCUGGUCUCUCCGUUGUAAUAAGAAGCGUAUAACCUCUGUCUCUGGCUUCCAUGUUGGAAUACAUAGAUGGUCUAGAAAUUGUUGGCAGAGAUCAUCAUACGUUUUACAUUUAAGGGUCAUGUGAGCUAGAGUUUCCACCAGGUGGGCAUCGCAUGGGCACAUCCUGUCUCCUUCUGCCAUACCCGCAAACCUACCCCAAAGGAGGUUAGAAGGAUCAGAAUUGAACCUAGCCAGCGAAAAAGCCCUUCUUUCUUGCGGGUUAAACAAAAAUUGUAAGUCAUUGGGCAGGAAGGCAAGGGAGCGGGUGUGUGAUGAGUGGGCGCACGAUGGCAGCGGGAUGGUGCGAGGGUGCUGGUCCCAAUUUGCCCUCCCAAAAUUUUGGAAGGGUAUGUAAUUCUGCAGCAGCAGCACAUAAAGGCAGAGAACCAUUCCUGGCCCCCCCUCUUUGCUAAGUGGAAAAUAACUUGCUUUGAGAGCAAAAAACCUGUCUGGGUCACUGACUCUGGACUAAGCAAACCAGGCCUCGCUUGGAUCACGUCCGACGCAAUAUGGUUUCAGUCUGUGGUUGUUGUUUUUUUACUCUCGGCAUGAGGAAGUUUUUUUUUUGUGGUUCAGGUAUGUGGUGUUCCCUUUGUUGCCAUGUGUUCAGAUGACAUUUUGGCAGGACAACGAGUGACGUCACUGCGUUGGGGAUUGUUGUCUCCUGUAAAAAGCCCACUAGGAAAACUGCACACUCUUGAGAAUCUGUUUGGGGCUUUUGGCUCUAGCAGUAGCUGGGGAUACUUUAUUUUCAGAUGUUGUUUCCCUGUUCUUGCACAUAAUACAUUUUUUUUUAAGCACCUGCAUCCCUUUGUCUCAGUCGGCUGAGCCUUCUAGCCCAGCCCUUUCAGCGAUAUCCUGGCUAGCUUGGUCAUCUGAAAAAGAGCUAGUAAAAGAGUCUGUGUUCCGUCUGCCAAAGCCCUGAGCCCACCAGCACCAUCGUAGAUCGCUAUGUUCUGUUAAACCAGCAUCACCAGCAGUCCAUAGAUUCAAUCAUUGAUGGCAGAACUCACAAAACUUGAGCAUGACCAGUAAGCUGCUCUUCUCCCAUUUGGGCCUGCCUGUGCUACGAAAUCUUCCAGACAUGCCUUUCUCUCAGUCCUGUCAACAUCUGAAGUGUGUUUGGCAGAACUCGAAAGAAGGGCCUUUUCAGUGGCUGCCCCAGGAUUCUGUUUAGUCGUAGGGAGCCACCUCUCUCCUCCUGCCAACACAUAGAGGCAUUUUUAUUUAGACAAUUCUUUGGCCCAUCUAAUCAGGCUGGUUUUUUGCUGCUGUGUUUUAUUUUAUUUUAUUUUUUACGUUUUUAUUAAUUUUUAACAUACCAUUUCCAACAAUCAUUUAACAUACAUUCUUAUCUUAUACAAUUUUUUAGACUUCCGCCGACUACCUCUGAAGAUUUUCCAUUCUUUAUCCCUUAAUCUGCAUUUCUUAAUUUCUCUAUUACUUUUAAUUGUCCUUAACUAAUAAUUCUAUUCAUAGUCUUCCUUGCAAUAUUUCGCAUAAUCCUCCUUACAAAACCUCUUGCAGUCCUACUAGCGUAAUCUGUUUAUUACAAUUGCUUUUCAAAUAAUUCAGAUAUUUACUCCAGUCCUCUAAGAAUCUCUGGUCCCGCAGGUUUCGAAUCCUUCCUGUCAGUUUGUCAAAUUCUACAUAGUCCAAUUGUUGCUGCGUUUUAAUAGGACUUCAACCUGACCUCUGUUUUACAGCUGUCCUGUUUUAUUCAAUCCUCCGACUGGUUUUUAUUGGCUCCUGUUUACUGUAUAUGUUGUGAUUUGCACUUAUUUUUUCAUUGCUGUUUUUGGGUGUGUGUGUGUGUUUUUCUUUGCAGAGUGCAAUGCGUGGAAAGGAAGGGCAUCCAUGUGGUAUUUAGACAGAUAAAUUAAGAACCGGCAUUGGGUAGUGGGCAGUUUUUGAUUUAGACCUGACGGACCUGGGUUCAAAUCCUGCGUCUUCCAUGGACCUUGCAUGGGUGACUUUGGCCAAUGUACCUCUGCCAAGGAUCCUUCCUCUUUGUAUCUUAAACAUGAUUCAUCUGAUCAAAGGAGUCUUGGCUUUAACCUCCAACCAGACGAGAACUUCCCAUGACAACGUCAGAGCCAACAAACAGAGAUCCCAACCUACAAUUAGGGGUGGGGGAAGAAUCCGCCAAUCUCGGAUUCCAAAGCAGACUCCCCUCAUCCUAUCCGGGUGAAUCAAGACCCAAAUCGGAUCAGGGAAACGCAGCCAGAUGGGCGGGGCAUAAAUAAUAAAAUUAUUAAAAAUCACAAAUUAUUAUUGGUCCACUCCAGAACCUGCAGAACCCAGGUAAAUACUGGAGGAAGCCACGUUUUUGCCUCUUAUACAAUUCUCCCUAAGAGUGAUGGGUUGCUCCCUGGGAGACUCGCUCCGUUGCAUUCAAAGUGUGCAGUGGCAAGGAGUCCCGUGGGCUAACCGCUGCAGGCUAUAGCCGGUUGUAUUCAAUGUUUUUACAAGUUUAAAGGGCAGAUAUCCCUUUCUGAAGGCUCAGGCCAGCAGUGCAGCCGUUGCACUGGCUUGUAAGUCUUCUUUAAAGGAUUUUCCAUUUAAAAAUCUUUGCGGAACUGGGAUGGACCAGGCAGUCCAUUGCUUCUUACAAUGCAAUCAUCAAUGUUGAUGUACAGAACAAGGUUCUUGUGAGGAUACAGUUAGGUAGCCCUCUGUGUCUGCCACCCUGAGAAGCAGAAAGAACACCAAACAUGAACAGUUAUUAUUAUUAUUAUUAUUAUUAUUAUUAUUAUUAUUAUUACUUAGCAUUCAUACUCAUGAUUCCAGGUAGCACCUGGGUAUGCAAUCAAACCAUUGUUCCUUACCACUGGGGGUGAUACAUUUCAGCUUCAUUGCCAUGGCAAAGGUAAUUAAUUAUUUUUCCUAGUCGGAACCCCCUUGGUUAUAUAUUGUCUUCUAAUGAUGCCAUGCCAAAAACUGGACCCCCCCUCCCAUUUAAAAUCAGGGUGGCAUUAAAAAAUAUAAUUGAAGUAUUUAUUCCCAGCACUGGUGAGCUUGAUUCAGUCACAGAGAUCUUGUGAGUUUAUAAACUGUUAAGGCAUAAACACUCAGGUCAGCUGUCAGUUACUGGUUUUUCACAUGCACACACACAUUUUCCCUUUCUCCCAUAUGCCUUAAAAACCCCCAAAACCCUUGACUUUUGAUUUUGCCUCACAACCAGGAGAUGCCUUACAUGUCUUGAGGCAGCUGUCUGCCGAAAAGAUCUCCAGGCUUCCCUUCGGUGUGUUUUGAUCGGGCCAAGAUAGUUGACAAGAUAAUCAUCGUCAGCUGUUUGUCACAUUGUCAUGGGGAAUUUUUGGAGGUCAAGCCAAGGGCCCUAUGAUCCGUCCCAGAGCACGCAAGGCACUCCUGUCUUCCACUGCCUCCCGCAGUUUGGUCAAACUCAUGCUGGUAGCUUCGAGAACACUGUCCCACCAUCUCGUCCUCUUGUGUCCCCUUCUCCUUGUGCCCUCCAUCUUUCCCAGCAUCAGGGUCUUUUCCAGGGAGCCUUCUCUUCUCAUGAGGUGGCCAAAGUCUUGGAGCCUCAGCUUCAGGAUCUGUCCUUCCAGUGAACACUCAGGGCUGAUUUCCUUCAGAAUGGAGAGGUUUGAUCUUCUUGCAGUCCAUGGGACUCUCAAGAGUCUCCUCCAGCACCAUAAUUCAAAAGCAUCAAUUCUUCGGCGAUCAGCCUUCUUUAUGGUCCAGCUCUCACUUCCAUACAUCACUACUGGGAAAACCAUAGCUUUAACUAUACGGACCUUUGUUGGCAAGGUGAUGUCUCUGCUUUUUAAGAUGCUGUCUAGGUUUGUCAUUGCUUUUCUCCCAAGAAGCAGGUGUCUUUUAAUUUCUGUCACCAUCUGCAGUGAUCAUGGAGCCCAAGAAAGUAAAAACUCUCCCUGCCUCCAUUUCUUCCCCUUCUAUUUGCCAGGAGGUGAUGGGCCCAGUGGCCAUGAUCUUCGACUGGUUUUCUAGUGGAUCACAUUCAGAGCCUUUAAAUCAGGGGUUGAGGAAGCUGUAGUCUUCCGGACGCUGCUGAAUUACAACUCCCAUCGUUGUCCCAGUCCAUGAGAAUUGGAGACUAUUGGAGGGCCCCAGGUUCCUCACCUGUGCUUUAGAGGCUAUAUUUUAAUGGUAGGAGAGCCAUUGCGCUGAGUCCCCUUUCCAUUCUGUUUGGUAAUGCCUGCCUCUUGGGGAGGGUCCACUCUGCAGCUUGCCUCAGACCACUUUGGGCCUUCAGAUUUGCUGAGGAAAUACUGUGCAGACUCGUCUUACGCAACCUCAAGACAAAUUCGCCAAAGUGACCUCCCCGGGGCGCAAGACCGGGCAGUGUGUCUGGACAUCCUGGGCUGCGCAGACUACAAGACGCUCGGUGGACCAAAGGAAAGCAGAGCAAAAUGUUGGGCACCAGGAGUUGACGAAAAGAGGUGGACAAGGCCGUGGGAAUGUUAAGGAUAGUAGGAAAGGAUAUACUAAAUAAGUAUUAUCCUUCCUUCACUCAUGCUAGUAAGUGAUGUAGCAGAGCAGAUUCCUCUCAAUAUAGCUGGAAGUUAGUUUGCAGAUUCAUUAGUUAAGGAUAUUUCCUGGUGUCCCCUUUAAUCCCUCUCAAAAGAAUAAAGACACCAGAGUCUUUCUGAGUAAAGUAACAAAAAGUUUACUCACAUUUCAGUUCACGAUUUAAUCCCUGAAAGGCAGGGUUUACUUGGUAGUUUCAUCAAGUUCAUUCUUGACCAUUGGACCCACUCUUGGUCUUGUCCACUCCAUCUGCAGGAGCCUGUCUUUACAUGCAGGGGAAAUCCCUAACUCACUAAGGGUUCGAGACUCAUUGGCUACCGCCACCUGGUUUAGCCAGCCAGUUGAAGCCGUUUGCUGGGUGUGGCUGCUGUCGCGUGUUGACAGCCACAGGUGAGAGCUGAGUGCACAGUGGGGACCCAGGGUGGACAAACUACCCCGGAAGGAGCAUGACAUGUCCCCCAUCAGAUAUACUACCCCUGCCCUGACACCCCAUGCACCCCAACAUGAGUGCACAGGGGAAAGGACUUGUGAUGGGGCCCCUCGUUGAGUCAAACAUAAAGCAAGUGAGGUGUGCUUAAACACAGUCAUAAAACUAGUACAGAAAUCUUUCCUUUUUCAUUCCCUCCACCUCUCUCAAGCUUCCAGAAUUUUAACCUUUAAGGGUGAAAAGGGUUGCUCACUGAACACACAGAACAAAAUGGCAAAUUGCAAAUAGUACAUUAGCUCCUCACCUCUCGGUUCACUCGCUGGCUCUGCCGAUGAAUAUGUAUGAGAGUAAAAUGAUCUGCGAAGCUAGAUGACUUAACACCCAAAUAGUCCUAGGAACUGAACAGCCUAUUUAUCUGGAGUGUUCCAUGGCAAUAAAUACGAAUUUGCACAAGAGGGUGUGAGUGCAAUUAAAUCUAAGCACACUGACGACUCCGGGGAAUUGAAAUUAGCUUCUUGGAGCAAAUGGUAUUCAAGUUCUGUUUGUUUAGCUCAAUGGAGGGAUGUCAUAGAAGGUUUUCCACCUGCGCUGACGCAUCGAUGUCUCCAGGCUUUCAAAUGAGUUUAUACAAGCCAUUUUAUGUAGUACUUAUUUGUCACCUAGCGUGGAGCUGUAGCCAAUCCCAGUUCUUGCUCUUUCUUUCGCUAGCAUAUAAAUUUUAUUUUUGCAUGUGUGAUCUUGCUCUGACUGACAAAUCGUUAUAGACAAAUCAGCUGAUUCUGCGGGAAGGUACAGAGAAUGCAUUGCAUUAUUGUGGGGAAGCAAUUUGUCAAUGCACUGCAGCCAACCAGGGAACGCAGAGCAGGAUCUCAGGUGAUGAGCAGAAAUUGCAAGCAUGAAUGUGCAACAGGAGAAGGAAGGCCUUCAUGGUAAAACCAGCAACUUUAAUUGAGCUCAGAAAUGAACAGGUGACCUAUGCAGGUCAGCUAGGACUAGAGUUGUUUGAUCUUUUCACAGGAAUGAGAGAGAAAUACUAUUCCAUUGAGUUGUAAGGGCGAACCCACCUAAUCUGUACUUCCUGAAAUAAUAAACCCGAAACACAGGCAUUCUUUGCAAAUUGCACAUUGCUGAACUUUGUAGUGUGCUUCUCCAGCCGAAUAGUGUGCAUGAAAAUGCACUGCGUUGGGGGAAGUUCCAUACAAAAAAUACCCAGGAGAAAUUCACAUGCUGGUGAAUUUUCACUCUUUAAAAAAUAAUAAUCACAAAUUGAUGUGGAAAACUGGACUUAAAGUUGGAAAAAUGAGAAAGUGGGAGAAACAUGGGCAGAUUCCCUCUCUGCUCAUCCCAUGGUAGGCAAUAGGUUGGUGGCAACAUUGUGGACCAGUUAAGAACAUAGGACAAGCCUACUGGAUCAGGCCAAUUACAUAUCUGAAGGCAGCCCGGUUUAGGGAAGUUUUAAAUGUUUAAUGUUGUAUUGUGUUUUUAAUUGUAUUGUGGGUGGUUGGGAGUGGCUGGGGAAACUCAGCCCGACGGGCGGAGUAUAAUUAUUAUUAUUAUCUGGUCCAGCAUCCUAUUCUCACAUUGACCACUCAGAUGCCUCUUGGAAACCUGAAAGAAAGACUCCUGAAUCUGGGAGAACUCUCUGUUCCUGAAGCUGAAGUUUUUGGGUGCUUUUCAUUAUUGGAAAUCAUGUCUCCAAUUUUUGUGAUUCAGUUUUAAACCUAACCCGUAAAUGAUCCUCAUAGCCCCAGAACGUUUGGUUUUAUCAAGAAUAAUUAAAUAAUAAUAAUAAUAGGGCCCUAGUCUCUUGUGACAGAGCAUUCCACCAAGUCGGGGCCAGUACUGAAAAGGCCCUGGCCCCAGUUGAGACCAAUCUAACCACCUUGUGACUUGGGACCUCCAAAGUGUUGUCAUUCGUGGACCUUAAGGUCCUCCGCGGGGCAUACCAGGAGAAGCGGUCCCGUAGGUACGUGGGUCCUAGGCCGCACAGGGCUUUACAGGUCAAAACCAGCACCUUAAACCUGACCCUGUACUCUACCAGGAGCCAGUGCAGUAAAGCACUGGAUGAAUGUGAUCCCGCAGCAAACAUUGGAGGAGAGUCUUGCACCUUUUUCCCGGAAAAAAAGAGGCUGCAGGACAUCGCAGUCUAACAUUGUUGGCACCGUUCUGCAUAGGAAGCCCCCUCUGAGUGCAUUUUUGUUGGCGAGGAGAUACCCAGACUAGGGGAGAUUUUGCAUUGCUCUUGGGAGGCCGGGUCAUUUAGAAAGUUCGGUCAGAAGGAAAGAAGGCAGCGGAGAAAGGCCGUGCAAGAGAAACGGAAUAUCUUGCAUGCCUGAGAAACUCUCUAACCGUCCUCAGCAACAUAAUGGAAAUGAGCUUGUCUUUGUUAUGGUUCGCGGGCGGCUUUCAUUUGCAUGACUUAACUAUCAAGGUGUCGAUCGGAAAGGGGCCUCCUUCAGCAUUCGGAAACUCUCAUAUGGAUUCACUUACGUGCUAACCAAUGGCACCUGGGUGGAAGGAAUUAAUUCAGCUCUGGCAGACCCCGUCCGAGACUCAGGGAAUCUCGCUCUGAGCAAUUCGACUCAGGAUGUUUAUGGAGGUGUUGAGAAAGAAAAAUGUAUGGGGGGAAAAGGAAGCGCGAGUUUUGGUCCAGAUCCUGGUGAGGCCCCAUCCAACUCCUUUAAUCAUCGGCCAUUCUUUGAUUGGCUGGCUAAUGCCUCGCAUUUGAGGAAAGGAUGCAUGUGUUUUCAGACUAAGGGUGGGGGGCAGGCGAGGGGAGAUGGCUCUUGAGAGAUGUUGUAUCCGCCCAGAGUGGCUGGGGAAGCCCAACCAGAUGGGUGGGGUGUUCUUGUUGUUGUUUAUUCGUUUAGUUGUGUCGGACUCCUCGUGACCCCAUGGACCAGAGCACGCCAGGCACUCCUGUCUUCCACUGCCUCCCGCAGUUUGGUCAAACUCAUGCUGGUAGCUUCGAGAACACUGUCCCACCAUCUCGUCCUCUGUCGUCCCCUUCUCCUUGUGCCCUCCAUCUUUCCCAACAUCAGGGUCUUUUCCAGGGAGGCUUCUCUUCUCAUGAGGUGGCCAAAGUCUUGGAGCCUCAGCUUCAGGAUCUGUCCUUCCAGUGAGCACUCAGGGCUGAUUUCCUUCAGAAUGGAUAGGUUGGAUCUUCUUGCAGUCCAUGGGACUCUCCAGAGUCUCCUCCAGCACCAGAAUUCAAAAGCAUCAAUUCUUUGGCGAUCAGCCUUCUUUAUGGUCCAGCUCUCACUUCCAUGCAUCACUACUGGGAAAACCAUAGCUUUAACCAAGCCAGAACAGCGAGACGGAGGGCUCCGUCUCGCUGCUCCUAGCUAGGGAGGGCUGCACGCAAACCUCUGCAGGGCAGCGGGGUGCCUUCACCCCGCUGUCCUGCAGAAGCUAGCAAGGCUGUUCCCAAGCCAGAACAGCGAGACGGAGGGCUCCGUCUCGCUGCUCUAACUUAGGGAGGGCUGCGCGCAAACCUCUGCAGGGCAGCGGGGUGCCUUCACCCCGCUGUCCUGCAGAAGCUAGCAAGGCUGUUCCCAAGCCAGAACAGCGAGACGGAGCGCUCCGUCUCGCUGCUCUAGCUGGGGGAGGGCUGCGCGCAAACCUCUGCAGGGCAGCGGGGUGCCGUCCCCCCGCGGUCCUGCAGAAGCUAGCAGGCUGUUCCCAAGCCAGAACAGCGAGACGGAGGGCUCCGUUUCACUGCUCUAGCUUGGGGACGGCUGCGAGCAAACCUCUGCAGGGCAGCGGGGGGCGUCACCCCGCUGUCCUGCAGAAGCUAGAACGGCUGUUCCCAAGCCAGAACAGCAAGACGGAGGGCUCCGUCUCGCUGCUCUAGCUUAGGGAGGGCUGCGCGCAACUCUGCAGGGCAGCGGGGUGCCUUCACCCCGCUGUCCUGCAGAAGCUAGCAAGGCUGUUCCCAAGCCAGAACAGCGAGACGGAGGGCUCCGUCUCGCUGCUCUAGCUUGGGGAGGGCUGCACGCAAACCUCUGCAGGGCAGCGGGGUGCCUUCACCCCGCUGUCCUGCAGAAGCUAGCAGGCUGUUCCCAAGCCAGAACAGCGAGACGGAGGGCUCCGUCUCGCUGCUCUAACUGGAGAGGGCUGCGCGCAAACCUCUGCAGGGCAGCGGGUGCCUUCACCCGCUGUCCUGCAGAAGCUCGCAAGGCUGUCCCCAAGCUAGAGCAGCGAGACGGAGAGCUCCGUCUCGCUGCUCUAGCUUGGGAGGGCUGCGCGCAAACCUCUGCAGGGCAGCGGGUGCCUUCACCCCGCUGUCCUGCAGAAGCUAGCAAGGCUGUUCCCAAGCCAGAACAGCGAGACGGAGGGCUCCGUCUCGCUGCUCUAGCUUGGGAGGGCUGCGCGCAAACCUCUGCAGGGCAGCGGGGUGCCUUCACCCCGCUGUCCUGCAGAAGCUAGCAAGGCUGUUCCCAAGCCAGAACAGCGAGACGGAGGGCUCCCUCUCGCUGCUCUAGCUUGGGGAGGGCUGCCCGCAAACCUCUUCAGGGCAGCGGGUAGCCUACACCCCGCUGUCCUGAAGAAGCUAGAAAGGCUGUACCCAAACCAGAGCAGCGAGACCGAGGGCUCAGUCUCGCUGCUCUAGCUUGGGGAGGGCUGCGCGCAAACCUCUCCCGGGCAGCGGGGUGCCUCCACCCCGCCUUCCUGCAGAAGCUAGCAAGGCUGUUCCCAAGCCAGAACAGCGAGACGGAGGGCUCCGUCUCGCUGCUCUAGCUUGGGGACGGCUGCGCGCAAACCUCUGAAGGGCAGCGGGGUGACUUCACCCAGCUGUCCUGCAGAUAUAUGGAUCUUUGUUGGCAAGGUGAUGUCUCUGCUUUUUGAGAUGCUUUUUAAGAUGGGUGGAGUAUAAGUAAUAAAUUAUUAUUAUUAUUAUUAUUAUUAUUAUUAUUAUUACUACUACUACUACUCUGGACCUUCUUCGUAGGAAGGGAAGGGGGGGAUCCACGAAAUGGUCUUACACCUUAGUUGCUCAGUUUAAUGUCAUGGAUAAAAAAGGUAAAGGACCCCUGAUAGUUAGGUCCAGUUUCCUUGAGGAAGGUGAGAAGGAAGGCUAAUGAGAGGUUGGCUUGGGGGUAACACAAGCGGCUGGGGUGGAGGCAAGGCCAGGGAGAGAGAUCUAAGGGGCUGCAUUUGUUCCCUUGACCUGAGGCUCCUCACCUCUGCAUUAAAGAGAUGGCCCAUUUAAUGGCCAACCCAGCUCAAGUGAUUGAUCCCCUCAUCCAUCCCUCUAAGGUUAAACACUCACAUUUUUGCUAGCAGAAAACAACAAUAGUUAGUUACCAACUCAGUUAGAGCUCAGUCUUUUCUUUGGCUUCAAUGUAAAAAAAGGUAAAGGACCUUUGACAGUUAAGUCCAGUCGUGAACGACUCUGGGGUUGCAGCCCUCAUCUCGCUUUACUGGCCGAGGGAGCCGGCGUACAGCUUUCAGGUCAUGUGCCCACCAUGACUAAGCCACUGCUGGCGAAACCAAAGCAGCGCACGGAAACGCCGUUUGUCUUCCCACCGGAGCGGUACCUAUUUAUCUACUUGCACUUUGACAUGCUUCCAAAUGUCAUGGAUAGAACAGGCAUAUAUUUUUGUUUGUUUGCUUGUUAAUUGGAUAGGUGGGCACCUGGCACUUAAUGUAUCGUUGCUACCCCAGCAUUAUUUCACUCAAAUGCCAAAAUCCAUCAUUUAAAAUCUUGCAGAAUUAUUUUUUUAAAAAAACAACUUAAAAAGGUGAGGAAACUUGGGCCUGUCAGGUGUUGCUGAACUACAACUCCCAGCAUCCCUUGCAAGCAUGGCGAGUGGCCAGGGAUGAUGGGAGCUGCAGUUCAGCCGCAUCUGGAGGGCCAUCGGAUUUAACGCACCGUCCCCAUAGACAUCUGCACAUCUUUCGCGCCUCAAAGUUACUAGUCCAUAUGCGUUCCUCCAUCGGUAGUCUGUAAUAGCAGAGUCCUACUGCCCUUCCUUAGGAACCUGAUUUCCUUCUUUGAAGGCAACGGUCUGCUGCCCUGUGCAUUGCUUUGACUACUGAUAAUAUUCUUCUCUUGUUUGACAGUUGCACUAUAAAAUCCCUUCAGCGUCGCCAUGUUUGCAUCAGCCGCCUCGAAAGGCCUCAGAACUGGGGGGAGAACUCCUGCGAAGUGCGAUUCGUCAUUCUGGUCCUUGCUCCUCCAAAAAUGGUAGGGUUGAGCGCCUCCUCCAUUUUAUUUUUAUUUUUUUUAAAAAUAAAUCCUGUACCUUUCCCCUUAUCCUUUGAUAUGCCAUUAUAAUAGAAUAUAAGAAUAUGUAUGGUAUUUUUAUAUAUAAAUAAAAGUUGCAAGCAACUUGGGAUCUGAACAUCAAAAUCCCUCAAUGAAAGAUAAUUGUAUCCACUAGUUAUAUCACAAAACAUGAGCAAGAGUUGUUGAGCUUUUUCAAAAGGGGGGGGGAUGACAUUCAUUGCUCACCUUAAAGUACGCCGCUAACAAACUCACACAGCGCAAAAAAAAAAUCAUUGUAUUCCCAAUCGCCAACAGAAAGCGCCAAACGAUGCCCACUGGACGAGGCGGAGGGGCAGAGCAAGGGGGGGCGGGGGUAGAGACAUUCAUUUCCCAGUUUUUUCAAUCCAGCGAUCGAUAAGGAUGCCGCAAUCGACCAGGAUCACCCAGGGAUCUACCUGUCGAUCGCGGUCAAUUGGUUUAACCUGUCUGAGCUAAGGUAUAACAUAAAACUCAAGCUGUGGUGUAGGUAACCCAAACCACUCAUGGAUGUGCCCUGUUUUUCCUCCCUCAGAAAAGUACCAAAACUGCAACCGAAGUGGGCCGGACAUUUGCCACAAUGUUCUCAGAUAUAACCUUCCGGCAGAAGCUUCUAGAAACGAAAACGGAGGAAGAGUUCAAGGAGGCUUUGGUUCACCAACGUCAUCUGCUGACCGUCGUGAACCAGAGGCCAUCGGCAAUGGCCGACGGGCACAUAGUACACAACCACAAGCCUCUCAAGGUACGUGUGGCGAAGGUCCACUGUUUCAGGUGGACAUUAUAAAGCCAAAUCAUCUUGAGAUGAAUAUCAGUCGCUCGUCCGAGGAGGCCAAAGUUGCGUAAAUCCUGACAGGGAGUUGGGCAUCCCCUCAGAGUCAAGGUCCAGGUCUCUCAUCCUGGGUCGACAGAGCUCAUCCAGCCCUCAAAGUCCCAUAUGUCCAUUCUAUGAAGAGAAGUCCCACCAAAAAAAGUUCAGGACUUCUCCGCUGAGUGAAAAGCAGGUUAAGCACAGAGGUGGACAUGAUAGGGUUGCAUAGAAUUAUGCACAGUGGAUUGAAAAAAGUAUAACGCCCCCUCGCUGAAUUGGCCACAAUCUUUUUCCUUCUCCCUUUUCUGCCCUGUAACGCCAGCAACUUCUCGCAUGUCACGGCGGGACAAGUUUGUUAGAAGCUGUUGUGCUCCUUCCUUUGACCUUUUCCAUUGGGAGCUACUUAAAAAGAAAGAAAGAAAGAAUCUUAAAAAUAGGCCUUUUAAACUCUGCUUAAAUCAUUCUGCACUUUAAACCCACCCUCUCCCUGCCACCAGCCCUGUAGACAAUUGUGUCUCAAAACAAAGGAGCAGAAAUGAAUUUUCUCCCUGGAGGGAGAAGAGGGCCCGAGGUUAGAAAUCCCUGUUGCUGUAACAAGUUUUCCCGCAAGUGGAGAGACGUAAUGGCGAUGAGGCAGGGAGAGGCUGGAAGGGACAGACAGGGAGCCAAGCAGCGAGGGGGCAGGCGAGGGCCAUGGAGGACUGGCAGCAAAUGCCACAGCAUAUUCCAGGUACCCCUGCUGGGUUUUGGAAGCUGGUGUUGACAGAUGCACUUUGCAUCCCUUUUGUUCCCAAAUGUACGUGGAAAACAUGCAAAGCUGCCGCGUACAGACCCAGGAAAAGGCUAUCUUCCGACCACUAGGAGUGGGAGAGAAAUGCAAUCCUGUUCCCAUUCAAAGGCGAAUUUUCCCCAUUCGCACUUACCCAAACAAUACGUGCACCUAAACACAGCUGUCCUUCAAAAUCUGCACUCCUCCAAAUUUUACGUUGCACUUCUGGGGACUGUAGUUUAUCCCUCAAUUCCCAGCAACCUUUAAAAACUACAGUUCCCAUGAUUCUUUUUUAUUGGGGAGGGGAGAAGCUGUGUGUUUUAAAUCUAUGGUGCGGAUGUGACCUCAAGCAUGGUUUUUUGUAUUGGAAAUGGUGAAAUUAAGAAAGGGAAACAGACAGAUUCAGUGACAUUUGGUACUGUUUUAUGGAACCUGCAUGCAACAAAGAAAUUAAUUUUAUGACUCCUCAAAUGCAUGGGUAGUUGCGGCUAACCUUGGUUAGUUAUAUUAUUUCCCAUAUUGUUACCAGAUCCACGUUUAUUGAUUUGUGCGACAGUGCAGUCCUGUCAAACAUGGGGGUUCCAUUCCAGAGGUAGCGCAUACAGUCAUACCUUAGAUCCCGAACGCCUUGGUAUUCGGACGUUUUGGCUCCCAAACGCCGCAAACCCAGAAAUGAGUGUUCUGGUUUGUGAACGUUCUUUGGAAUCCAAAUGUCCGACAGGGCUUCUGCGGCUUCCGAUUGGCUGCAGGAGCUUCCUGCAGCCAAUCAGAAGCCACGCUUUGGCUUUCGAGCGUUUUGGAAGUCGAACGGAUUCUGUUCGACUUCCAAGGUACGGCUGUAUAUGCAAAAUCUGACUGCUGAUUGGCAAGAGGGGGGAGCCUUCACGAAGGCCCUCCCCAUAUCUCAGCUGCCUCCUCUCCUCCCUGCACAGAGGUAGUAUCAAGAGAGUCAGUCAGUCAGUUUUAUUGCACAUAGCCAAAGGCUGCCGCAAUGUACACAGAAUCAUUCAACAAUUAAAAGAAAAUAUGCUGGAUUAAUACGAAAAACUUAAAAUAUUUAUAUUAUCAAGACGUUACCUACUCUAAACAGAGCUAUAAAAGUACCUGAUUAUACAGGUUCAGACAUUAAACAGUAAAAUUUAUAGGCUAAAAUCACCACAUGGCCACUAAUAUAUUAAAAAAAUAAUGUUAAUUAAUACAAUGUGCAAUUAUAUUCGGAGUUUGGUGAUAAAGAUAGAAUAUAACUUGAUAUAGAUAGGGUCAAAUUAAUUCAUCUCCUUUACAGUUGGUGACUAUCUUGGCUAUAUAAUUUGCUCUAAUUUUCCUAGUGGCAGUUGCAAAGAGUGCUACACGCCAGGUCACAUACUUAUCUAUGUCUGCGAGGAGAUAUAAAAUCAUGUCAGAGGGGUUCUGGCCAGGGGACCUUGUCAUUAUAGGUGCUAAAAACCGUUCUCUUGCUUCAUUAUAUAAGGGGCAGCACAAGAUAUAAUGCAUAAGGUCUUCUACUUCAGGACAUCCCCUAAUGCAAACACAGUUGUUUGUUGGUAUGCCUCUGGGAGCGGGAGAGAUAUGAAACCAUUUUACAAAUAUGGCACACACAAUAGAGGCUGAGUUCCUUUUCUUGCCUCUUUGAGCAGUGCUGAGACGGGAUGGCCGCUUUUCCAAACCAUGUGCAUUGCCUCGUUUGCACUGCGGCGGGUUGGUCUAGAUGACCCUCGGGGUCCCUUCUACCUUGACGAUUCUGUGAUUUAGCAUCUCCUCUGCACAGCCUUUAAAGGAAAGCCGUUGGUUUUAAAGGUCUCGUGGCAGGCGGCUCGAGCCUCCCUCUCCUCUCUCAACAAUAGAUGAGCAUUUGAACUGACAUAACAUUUCCUUCCUCUCUCCAGCUCCACGAGUUCUUCAAUGUUGGCAAGGGAAUUUUUGAUGACAUCGCACGAAGGUUUCCAGUGUACGCGCUGGACUUUACUGAUGGUAGGUGAGCCAUUGUUUACGACAACGCCGGCCUGACUGGGGUCCUCAUAGCACCGUGUCCUGUUUACAGAGCACUCUCUUAUUUUUUUCGGAGGGCAGGGAGAUGUCUGCAGUAGCUCUCUUGUUUAUGAAAGACAACCACACACUGGACCAGGAAGGAUCCCAAGGGUUGGGCUUAUAGAUUAUUCCCAAUGUCUUCAGCCAAGCCUGGUGCUUUAGAUAAAUUCCCUGAUCCAGUAAGGCUAGUCCACAUGUAGAAACACAUUUUCAUUCAGAAGCAAGGGAAAAUCCAACAGAACUCGAGUUCUCAUCCUUGUUUUUGGCAAAAUCGUACUGCUGGCGCUUUUUAAAUGACUGCCUGAGAUUUCUGUAAGCUAAAUGAUGAGUAAUGUCUCCAUAGAGUAGAGAUUGGCAAUUCUGUCAAUUUCAUUUUCUCAUUAAUUUCGGUUUGCUUUUUAAAGUCAUUUUUAAAAAUAAAAAAAUCAGGGUUUUAGCGCGUAUUUCUCCUACAAUACACAAUUUUUUACACUAUUUUGUCUAAUCGCAUUUUUGCAAAGCAUUCCCCCCUAAAGAUUGCAUUUUUUAGUGUUGUUUUUGUUGCUUCAAGGGGGGAAAAAAUGAUAUGAAAAGGAUAAUACCCUGAAUGCCAAGAUCCAAGGUUGGGGUAAUUACUCUUUUGUGAGAAGACCCCAGCAGAGAUUUAAAGUCACAAAACAUGCAGCAGAACAAAUUUGGAAAUAUAGGCUGCUAGACCCUUAAGAUAUACCCUUUCAAGUGCGUCCCAAAGUUUCCUUCUCCCCCCAGCAAAGAAAAAAAAACACACAUUUGGUAAGUUUAAAAUGUUUUACUUACAAACUCUCCAAAGGUCAUAUUCAUGUGAUUUUCCAUGCAGCAUUCAGAAAAAGUUGCACAGGCAGUAAAAUUUAGCUUAGUUACAGAGUGAUGAGAGUUUCUAAAUGAUUGGUAUAUAAACUCAAGAGUGGCUUGUGAGAGCUGCCAGGGGCCGGUGGGGGUUGAACAAUAUCGGGAGGGGCCCAGAUUCCUGGCACCUGAGGAGAUGGAAUGAUGGUCUGACUCUGUAUAAAGGCAGUUUUGUAUGAGAGGCUUCACAUUUGCGGCCUGUGCCCUUCCAUGUACCAUCCAUCCCUUUCCCUCAUUGCCUAAGAGCUCUGCAGGACUGCUUUUUUCUACCUAAAUAGCUUUGUGGGAAUGCAAAGAAAAGCAAUCAUUGCAUUCUCUGGACAGAGCACUAUUGCUUAUGUACAUAUAUCUCAGUGACGUGAUUUCCCAUAAAUUUGGGUACGAUUCCUAGGCAGAAGCUAUUACCGGCCUUGUCUGACUGUCGACAAUUUCAUCCGCCGUUUGCCAUUUAUCUCGCGAAGGGGCCUGUUUCAGAAAUGCCGAGAGCUGAUUCUGGCAUAAAUGCCUGCGAUACUUUCUCUGUUUUCCUUUUAUUUACUGCGCGAGUGUCCCCCUCUUUCGCUGGGAAGCUCAGAGCAGAUUACGCGGGGCUCCAGGCAGUCUCCCGCCUCCUCGCUGUGACUAAGCUGAGGCUCGCUGAGCUGCGAUAACAGCCAUGCAACAGCCGUAGGUGAGUUUUGAAACAGCUUUGCAGGGUUGGUGCAAACCCCCCGGCCUACUGCCUUGGGUCAUCCAUGCACCUGGUACUGCAACUGUUCACAUGGGGCUAACUGUGCCCCGGUCAAAACCUCCAUGUUCCUUAUACGGUACAUGAUCAGGUUUAUUUAAAAAUAAUAUUGAUAGGGCAGCUGUAUGUAGACAAAGAGUGACAGUACAACAGAAAGGUGCCAGGGAGAGGAAAGCAGGCAAGCAUUCUUCAGGAUUAUAGGAGGCAGUUCCUUGGCAAAGGAUGUUUGCCGAACAGCGUUUUCAGCAGGGAACACUGCCUUGCACCCGGUUGCUGCAGGACUUGCUGUCGCCGCCAACCAGCUGAUUGGCAGCGACAACAAGCCCUCCCUUGCCAAUUAGGAGCGCGUUUUGGCAUUUCUGGUUCUUCGUUGGGAGGCAUAUUUUUCCCUGCCUCAUGCCUGACGUCAUGCACAGGCCCCCCCCCACUUAGUGCGCGGUCAACUUGUGUGCAGUGGCGUAGCAUGGGUUGUCAGCACCCGGGGCAAGGCAAGCAAUUUGCGCCCCCUAAGUGAGAGAGAGUGAGUGAGCCAGGUAGGGGCAGAGAGCUGCGAGUGCGAGCGCCCCCCCCAGAUGUUGCGCCCGGUGCGGCCGGCCCCCCCCAUGCACCCCCCACGCUACGCCACUGCUUGUGUGUGACCGUGUUUGCGUGCAUGCCGGGAAAUCAAUCAAUCAAUGGAAGCAGUACGUUUCCGAGCACAAUUCAAAGUGUUGGUGCUGACCUUGAAAGCCCUAAACGGCCUCAACCCAGUAUACCUGAAGGAGUGUCUCCACCCCCAUCGUUCUGCCCGGACACUGAGGUCCAGCGCCAAGGGCCUUCUGGCGGUUCCCUCACUGCAAGAAGCCAAGUUACAGGGAACCAGGCAGAGGGCCUUCUCGGUAGUGGCACCCGCCUUGUGGAACGCCCUCCCAUCAGAUGUCAAAGAGAACAACAACUACCAAACUUUUAGAAGACAUCUGAAGGCAGCCCUGUUUAGGGAAGCUUUUAACGUUUAAUAGGUUAUUGUAUUUUAGUGUCCUGUUGGAAGCCGCCCAGAGUGGCUGGGGAAACCCAGCCAGAUGGGUGGGGUAUAAAUAAUAUAUUAUUAUUAUUAUUAUUAUUAUUAUUAUUAUUAUUAUUAUACCAGGAAAUGGUGGGAGAAAGCUAGAGAGCCCUUGUGGCUUGUGAGAAGACACACACACACCCCGAGCCUGAAGAGGACAUCAGUGAGGGCAGAGAAGGGGCUAUAGGCUCAGUGGGGCUUUGUUUAGGCUUCUCAGCCUCUCCGCCUAACAGCCGGCUUGCGUGGUAGCGCAGCAGCCUCAGUUUUCCAGCACCUCCUUCAGCCUCCUGCCAGCCCCAGAGCUUCAGCUCUAGAUGUUUUGGUCUGGAGUGGAGAGAGAGCAGGAGAACAUCUGGGAAUAAGCAUUUAGAAGCUUUUUUUUAGAGGAUGCUCCCCACUUUGCACGAUUUCACUUGAGUGUGGGGGCCCAGAACGUAACCUGCGCAUUAGUGGGAGGAGGUCUGUAUAAGAUGGGGUGUGGGGCAUGUGGGCAUGGUUGGGGCAAACAGGCUCAUGGGUCAAAUUAGGCCCCAUGUUGGGCUUAAUUAGGCCCAUGGGCUAAACGCUCCCCACCUUUGCUGGAUAGGUUCGGCCGGCCUGAUUUGGCCCAUAGGCUUCCCGUGGUGAGGUCAUGCUAGCUGUUGACUUUGGGCCUGCAGAGAACUUUAGCCACAAAGAGGCUGUUAAUUCCUUCAAUAUCCAUGUGGCUUAGCACUAAGCUAUGGUUUCUCGGCUGAGAGUGUAUAUUUGGGGCUUCAAUGACACACACCUGUCCUAUGAAAUCCAAGGUCUUGCGGAUGCUGUUUGGAGAUGUGUAGCAACUCUGUGGCACUUCUCUUCCCGGGUCUAGCACCAUGGGCUCAAUUCCACAGCCAAGCACCUCUAGGCAACUGCUUUUUCUGCAUUCUUUCUUUUUUUUUUUACUUUAUAUUAACUUUUUAUUGAUUUUCCUUAUUUUCAGUUAAUUCACACUACAUGUUAAUUGCCAUACACCUUCAGCCUUGUACCGCAGAUUCCCGCGUAUAAGACGACUUUUUAACCCUGGAAAAGAGGUUAAAACGUCGGGGGUCGUUUUAUACGCCAGGUAUGGCUGCAGUGGGCAGCAGGAUCUGCUCUGCGCCAGGAAGAAGCCACCCAGUGAAGCCGGCUUAGCAUCGCUGGGCAGCUUCCUCCUGUCGCAGAGCCCGCUGCCCACUGCUGCUGCCGAAGCGUAUAAGACGACCCCCCCCCCCCCAAAAAAUUGGCAGCUUAUACGCCCAGUCACCUAAUAUGCUGGAAUCUACAGCACAUAACAUGAAUAUAUUAUUUCUGCAAAUUCCCCACAUCUAACCCUGCAAGGCAGGAGUGCCUGGCAUGCUCUGGUCCAUGGGGUCACGAAGAGUCGGACACGACUAAACGACUAAACAACAACCCUGCAACCACCUCUCCUUAUACCCAAAUGCCUGUGCGACUUCCUUCACACGCAUGAGUGAGAUCCAACAUAUUACUUAAUAAAAACCUCUAACAUUGUGUUCCUUUUUAUUCAUUACGAUAGUCAUUCAUCCAUUUUAAAAAAGGAGGGGAAGGAAAACAUAACUUCUUAACUUAAUGGGUUCAGUCUAUACUUAUCCAGAGAUUUCUAAUAGAACGAUUUUGUACAAUAUAUUCUUCAACACAUUUCCAUUCCUUGCUUUUUCUGCAUUCUUGUUGCUACUUGUUGUUGUUGUUGUUUAGUCGUUUAGUCGUGUCCGACUCUUCAUGACCCCAUGGACCAGAGCACGCCAGGCACUCCUGUCUUCCACUGCCUCCCGCAGUUUGGUCAAACUCACGCUGGUAGCUUCGAGAACACUGUCCAACCAUCUCUGUCGUCCCCUUCUCCUUGUGCCCUCCAUCUUUCCCAACAUCAGGGUCUUUUCCAGGGAGUCUUCUCUUCUCAUGAGGUGGCCAAAGUAUUGGAGCCUCAGCUUCAGGAUCUGUCCUUCCAGUGAGCACUCAGGGCUGAUUUCCUUCAGAAUGGAGAGGUUUGAUCUUCUUGCAGUCCAUGGGACUCUCAAGAAUCUCCUCCAGCACCAUAAUUCAAAAGCAUCAAUCAGUUCUUCGGCGAUCAGCCUUCUUUGUGGUCCAGCUCUCACUUCCAUGCAUCACUACUGGGAAAACCAUAGCUUUGACUAUACGGACCUUUGUUGGCAAGGUGAUGUCUCUGCUUUGACACAGAGGAGUAAAGGGAAAGAAAAUGCCAGGGAGCACUGUAAGUUAGGGGGCCUUCUGGGUCUCCCCUCUAUCCUGUUAGCAUCCUGCAGUCAGGAUAGCUCAGCUGGUAGAGCAUGAGGCUCUCAGGGUCGUGGGUUUGAGCCCCACGUUGGGCAAAAGAUUCCUGAAUUGCCGGGGGUUGGACUAGAUGGUUUCUUCGAACUCUACAAUUCUAUUAUAUUUGCUGUGAACUGGGAAUUCCACUUGCUCUUGGGACAUACGUAGGGAUGGGGCGGAAAUUCGCUUUAAUGUGAACCUCCCUCAUCCUCGCUUUUCAAAAUGGUACGCAAAAGGGAACACGGCCAUCCCUCAAAAUUCGCACUUCUCCAAAUUUUGCAGCUCUCUAACCAAACAAGGUUUACAAAAACGUGCAUGUUAGGGUGAUAUGUGUGGAUAAAAACACAUGGCACUGGCAAAAAUACCACAUGGAAAUGCAUUGCAUUAGGGACGUCACUUGCAAGGAUGUACAUCAGGAGAAAUUUGCUUUAAAAUCUGAUGCACAAAAAUGGAGAACCGAACAUGAGAUUGAAAAAAUUAGAAGUGGGGGAAAAUGAAAUUGAGAGAUUUUCUGCCCCUAGACAAGCUGCACAGCAGAAUAUUUCGAUAUGCCUUGAUCUGAAAUGAAAGAGGGCAGCCUGCUUUUAAGUGUACAUGUUCAAUAGCAAAACAUUGAAUUGCUACAGAAAGACAUUUUGGGCUGUUGGCAAGCUUUGCCUUAUGCUGUGAGGUUGAAUCUGUCGUCCUUUUAUUACAUUGGGUCCGGCACAGCAUUCUCUGUCUGGGUCCAUGCAAAUGCAGCUUAUUAAAAACUGCAUUAUGCUUCAGCCUGAGCACUUUGAUGCUGCUUUCGUGCAACUGAGAUCAGCAAACCAUGAAAGGCUUAGUUUAGCUUAGCAUGGCAUCCGAACCCAGGAUUGCGGUUUCUUUUGCUCUAGCCAACCGCAGUUACCAAGCCAAAUGCAAAACUAUGGUUUAAAGCGGUCUAGCAAUCAUGGUUUGUUGUUAGGGCGAAACAAAGCAAAACUCCAGGUUUGAGCACCUCACUAAGCAAACUUGUAGAAUUGUAGACUUAGAAAGGACCCCUGCAAUGCGUGGCUUCUGCAAACUGACCAAUCGUGUCUCAGGUAGCUCAGUCCUGCCUCCCCACAACAUAAAUUCUGGCUACGUCCAUGCUCAGGCCUUCUUUAAACCAUGAGCCAGGGUUUCUUGACUAAUGUUUGCUUCCAUUCCACUCCAUAACACAUCCAAAUUCUCUCCCCUCACCAAAGCAUCUAAGUAACACUAGGGCUGCCAUCUGUCCAGAAAUUCCCAGAAAUUCCCCAGGAAUGUCAGCUGGAAAUAGUAUCAGGGCAGAAUUUUCAAAAAUUGGUAAAAUGUCCAGGAAGGUGGUUUUUUUUGUGUGAAUUCCCUUUAAAAAACAGCUCAAAGACUUUGCAUUUUUUUUGUGUGUGUGUUUUUGCAAAAAAAAAGAAAAAGUAAGCAAUUUUGCCAGAAAUAAAAGCUCAACAACUUUUUGGAAUAUGGCAACCCUAAGAAACAAAGAAGUGUGUAAAUAAAGUCUUUCUGAGGUCUGGAGCUCAGGCACGCAGCUGAAGUUGUCUGAACGCAAUUUUUCCAUUCUUUUCCUUUCUCUGCCCACCUUCCCCAACUCCAAAUAUUAAUAUUUGAGUUUUGAAUUGUAGGAAUAAUAGGCGCUUUCAGUUUUACCGCUCUAGGCUGUUUGUGGCUUUGUUAAUCUCUCAAGUGGCUUCCUGUACAAAGCCGGACGUGCUAACUCUACAUCGCCUUUGCAGCCACAAAUGUAGCUUUUGGGUUUUGUUUCACUCCUAGUGCGUCGUGCCUACUCCCCUUAGAACAACUUUGUAAUUCUGCAAGCUGGAAUAAAUAUGCUUAAUUUACAUGCUUUUAAAUACAGUCGUACCUUGGAAGUCGGACGGAACCCGUUCCAGAAGUCCAUUCAACUUCCAAAACGUUCGAAAACCAAUCACUGUUAUGCUCCAUCUUACUUUUUCAGCAGUGAAAACUCCCUUGGCAACACUAAUUAAUUUUUUGCUUCAUUUAACUAAUGGAGCCCAUGGACUUUCAAACUGUUUGUGUCUUUGUGUCCCUUCCUUUAAUCUUAUUCUGUAAUUUAAAGACUUUCUUUGACAUACUAUAUUUUGUUAAAACACUCAUUCCAUGGGUGCUUCUGAUCAGCGCCAUUUAGCAGCUAACAACGUUUUUGCAGCUCUUAAUAGAUUUCCUUAAGAUGAAAAUGUUUUGGACCAACAUCAUUUUGCAGGUAUCACAGCAGAACUUGUAAUGGAUUUAAAUGUAUGGUGUAAUUAACCAUAUCUUCUGAUAAAUUUAAGAUUUUCUCCGAAUAAGUUCUAAUCUCAUCACAACUCCACCAAACAUGUAGUUAACUUUAUUUCUUCUGCUUUUCCAACAAUGAUCACUAAGGUUGCACACCUUGUAAUCUGAUUGGAAAAUUUAAAUUAUAGGGAUCCCCCCCCCAGCCCCUCCAGAGACUAAGGAAGAUGGAGGUACCUCAGAGAUUGAGGAAUGAUUUAUGUAGAGGCCAGAAGGAUGGAGCGGAGAACAAAAUCACCCAUUUGAUUUUGCAGAUACCUGCCCGCUUUUUUGACUAUUUCUUUACAGAUUUAAUAUCCCACCAGCCGUGUGUAGCUUGCAACUCUUGCAAAAUUCCUAAAAGUGAGAGCCAGUAGCUUGAAACAUGAGAAAUGUGUGUGUUGUAAAAGUGUCAUAAGUCAGCUGUGGUAUCUGAAGAAACAAGCCAGAUACGAGUUCUAAUCAAGUUUAACAUACCAAAUAAAAAAGUUUCCGAAGUAAGAAGUCUCUUCCUUUUCCCUGCAAGGCUAGGCUCAGAUUAGCCUCUCUGGAAAAUUGUGGAGAAGUCUCUACUCCACGUCCCCAACCUUUCUGCCAGUAGAAAUGGGGCUUUUGAGCCGAGGUCUUACUCUAGAUCAGGGUUUCCCCAGUUGAGUCUCUGGCUGUUGUUGGACUACAACUCCCAUCAUCCCUAGCUAGUUGUUGGAGAUGAUGGGAGUGGUAGUCCAAAAAGAGCUGGACAGCCAAUUUUGGGAAACCUUGCUCUGUAUCUCAUGUUGUGGUCCCAAGAGGGGUGCCCUUGCAAAGUACGCAGGACCCCAGGAAAAGACCCAAUGCUUUGAGUCACUACCAUUUUGCUUCGUAGCCAAAAGGACUAAAAAAAUGUGCAGUGUGUACAUCAAGAGAACUCUGAUGCUUGCUUUUAGAAAUGGGAAAAUCGCCCAACACAAUGUGCUCCCAGCCGCGCAUAGCGUUAGAUUUCUUGGUUCGAAGUGUGCCGUUUCCCAAGAAGGUCUGAUUAAGGUCUUUCCAGAUAGCAUGUGCCUACUUCGGGGAAUGUGUAGUUGUCACUUAAUUCCUUGUGGGAUGUAGAGGAGGCUGCAUUCUCGCUCUCCCGCCGCCCCUGCUGAGUUGGGCACGGUGAGCUGGGUAUGUUUUUGCCUGGAGGAGAGACGAUUAAGGGGAAACCCGAUAGAAUUCUUCAAAUAUCUGAGGAGCUGUCAGGCAGCAGACAGAACACACUUGCUUCCCUGCUGCUCCUGUGGACGUGACUAGAACUAAUGGGUGGAGAUUGCAAGGAAGCCGAUCUUGGUUAAGCAUUAAGAGAGAAAAGAACUGUCGGACAGUAGAACAACCUGCCUCUGGAAGUGGGAACUUUUCAGCAGAGCAGGAGUACCAGCUUGGCCCCGUGACGUGGGUGCCCAUGCAGCAUGCAUGACCCUAGUGCCGAAAUUUGUGGGUGCCCAGCCACUUCAUGGAGAAUUUUGUGGGUGCUAUGAAGCAGAGGGUGGAUGGCCACCUGUCAAGGAUGUUGUUGUUGCAUCCUGCACUCAUUUAGCAGAAGGUUGGGCUAGAAGCUCUCAGGCUCACUUACAACACCAUGAUUCUUUUCCGAUGAGUAGAUGCUGCUGGGGUUGCCAUAUGUCCUCUUUUUCCUGGACAUGUCCUCUUUUUCAUAGGUAUGUAGAAGGAGAGUCGCCAUUCAUGGUUAAAGGUAAAGGGACCCCUGACCGUUAAGACCAGUCGCAGACGACUCUGGGGUUGCGGCACUCAUCUUGCUUUUUUGGCCAAGGGAGCCAGCAUACAGCUUCUGGGUCAUGUGGCCAGCAUGACUAAGCCGCUUGUGGCGAACCAGAGCAGCGCACGGAAAUGCCAUUUACCUUCCCACCGGAGUGGUACCUAUUUAUCUACUUGCACUGUGUGCUUUCGAACUGCUAGGUUGGCAGGAGCUGGGACCGAGCAACGGGAGUUCACCCCGUCACGGGGCUUCGAACCGCUGACCUUUUGAUCGCCAAGCCCUAGGCUCUGUGGUUUAACCCACAGUUAAAAGUAGAAGUCAUCAAAUGUGCCCUCUUUUUUGCUCUUCAAAAUAUGCAUCUCCCUUUGCUCAGCCUCUCUGGCAUUCUCUCUCUUCAUUCUGGCCACAGUUGUCUAUCAGUUCUUUGGCUGUUUCUCUCUCUCUUUUUUAAAAGGUGGGAUGAGAACAGGGUUCUCAGUCUCCUGCUACUUUCUUACAGUGUGAAUGUGUCCCUUGAAGCUAGAGUUUCAGAGCAGAUAGUUUGGAGCCUAUUGCAGGCCAAGUCGUUUCCCUAAGUGAGGGCGAACCAUGUUUGUCAUAAGCAAACGCUUGCACUUCAGAGUGGUGAGAUCACUGGAAGCGGAGACUUGCAGUGAUGGACGCUGCUGCCUCUUCCCUGCCAAAGACUAGCCUUGAAUUUGUCACUUCCUGCCUUGUUUUCUUCACACGGGUGUUGUGUCACCUAAUUAGAGUUUUGUGUUUUUGCAGUUCUGCAAGGAGCGCGAUUGGUAAGGACUGCAAAACAGUGAGCAUCCGUCUGCACAGAUCUUUCCUCUUUCCAUUAUUUUGCAGCUGUUCAACAUGCGUAGUUGGGGACAGGCGGGCGAUCCAAUUCGGUUUGCGUUUAAAGGCAAACCUUCGUCAUUCUCACUCGCAAGAACUGGGAUGCCGCCAUCUUUCGAAAUUCGCACUUCUCUGAAUUUUGCAAGGCGGUUCUCCAACCGAGUGAUGCGUUCAGAAAUGCAUACAUUGGGAUAAAGCUUGUGUUAAGGAUGCAUAUAUCACUUUAAAAAAACACGUGCUGAUGAAUUUUCAUGGGGACUUAUUUAAAAAGGCAAAUAGAUAAGGAAACAUGGAGAACUGAACUUAAAAUAAGAAACGGAGAGAAAACAAAACUUACUGAUUUGCUCUUUCUUUUUUGUGGGAGCUGCAUUUAGAGAUGGAGCGCUUGCUUGGUAGUCAUAGGUGACAAGAAAAGCUUGCAGGUGUGAGCAGAACUAAUGGAGAGGAGUCGGGGUGCUCCAUCUCUCUGUGGAACACAGCAAUAGAAACCAGAGAGUCUGGAAGAGCAGGAAAACCCUCUUCCACUUACCUAGUAUAGGAGAGCAGUGAGCUGCUGCAAGAGGCAUGGUGCUUCUCAUCCCUUCCGCUGCCAGCCCACAGCAGGCUAGAUGGAAAAAUGAUGCUCUGCAGGCUAGUAACUUCUCUGCACCUAUUUGCAAGGCUGGACAAAUAGUCUGGCUCCGCAUAAGGCUAUGUUCCAUGAAUUCAUAAAUAUUUUUUUAAAAAAUUCAAAAGCAACAUUUAUCUCCCCCAGGGAUAAUGUUUGUUUGUCGGCGUGUUUUUGAGCUGGAAGUUCCAGUCUCUCUCUCUCUUUUUUUAAAUGAUAUUUAUUAAAGUUUCAGAUAGAAAAAGACACAUCAAUAAAAAAGAAUUUAAAAGUAAAAAGAAAAAUACACAAUAUAAAAUACAAAAAGAAAAAAAAGAAAAAACAGUUAAAAACAAUUCCAUCUUUUCAUCACUGCUUUUGAAUUAACUUAUUUUCUGGACCUCCUCAUACCUCCCUCUUUUGUAUUCCAAUUCAGUUUGUUUGUCCAGCAAUUCCUUUCCCUCUUUUUUAAUCCCAAUCCUUAAUCUUAAUAUAAUAUAAUAUAACAUUAAAUUUUUAUCUAUUAAUAGCCAAUUUUCCAUUCUUUUAACCUUUUUAUUCCUAAUCCCUAAUCUUAAUCUGUCUAUAACUUUAAAGUCUGUGCAGCUAGAAACCACUUAAUUUCAAUCCAUCAUCACUCUAACAUUCUUUAAUUUUGCAAUGUUUCUGCAGGUAAUCUUUAAAUGGAAGUUCCAGUCUCAAGGGCUCACGCAAACACAUCUAUUGAGCAUAGUCUAAAAUAACACCCAGACAAACACAGCAUGUAAGGAAUACGAUGCGGUGUGCAUUCAGCUGUGUGCAAAUACAGAUUGCCAAAUUUGUGGCGAAAACUGAACACUUUGAUUAAAAGUGUGUGUGUGUGUGUCCCCCAGGAGCAAACAUGUCUCCUCCUCUCUGUGAGAUAUAAUAGCCGUGAGGAAUAGAAGCUGUAGAGCCAUUGGAAUCCCCUGGGUGUUCUGUUUAUUUUCUCAAAUUUAGCUUCCUUGCCUGGGAGUAUUUUCCUCUGCUUAAAAAGAAAUCUUAUCUUCAGCAAGGAGUGUGUGCGUGUGUGUGUGUGUGUGUGCAUAGCAGAGCCUUAUUCAGCUGUUUCGCAGGCAGUCUUUGGCCAAGUAAGAGGAAAUCCUUCAUUCUGACCCUCUGCCCUUUGUUAUAUUCAGGAAAAGCAGGCAGAUUCUGGUUCAGCUGCUGCUAGUUAUUUUUCCCCUCCCUCCCUCCCGCUAGUUUCAGUCCUCGCCUUAUACAUGAGUGUACAAGCCAGGGGUUCAUUUAUUCGCAGGAAUCAAUCACCCACCAGCCUCCCCAAAGGAGCCUCUGUGAUGCUUUAGCAUGGGUCCAUGUUUGGUUUUCCUUUGUCUGUUUGGAGGAUUUUUAAAAUAAAAUAAUUGACUCGCGUCCAGGGAAGCAAAUGCCAGCACUUGAAGCAAGCCAGCAAAGCCGUUUUUGAGGUGCCGUUUUGCUGCGUGUUUUUCCUUUUUGACAUUUCAUCAUACGUUCUGCUAAGCCUCCUACAGCGCUAUGUAAACCCCUGGAGGUUGGCUGCCAGGGCGACAGGGUGUGCAAGAUUUGGUUUACAUCGGGUUUUCCCCUAAGGGCUUUUUGGUCUCUUCCUGCCACCCCACGCCACGUUAUAAUUGGAAACAUUUGCUAGAGAUUUUGCAGUGGGUGCAAACCCAACAUGCAAAAGAGGGUGGCUGCACAAUGAUGGAUUUUGCCUUGGACCAGGAAUUUAAGAUGACCUGGUAUAAAGUGAAACAGAGGGGGUUUUUUGGGUGGGGGGCAGAAUUACCCACUAAGAGGCAAGGAGACGGGGUGGGGGCUGCUCACAAGGUGCAAAUGACUACCGGACUUUGAAAAGCUGGUUCAUCAAUUUUUUUUAACGAAUUAAACCAACUAGUUUUCAUUGGAUUUUGAAUAAAUGUGCAAUGAAUUGUUGCCGAUUUGAAUUUUAUCGCAUUGAUAUCUUCGUGCAAACCGCUAUUCUGAAUACAGUGGUAGCUUGGUUGUCGAACUUAAUAUGUUCCGGGAGUCCAUUCGACUCCUGAGACAGUACGAAAAUGAAGGCGCGGCUUCUGAUUGGCCGCAGGAGCUUCCUGCACUCAAUCGGAAGCCGCGCCGGAUGUUCAGCUUCCAAAAAACGUUCACAAACCGGAACACUCACUUACGGGUUUGCGGCGUUCAGGAGCCAAAACAUCUGAGUACCAAGACGUUCAGGAUCCAAGGUACAACUGUAAUGCGCGCUCUUUCCUCUAUAGGGUUUUAUAAACAAGAAUGCUUUUUACAGGGUAGGGGGCACCAGGGAUGCAUUUAUCUUUUAUUCCCCUUCCUUCCCUCCCCCUCCCCUUUUUAUAAAGAUUCCUCGCUCUGGGAUCCCACAGCUAAUUCUCCCCUGUCUCCUCGCUGGCUGAAAUAGAACUAAUUUAGCCAGCUAGCUCUGGUGAUCAUCUAAUGUUUACUGGGUGGAUUUCCCCCCUAAAUUGAUUUUUGAUUUUAUUGUUAUUCAUGUUUUAUACCGUAUUUUAUGCUGUUUUUUGUAGCAUCAAUUAAGUGUUUUAGAUUUGUUGUUAGCCGCCCUGAGCCCGGUUUUCUGAACCGGGAAGGGCGGGGAAUAAUAAUAAUAAUAAUAAUAAUAAUAAUAAUAAUUAAUGGAACUAAGGGGCAGUGGCCCCCAAACUGUUUACGGACCACUGAUAGUGAAGCAUAGCAGCAGAUUCACUCAGGGAAGUCUCCAAACCAGCAGUGGCUAGUCCAGUAGGGCAAAUGGGGCACUGUCCCAGCCAACCCCCGCUUAAAAGGGAUGACUCUUGUUGUCCAUGUACUUCUUAUUAGAAUCAUAGAGUUGGAAGGUACCGUGAGGGGAUUGUCCAGUCCUUCCUCCUGCAGUGUGGGUCUGCCCUUUUGGUUACGGCUUUGGCGCCGAGCGCGCUUCGAUCCAUGUGGAGUUCGCCCACCCCUUUCUUCACUUUGCUCUUUGGGGUUUGUUUUAGGCAUCAUCGGCAACAACAAAGCCAUAGGCAAAUACAUCACCACCAUGAUCUUUCUGUACUUCGCCUGCCUCCUGCCUUCCAUCGCUUUUGGCUCCCUCAAUGACGAAAACACGGACGGGGUCAUCGGUGAGUCUUCCCUCCUUCCUGCCCCAUCCCUCACUUGCCCCCCUGGAAGUUCCGGUUCUCACUGGGGACCCCGGAGGGAAGAUCUAAUCUGUGUGAUCACAACCAAAGAAACCACUGCUGUCUAAACAAAGGAAGCCCUUUUAAGGGCGAUUUUUCUUCUCUCCCCAAGAUAAGCUUAAAGGUAAAGGUAAAGGGGACCCCUGACCAUUAGGUCCAGUCAUGACCGACUCUGGGGUUGCGGCGCUCAUAUCGCUUUAUUGGCCGAGGGAGCCAUGGGUCAUGUGGCCAGCAUGACUAAACCACUUCUGGCGAACCAGAGCAGCGCACGGAAACGCCGUUUAUAUUCCCGCCGGAGCAGUACCUAUUUAUCUACUUGCACUUUGACGUGCUUUUGGACUGCUAGGUUGGCAGGAGCAGGGACUGAGCAAUGGGAGCUCACCCCGUCGUGGGGAUUCGAACCGCUGACCUUCUGAUCAGCAAGUCCUAGGCUCUGUGGUUUAACCCACAGCGCCACCUGCGUCCCAAUAUAAGCUUACUGCUUGGAUUAGACUAGUAGUUCACAGACACACACACUCGGCCUGGGCCAGUAGAGUGCAUGGCACAUUCACCCGGUGGUAUGUCAGAAGUAAAGCCCAUUGGCUUGCUCUAAUGAAAAAGUACAAAUGGAGCAAAUUUGCAGGUUCACUAUAGCUUUGCAUAACACAUGUUUCAUUUCAGCGUUUAUAGUCUGCUUUUUCCAGUUCACGGUGGCUUGCAGAAACUGAAAGCAAUGCAUGAUAAUAAUAAAUUAUUAUUAUUAUUGGAAAAUAUCCAGCGCAAUUGAAAAAGGGCGAAAAGUCAACAGUGCCUUAGAAGAGCUUACUGGAGUAAAACUGCCUUGACUGCUUGUCUGAAAGGAAGCCGUGUUUAUUAAUGUUAUUUAUUCUGGCUUUGCCAAUCAGAAGGAGGGGUAUCAAAGACUUGCCCCCAACCCCUGGAAAUUAGACCCAGACCCUGCGCUGCCAGUUCCUCAGAUUUCCACGCUCAUUGUUUGCAUGUGGUUCUUCACUGUCAAAUAGACUGUGAGCUUUCUUGAAAGCUGAAAAUCUGAAGUUGGUGCUUAGCACUGCAUCCAGUUCCACUGUACUUUGUUAGGACACUUUUUUAAAAGAUAUAUGCAGUGCAGGCACUGCGGCUGCAGUACGAUGGAGAAGACUGUGACAAGGAGGAGGAGAGACUUAACUGUUUUGCUUUUGCACCAAAAAAGAUGCAGGCAUCUACACAACUGUGUCCAGUGUGACAGUCCAUGCUCCCACAGCUCCGCUCCUAGCUAAUGCUUUGAGCAUGUCUGUUGCACCAGUGUGCAUAGUGCACUGUGCUCUUUGCACCAUCAGUGGUGCCAUCAUUUAAUGCAAGCUUGCUUUGACAGCCACCUGAUUCUUGCAAAUUCAUCUUUCUCUCCCCCCCCCCAACUUUUCAGAUGUGCAGAAAACCAUCGUUGGCCAGUGCAUUGGUGGUCUUCUCUAUGCGCUGUUCUCAGGCCAGCCGCUUGUGGUGCUGUUGACGACGGCUCCUUUAGCGCUCUACAUCAAUGGUGAGUUUGUCGCGCCAGCUGCUUGUGUUGCAUCUGAAGGCAGCCCCGUUUAGGGAAGUUUUAAAAUGUUGGAUGUUUUAGCGUGUUUUUUAAUAUUCUCUUGGGAGCCGUCCAGAGUGGCUGGGAAAAUCCAGCCAGAUGGGUAGGGUAUAAAAGAAAAGUAGUAGUAGUAGUAAUAGGAGUAGUAGUAGUAGUUAUUGUUGUCGUUGUUGUUGUUGUUAUUAUUGCAUGUUUACAAUAUGUAUAAACAAAUCAAGCCCCAUGUGGCCCUACAGUUCUGCAGCAUGAUUUAAUAACUAUAUUCAUGCACAUGCCUUCUUUGUGCAACUGUAUGCGUUGUUGCAUCCAAUUGUUUAUGUGCUGGUUACUUUAGGCGUAGAAUAUUACUUGUAUAUAAUUAUUAUUAUUAUUGACUAUAUUUAUAUACUGCCUGUUUUCCAAGGAUCACAGGGUGGUUUACAAUAUAAAAACACAGAAACCUAAUUCUUGUACGUGGCUGGUUGUUGUAUUUGGGUAGCUGAGGCUGCCAUUGGUACAUUUCUGUCUUUGUGUGAUGAUGCUCUUUUCGUUUUCAGUGAUCAAAGGGAUCUGCACUGACUACAACUUGGAAUUUCGCGCUUUCUACGCCUGGGUGGGACUCUGGAACAGUUUCUUCCUGAUGCUCUACUCCCUUUUCAAUUUCAGUCUUGUAAUGAAGCUCUUCAAAAGGUAACUCCUCACAUUAUCUCCACCACUUUGGUAGGCGGGAAAUUGCCACCAUAGGGUCAUAGACUUGGAAGGGACCCUGAGGAUCAUCUAGUCCAGAGCUUUCCAAACUGUGUUUCGCGACACUUCAAUGUGUAGGUGUGUCACACGAAUGCUCCCCGUGCUCCUCACGAGGCUGGAAAGGGGUUCGUUUAACUUCCGGUUUGCUAGUAAAACUGAAUUACUGUGUCACGAAAGGAUGCAUAUCAAAAAAGUGUGUCACCAACAUGGAAUUAAAAAAAUAAUAAUAAUCCAGUAGCACCUUAGAGACCAACUAAGUUUGUUCUGGGUAUGAGCUUUCGUGUGCAUGCACACUUCCUCAGAUACACUGAAACAGAUGUCACCAGACCCUUAUAUAUAGGGAGAGGGUGGGGAGGGGUAUUACUCAGAAGGGUGGUGGGAAUGAAUGAUUGGCUGAUAGGUGUGGUAAACCUGUUGACGACUGUUAAUGACUGCAGUUGGUCUUACAGGAAAAAGCAAGGGGUGAGAUGGCUAAAAAUAGCUAUAUCAUGUAUAAUGAGAUAAGAAUCCAAUGUCUCUAUUCAGACCAGGUCUCUCCAUGGUUUUAAGUUUGGUAAUAAGUUGCAACUCAGCAACUUCUCUUUCCAGUCUAUUUCUGAAUUCUUCUGUAAUAAGACAGCUACUUUGAGAUCUUGUAUAGAAUGUCCUGGGAGAUUGUUCUCCUACUGGUUUCUCUGUCUUGUGAUUCCGAUACCAGAUUUAUGUCCAUUUAUCCUUUGGCGUAGGGUUCUCACGCCUUGCUUUGUCCUUAAAAUAUAUUUUAAAAUGCUGAUCCGAAUAAGACCUUGUAACUCACAUGCGAUGACCCACAUGGAAUUUCUUUGCAGGUCGACGGAAGAAAUCAUUGCACUUUUUAUCUCCAUCACAUUUGUCCUUGAUGCUCUCAAGGGCAUAACAAAAGGUAAGCCAGGCAGCAGGUGACUCUCUUUGUUGUUGGUUGUGGAAACCACGAGGAGUUGUGUUGUUGCAGCCUUCUGUUCUUUUGUUGUUGUUGUUUAGUCGUGUCUGACUCUUUGUGACCCCAUGUACCUGAGCACGCCAGGCACUCCUGUCUUCCACUGCCUCCUGCAGUUUGGUCAAACUCAUGCUGGUAGCUUCUAGAAGAUUGUCCCACCAUCUCAUCCUCUGUCGUCCCCUUCUCCUUGUGCCCUCCAUCUUUCCCAACAUCAGGGUCUUUUCAAGGGAGUCUUCUCUUCUCAUGAGGUGGCCAAAGUACUGGAGCCUCAGCUUCAGGAUCUGUCCUUCCAGUGAGCACUCAGGGCUGAUUUCCUUCAGAAUGGAUAGGUUGGAUCUUCUUGCAGUCCAUGGGACUCUCAAGAGUCUCCUCCAGCACCAUAAUUCAAAAGCAUCAAUUCUUCGGCGAUCAGCCUUCUUUAUGGUCCAGCUCUCACUUCCAUACAUCACUACUGGGAAAACCAUAGCUUUAACUAUACGGACCUUUGUGGGCAAGGUGAUGUCUCUGCUUUUUAAGAUGCUGUCUAGGUUUGUCAUCGCUUUUCUCCCAAGAAGCAGGCGUCUUUUAAUUUCGUGACUGUUGUCCCCAUCUGCAGUGAUUCUGUUCUUUAGUCAUGCAAAAAGGGCUUUGUAGAACGAGGUGUGGAAGGUGUUUGGAACUGAGGACCUUCAUUCGUGCCUUGUUUUUGUGCCGUGAUUCCAAAGGGUAGAAUCGGCACAGAUCAUACCGCAGAUCUGCUGAACGCUUGGACUCCUAACCUUAAAAAGCAAGUUCAAGUUCAAUUUGGAGGCCUCUAAUAGCGGUUGCUGGUUGAGAGGCUGAGGCCCAGAACAUUUAGGGUGCGCCGGGCCGGCAAAAAGCUGCCUGUGGACACAUUCAUUCCAUAAAUUUAAAGCUCUGUGACACCACUUUAAACGGUGGUGGUUUCCCCCAAAGAAUCCUGGGAGAUGUAGUCUGUUAAGGGUGCUGGGAGUUUUUAGGAGACCCCCCUGUUCCACUCACGCAACUACAGUUCUCAGAGCUCCCUGUGAAGAGGGAUUGAUCAUCAAAUCAACCUGGGAACUGUAGUUUUGGGAGGUGAAAUGGGGGUCUCCUCACAACUCCCAGCCCCCUUAACAAGCUACGACUUGCCCAAAUAUUUAAUCAGGAUAAAGCAAUAGGAUUUGAAAUUAAGAAUCAAAAUUACAAAAACUAUUAUUACAAAACUCGAAAAAGAGUACAUCCAAAAUGUAUAAUUUAUUAUUAGAAUGUGAGUUAAAGGAUGAAGAAGUAAAAUAAGUUAUGACUAAAUGGGCAUGCGAUAUAGGUGGCGCAAUUCGGCUGGACCAAUGGGAGAAAUUAUGGAAAUGUGAUAUUAAAUUUACGCCAUGUUACACAAUCAGAGAAAAUUUGAAAAAAAAAUAUGUUCUUUUUUGUUUGUUUUCAUUUUCCUUUUUUUGUAUCCUUCCCCCCCCCCCUUGUUUGUAUGGUAUUAUUUUUGAUUCAAUGUUUGUAAUUUUUGUUAUAAUUUUGCAUUGGGGGGAAAAAACAACCAAGCUACGACUCCCAGAAUUCUUUGGAUGGAAACCAUGACUGCUUAAAGUGGGGUGAAAGUGCUUCGAAUAUAUGGCAUGAAAAUUCACAAUUUCCUCUGCCCACAAAUGAGUGCAAGAUAUGAGUUGUUUUCCUCUGCCUCUGUGGUCUGCAGAUGUAUGGAAUAACCAGAAUCUCUAGCCCUCAUUAACCCCCCGCUUGUUUUUUUCGGAACUUGCUUGCUGGGGGCUUGGAGGGGGGAGGCCGUGUCCUUUUCCAUCCCUGUGUAUGACCCAUUUCCUUCCAACGGGAAGAUCAGUUGAAUAUCUCUCUUAAUUUCUAAAGCUCCGCUGGUCCAGCGGCUCUGCAGGAAAGGGGCGUGGGAGGUUUCCCUCUCCCUCUCUUUUUAAAAUCUCAUCACAUUCAAGCCGCACAUUCUUCUCACCAGCUUAAUGACACUUUGUUUUCCAAAGCUGAAGCUCAGCCACCUAAGCUGCACUCCUGUUUGAUCUUGACUUCUGCACUUUGCAGGAAACAGCCAGGCAGCAGCUGAAGCAAACAACAUCAGAGGGACCUUAAAUAACUCCCCGAAGCUGCGACAGCUCUGCUGUAGUCAGGAGACGCCUUUUGUGUUAUUUAAAGGGCAAUCUCUUAAUCAGUUUUCGUGCAGAGAGGGAUCCCUUCAGCUGUCCUCCUGGGCCGCAUCAGCCGAAAGUUGCUAAAUAAGCGGCAGCUGAAUAUUAAAUACUAAAUUCCUAAUUACGCAGCAGGCUUGGGGAGAUAACCUGCCAGUCAGUUAUCACGAACCAAGAAAUGGGAGCAGGAGACAGAGCGUGUGCUUAGGAUAGUUGGGAGGGCCACAAGGGUCAUAUACCCUAUAAUUCAGAAUUUUUUCACCCCACACGGGGCUCAAACCCACAACCUGGAAAUUAAGAGUCUCAGUCCCUACCGACUGAGCUAUCCCCCAUGCUUGUAGUGCCAGAGAUCAGCAGUGGGGGGGGUUGUUUUUCAGCCUGAGGGCCACCUUCCUUGUAAGCAACCUUUGAGGGGCCACAUGGCAGUGGGUGGGGCCAGGAACAGAAGUGGGCGUGGUUAAUGGGCGUGGCUCUUACUCUUGCCCAGAUAGGAAUGUGGCCUUCAGCUUGGACGACAGUGUUCCCCAGCCCAGCAGCACAAAGUUGGGAAUAAGUUCUGCUGGUGUCAAUGGAAGCUCCAAGCGAGCACAGAUAGGGACGGAGAUGCAAAUCUUGGAAGAAAAGGUUGCAAAAAGGGCCGGGGGCUGUGGCCUUGGGUUCCCUUGAGUAUUCCAGCAGGCAGCCACAAGUUCCCCACUUUAUUAUUACCAUUUUAUUAUUAUGUAUUUAUUAAAUUUCUAUUUCACCCUUCAUCCAAUGAUCACAGGCCGGUUUACAGUAUAAAAACACGAAAACCAUACCAUAAUAACAAACAAAAACCUUCCCCACCACAGAGUUUAAAAGGCCAUAGAUUGGCUAAUUAGCCAAAAACCUGGGAGAAGUGGAAUGUUUUUGCCUGUCGCUUAAAGGAAAUAAUUUAUUAUAUUUUUCUGCCGCUUUUCAGUGAAACGAAUUGCGAACAGGCUUACGAACAAUAAAAGACAGUAACAUGAUGAAUAUCAUAGAACAGGGGUCAGCAACCUUUUUCAGCCGUGGGCCGGUCCACCGUCCCUCAGACCAUGUGGUGAGCCAGAGUAUAUUUGGGGGGGGGCGGGGAAUGAACGAAUUCCUAUGCCCCACAAAUAAUCCAGAGAUGCAUUUUAAACAAAAGCACACAUUCUACUCAUGUAAAAACACCAGGCAGGCCCCACAAAUAACCCAGAAAAGCAUUUUAAAUAAAAGGACACAUUCUAUUCAUGUAAAAAUACGCUGAUUCCUGGACUGUCCGCGGGCCGGAUUGAGAAGGCGAUUGGGCUGCAUCCAGCCCACGGGCCUUAGGUUGCCUACCCUCCUCAUAGAACAUCACAAAUGCAACACAAAUCAUAUAGAAAAAUAAGGGAGUCACCGUUUUAUGGAGUUCUUCAUGUGCACAGACAAAGGAGCAGAGACUCUAGGCGUUAUCGGCAAAAGUUGGCUUUGUUUAUCCAAAGAAUAGGAACGUGACGUAAAGAUCAGCCAUUUUCUACAGACGUAUAUAUCCCGUGGCAUUUCAAAGUUGCACACAUCAGAUCUUUGGUUAUAUAUUAAAAUGACGUACAUGAGUUUCCAAGGAACAAUAAUUGAACUGGGGAACAAUGGUUAGCAAACACCUGUGCUUGCGUGAAACCACAUCUACACUCUUUUCUGCUGCUCAGCAUCUUUACCCAUUAACUUCAUGAUGUCUUAAAAGGGUCUGCAGCUCUUUUAACUCGCUGAAAGGCUGGGCUUGGAGGCAUGGUCCUGUUUUGUUUACCCUUUCAACCAGUGCAUGACCUAUGUCAGCUUGUUCCCUUCACGACUCUGCCUUCUUUCUGCAAGAACAAUCUGUCUCUGGCAGGCAGAAAAAUCCUCUCCACCUGACGGAACCCUGGACUUUACAUAAACAGUGAUUCUAACCAGCACCAUAUUUUGUGUGGUUUUAUGUGAGAGAGAGAUGGAGAGUCUUAAAGGUCUCUGAGCGAGCAAACGAGACACUUCUGGAUUUAGGUCAGGCUCCCGACUGUGAAAUAUGAGACGAAUAUCAUAUUUCACAGACUGGGAGAGUCUGUGGCAGGGAGAAUCAGAAUCAGAAACUGAAGUGGAGGAGGACGGAGACCAAGAGGCAGAGAUGAGUCCAGCUGGAGUCAUGGCUAUUUCCUAUUCCUGCUGCGACAAGCUCCCCUCCCCACUUGUCUCCCAGGACCAGGAGAGGCAUGAAGAGGGCAGAGGAGAAAUUAGGGUCACGCAGGCACAGUCUCAGAUUGCUUGGGGGAAACCCUGGAGAGGAGGGGACUUAGGCAGCUGUGGGGAGGUGGGGAACUGCAGUCUGAGCAACUGCUUCAUGGCGGAAAGACCUGCCGGCGUUGAGUCGCUGCGCUCAUUAGGCAUGACACCCCUCUGCAGAUCCUGCUUUCUGCUAAUAAAGACUUAGCUCAGCUUGUUUGGGUGAUUCACUGCUGGCUCACUCCUGACAAAGAGAAACCUUGUGCGCUGAGCCUAGCAUGUAGUUUGACCAAAGAUGUCUUCCUUUUCUUGGAAAGAGCAGAGAAGGUAAUACAGUGGUACCUUGGUUUUCGAACGUCUCCAUUGCCGAAUGUUUCGGUUUUCGAACGCCAAAAAACCGGAAGAAAAUGCUUCCGUUUUUGAACACACCUCGGAAGUUUAACAGCUUCCUCUGCGUGUAUCUGUUGUUUUUCACAAUUUUCUCUAUUGAAUUAGCAGGCCUCGGUUUUCAAACAUUUUGGAAGUCGAACGGUCUUUGGAACGGAUUAUGUUUGAAAACCAAGAAAGAUUGUGUGAUCCUCUGGAACAAGAAACAAGUUCUCCUCGCCCUUGUCCCUGUCCCAGCCCCACCUAUGGGUGUCACAGGCCUGGCUUCUAUUAAAAUCCACUCAUUUUUCUUCUUUCUCUCUCCCUCUCUGUUUUAGUUUUUACAAAGUACUACCAUUUCCCGAGAGUGCACAGCACACCGAUUGAUAACACCACCUUCUUCUUGAACAUGUCAGCUGAGCGCUCGGGGCUGGGGAACCAGACGGACGCCCCCCCUGCCGCUACGCAGUAUGGGCGAGAGACGGCCGUUCUUAGUCUCAUGCUGAUGCUGGGAACCCUUUGGCUCGGUCACACGCUGUAUCAGUUUAAGAAAAGGUAUGUCAAAGGUGAUGGGGAGCCCGUGGCCCUCUGGGUAUUGCUGGCAUCCAACUCCCAUUGGCCCCAGUCGGCAUGACCAGCGAUGAGGAAUUAUGGGAGUUGUAGAGCAGCAAAAAAAAGCAACCAAAAAAAGCUGGGACACGGGUGGCGCUGUGGGUUAAACCACAGAGCCUAGGACUUGCCGAGCAGAAGGUCGGCGGUUCGAAUCCCCGCGUCGGGGUGAGCUCCUGUUGCUCCUGCCAACCCAGCAGUUUGAAAGCACGUCAAAGUGCAAGUAGAUAAAUAGGUACCGCUCCGGCGGGAAGGUAAACGGCAUUUCCGUGCGCUGCUCUGGUUCGCCAGAAGCAGCUUAGUCCUGCUGGCCACAUGACCCGGAAGCUGUACGCCGGCUCCCUCGGCCAAUAAAGCGAGAUGAGCGCCGCAACCCCAGAGUCGGCCACGACUGGACCUAAUGGUCAGGGGUCCCUUUACCUUUAGAGCAGCAAAAAUAAAAAUAAAAAUGGAAUAGCAAAGCCAGACAUAGUACCAAUACUUGGUGGGUUGCAAACAUCUUAGAACCCGGUACAUUAGAUUGAAGGGGAAGGCCUGUGGCUCAAUGACAAAAUGCUGCUUUAUAUGUUGUGAACUGUCCUGAGAUCUACAUAAGGAGGACAGUAUACAAAUUGAAUACCUAGAUAUGCAGAAGUUCGCAAGUUCAAACCUUGGCAUCUCCAGGUCUUUUUAAAAAAAUAAUAAUCUGUGUUUCAAGUGUUUUUAACUUGGCUUAUGUGCUGUGUGUUGGUUAGUUAAUCUGAUUUUACUCCUCCCUUCGCUAGAAAUAUAGAUGCAAACUUAGAAAUAAAAGCAGUCUAAAUUGGUUCAUCCAUCCUAUGUCCAUAAAGAUUCGGGGGGGGGUUAUUAUUAUUAUUAUUAUUAUUAUCAGCAGCAGCACCAUGCUCUAAGACACUAAGUUAUCCAGCUGGGUCUGCUCUGAGUAGGACCAGUGCUGUAUAACCACCCGCCAUUCUGCCAUUUUAAGCCCCUGAAGUAGAAAUGCUGUAUUCCUUUGCCCUGACUUGAGUAUUUUUUAUAUAUUUAUCCUUGCAGCCCUUAUUUGCACGCCAGAGUCCGCGAAAUCCUGUCAGACUGUGCCUUGCCCAUUUCUGUCCUAACCUUUUCCGCCGUGGGGUCUUACUUCUUCAAGGAAAUAACAAGUAAGUCUUUGGUCUCCUUGCAGCAGGGAGGUUUUUGGGAUCGCAAACAUGCCUGAGGAAGGUAUAGCUCAGAACUGUGACUCCCAAACCCCAGAGCUUCCCCGCCUGACCCCCCACAACCCAAAUAAUCACCUCCCAAGUUCACAGUCGGUGUUAAUUCAUGCGGCGAGCUAAUCAGACGAGAUGGUAUCAGCAGGGUUUGUUUUGUUCCUGCGAGUUAUUCCAGCCUGUAAUUUAAUUUCAGCGUAAUAAAAAUGCCGCUUUUUUUUGCUUUGUUUAUUAUUAUUAAAGACCUGAUCCUCCGUAUGGUUCUGGCAAGGGAACAAAAGGCUCUCCUAAUUGCCAAAGGCAGGAAGACUUGUCAGCAAACCUACAGAUGUUCUGGUGAUGGGUUUGACCUGUGAGCUUUUCCCUCCGUCCGCCACUUAAUAUUUUUCCUAAUUGAAACGUGCUGAUGGCCUGGUACAUCUGCUAGGACGAUCAGAUGCACAAGGAAACCUGAAAAAUUAUCCAGGGUCCCUCUUGGCCAAGCGGGUCACCUUUUCCACAUCAGGAAGGCAGGAAUCGCCUGCCCCAGUGAUGACGCGCAUGGGAAGUCUGAGGAAAUGAAUGGAAGAGAAUUAAGAAAGGUUCCUCUCCCCCCACUCUCCCCCCCCCCCCGGUGACCAUCAUUCCAUCCAUUCGGAACUGGAAAGUGGGCAGCUUUCGGUUGCGUGUGUGCAUGCCUGCGCCCUGACUUCCUUAAUGCCAAUUGCUCCCUUGCCACCUGUCAGAAAGCAAACUAAUGCGGGGUAUUUUGUGGAAAUCCCUGUUGCGCAGCUUGCAAAGGAACAGCUUCAGAUGCGCCUCAGCUGCUGAGAUGGGAACUGGCCCAAGCGCUGGAGGGAUGAAAGAUUUAACUCUGGUGUUUUGCCUGAAGCCCUUGGCCAUCUUCUGAGUGCAGCCGCUCUGGUUUCCAGGCGCACAGACACACAAACGCCAUCACACACCCAGUAACAACAACAGCUGCCAGCUGUUCUUCCUGCUGCGUACGGAGAACGGGGAAGACUGACCUUGCAAUUUCUGGUCCACAGUCUUCUUCUACCUUGGGUCGCCAUCGGCUGUUUGACUACGGCGCCCAUCAUCCCUAGCUCUCUUAGGCAAAGGGUUGGGGGUGAUGGGAGUUGUAGUCCAACAAUAUUUGGAGGACACUGAACUAGAGGACAUGCUUUUUCAAGCCUUGCUGGACCAGGCUUGCUUUGGCUGUGUAGCUUAAAUGAAGAGGGGGCAUGGAUAUUGUAGGUCCUGGUGGGGUUUAGGGGAGGGUAAGGAAGAAUGCGGGAGGCGGGUGGCACUGUGGGUUAAACCACAGAGCCUAGGACUUGCAGAUCAGAAGGUCGGCAGUUCGAAUCCCCACGACGGGGUCAGCUCCCGUUGCUCGGUCUCUGCUCCUGCCAACCUAGCAGUUUGAAAGCACAUCAAAGUGCAAGUAGAUAAAUAGGUACCGCUCCGGCGGGAAGGUAAACGGCGUUUCCGUGCACUGCUCUGGUUUGCCAGAAGCGGCUUAGUCAUGCUGGCCACAUGACCCAGAAGCUGUAUGCUGGCUCCCUCGGCCAAUAAAGCGAGAUGAGCGCCACAACCCCAGAGUCGGCCAUGACUGGACCUAAUGGUCAGGGGUCCUUUAAGGAAGAAUGCCAAAGUCAGUGCCACUGCUGAGGAACUCCAGGGAUCUUGAAUAGAUCUUGACUAAGGGUCACAAUUCCAUAGGGAGAAGUCAUUUUCAGAGCAAACGGCAAUAUUCUGCAGCUCUAUGUCUACUGUAAAAUGAUAAUGGGAACAGCUUCUGUCGGGACCAGAGUCCAAAUUGCAGAUGUCCCAUGCAUUGCACCAAAUGUGCAUUUUGGGGGAAUAAUAAUAAUAAUAAUAUUUAUACCCCACUCAUCUGGCUGGGUUUCCCCAGCCACUCUGGGCGGCUCCCAACAGGAUAUUAAAAACAAGAUAAACAUCAAACAUUAAAAACUUCCCUAAACAUAGCAUGGCUGGUGGCCCGAAUUUGCACAUGAGAGGCAGGUCAAACCAUGCUUGGGAUUCCAGAAUGGUUUGUCCCAAAGGAGAAGGCUUGGACCACCCACCUCCAGUGUAGCAAAACUGACCAAGUGACUUUGCAAGGCUGCAUUUCACACUACAGAAGUCUGCAGCUAGUUCACUGCUGCCUACUCAUCUAAAAUUGCCUCCCUCCAACAGGGUUGCAUGAUCCCUUGGUUCAGAUUCUUCCAAAAUUAGCACUUCCCAUCCCCAGCUAUAUCCAGGUGAUCCAUUGAAUCCUUGCCCCUGGUUGCUCAGGAAGAUCAGGGCAGUUUUGCAAGGUCCCGUCCGCCAUCUUGUUUCAAAAUGGUAUCCAUUGGUUGUGAUAUCGCAAGAGUGUUCAAAUGUAUACCAAACACACAACUUUCCAAACAAAUGUGGUAGAUCCAUCCUGAUUUGUUUGCACAAAUUUUGAACAGGUUUGUUACCUCUUUUUAUUACCCUGGGGGCGCACUCUUCCAUUGACAGACGGAUAACAACUAAUUUGCAACUAUUACAUUUCUUGAACAUUCGUUCUUCACGUUGCAUAUGACAUUGCCCAACAUCAUUGUUUAUCCCACACUUCCCAGUGCAUUUUCCUUUUUAUCCCAAAUUAUUUUUUAUUCAUUUUCCAAGUGAUACAAAUCAAACCAAAUUACUUUAAUUUAAUGCAAUUUCUUAAAAUCAAGUUUCUCGCUCCUGUUGCAAACAUAUGUCGAUCGUUUCCUCCCGUAGACACAUCAUUUCUUAUUUAAUGUCCAAUUGAUCUUUCACUUGUCGUUAGUCCAUUCUUUCAGCUGACCACAUAUUUUCCUCCUUAGAAAAAAGCGCCUCUGUUACAUCUUAUAAAUAUAAAAUCCAUUUCACAUGCGUAGCCUUUCAUAGACAUAGUUGUUUCAGACCUGGGAGAAUUAAUUACUAUCUUCCAUUGUUCAGUGCAUUUUCCCAUCUCUGUUCUUGCUGCAAAAAAGACUCCCCCUUCCUUUUUCUUUCUUUGGAAAUGGGCUUCUUGCACAAGAGCAGCAAGUCCACUUUCUUUCCACAGCCUAAGUCUGCCCGCAAAACCGUGGCAGUCAGGAAGCAGUUUCUGAAGAAGCCUUUGCUGCCCGUUUGUGUCUUUCAGUGUCUAAGUUUAAUUACAACCCAUCGGAGAGCUUGUUCGUGUUGGCCCCCCUCCUAGAGCUCUCCAUUGGCGCCGUUAUGAGUGCGAUGGGCUUGGGGUUCCUGCUUUCCAUGCUUUUCUUCAUCGAGCAAAAUAUAGUGGCAUCACUCACAAACGCCCCGGAAAACAGGUAUUUUUGUGUGUGUGUCUGUUUUGUGUUCACCUGUUCUAAUUCUUCCACGUUUAAGGUGGCAGUGGGGUGAGGGUAGGGGCAGGGGCAGGGGGCAUGCUGGGAGGCCUCACAUCAAGUUCUGCUUCCUUCACUAUGAGGACUAGACACUGAUGGAGCGUCUCCAUCCCCAUUGUUGUGCCCAGACACUGAGGUCCAGGCCAAGGGCCUUCUGGUGGUACCCUUACUGCAAGAAGCCAAGUUACAGGGAACCAGGCAGAGGGCCUUCUCGGUGGUGGCGCCCGCCCUGUGGAAUGCCCUCCCAUUAGAUGUCAAGGAAAUAAACAACUAUCCGACUUUUAGAAGACAUCUGAAGGCAGCCCUGUUUAGGGAAGUUUUUAAUGUUUGAUGUUUUAAUGUGUUUUUAAUAUUCUGUUGGAGGGACUCGGGUGGCGCUGUGGGUUAAACCACAGAGCCUAGGACUUGCCAAUCAGAAGGUCAGAGAUUCGAAUCCCCGUGGUGGGGUGAGAUCCCAUUGCUCGGUCCCUGAUCCAACCUAGCAGUUUGAAAGCACGUCAAAGUGCAAGUAGAAAAAUAGGUACCACUCCGGCGGGAAGGUAAACGGCGUUUUCAUGCGCUGCUCUGGUUCGCCAGAAGCGGCUUAGUCAUGUUGGCCAUAUGACCCGGAAGCUGUACACCGCCUCCCUCGGCCAGUAAAGCGAGAUGAGCGUCGCAACCCCAGAGUCGGCCACGACUGGACCUAAUGGUCAGUGGUCCCUUUACCUUUUUACAGGCCCGGCAGAAGGAGGUUAAAUCCUGCAGGGCCCUAGUCUCCUGGGACAGAGCAUUCCACUAGGUUGGAGCCAUCACUGAGAAUUCCCUGGCCCAGGUGGAGGAUAGUCUGACUUCCUUAGGGCCCAGGACCUCUAAACUGUGGUUAUUCAUGGACCUUGAGGUCCUCUGCGGGGCACACCAGGAGAGGCGGUCCUGUAAAUACACCUCUCCAGCCCCUACAGUCUGUUUGUGCCUGCGGAUUCAUCCUGCUCUGGUCCCCCAGAUGCCAAGCAGCAUUGACCAAAGGCUGUGAAUAUGAAUUUAGAGACCGGUGUAUCCAGAAUCCCUUUCAGCCAGAGAUAAAGACCAGCACAGAGUCUGGCUCUCUAUCAGGCCAGUGGCCCAACUGGUCCAGGAUCUUUUGCUCACAGUAGCCAGCUAGAUGCUUCCCACCCUUCUCUUUGGUCUACAAGGCAGUGCAGUCCUCCAAGGGAUCUGCGCCGCGGAGCUGCUCUCCCACGCUGCUGCUGCCGUCAUCGUCGCUUCGUUCCCCCGGCGCUUGUGUCUCCCUCUGAGCCGCCCGGCAGGCGGGUGAGCUGAAAGUAGGCCAAGAAAUGGAACGUGCUCUUGCUUUUAUCUAGCGGAGAGCCCUGAUUUAUGCACAGGCUCUGCAGCGCUUGAGAAUUCCCUUUGAUGUUUCUGAGCUAACUAGAACCAAGCGGAGCAUCAGAUGCUGGCUGGUGGGAGACGGCGUUAUUCCUCUUCCUAUCCAACAGGAGACUUUCUGAAUUUUUUCUUUCUGUAUCGGUUGAGAGAGAGAGAGAGAGAGAUGGUGUCUAUGAGCACCAAAAUUCACCAGAACACAAGGCUCUCUCUUUUUAAUAAUAAUAAUACAGCCAUACCUCUAAUAAUAAUAAUAAUAAUAAUAAAAUUUAUUUAUACCCCACCCAUCUGGCUGGGUUUCCCCAGCCACUCUGGGCGGCUUCCAACAGAAUAUUAAAAUACAAAACCUAUUAAACAUUAAAAACUUUCCUGAACAGGGCAGCCUUCAGAUGUCUUCUAAAUGUCAGGUAGUUUUUUAUCUCUUUGAUAUCUGGUGGGAGGGCGUUCCACAGGGCGGGUGCCACUACCGAGAAGGCCCUCUGCCUGGUUCCCUGUAACUUGGCUUCUCGCACGAAGGAACCGCCAGAAGGCCCUUGGCGCUGGACCUCAGUGUCCGGGCAGAACGAUGGCGGUUGGAGACGCUCCUUCCAUUUUCCUAAAUGUAAAUAGAUGCAGCCUUCAGACUGAAACCCUGACAGUGUUUAGUCUUGGCAUUAUAAGCAGCCAGGCAGUCCUUUCUGACUUUGGUCUGGGCUUUUUGUUAAAAGAGAUGGUUGGGGCAAUAGUAUUAAAUGCGAACAAGCUCAGAGGUCAUUGUGGGCCCAAUGCAGACGAGGCCAAGAGCAAGUUUAGCUGAGUUGGUAGAGCAUGAGGCUCUUAGGCUCUUAAUCUCAAGGUUGUGGGUUUGAGCCCCAUAUGGGGCAAAAGUUUCCUAAAUUGCAAAGGGUUGGAGUAUACUGUUCCUCGCGGUCCUUUCCAACUCAUUGAUUCUAUUAUUACUAUUACUAUUAUUAUUAUUAAAUGUGUAUACUGCCCUAUACCCAUAGAUAUCAUGGUGGUUCACAACAUAAAAUUACAAUAUAAAAAACACAAAAUACAUAAUAAAAAUAAGAACAGAAACAAACCAUUAAUCCCCACUUCCACAACAGCUAAGGGAGCUGGGCAUGUUUAGCCUGGAGAAGAGGAGGUUAAGGGGUGAUAUGAUAGCCAUGUUCAAAUAUAUAAAAGGAUGUCACAUAGAGGAGGGAGAAAGGUUGUUUUCUGCUGCUCCAGAGAAGUGGACACGGAGCAAUGGAUCCAAACUACAAGAAAGAAGAUUCCACCUAAACAUUAGGAAGAACUUCCUGACAGUAAGAGCUGUUCGACAGUGGAAUUUGCUGCCAAGGAGUGUGGUGGAGUCUCCUUCUUUGGAUGUCUUUAAGCAGAGGCUUGACAACCAUAUGUCAGGAGUGCUCUGAUGGUGUUUCCUGCUUGGCAGGGGGUUGGACUCGAUGGCCCUUGUGGUCUCUUCCAACUCUAUGAUUCUAUGAUUCUAUGAUUCUAACACAUUUAAAAUGGCAUUAGAUGUCAAUCAGCCAAAAGCCUGGUGGAAGAGGAACUUUUUUGCCUGCCGCAUAAAGUUGUAUAAUGAAGGUGGCACCAGGUGAACUUCCCUGGGGAGAGCAUUCCACAAAUAGGGAGCCACUGCAGAGAAGGCCCUGUUCUCGUGUUGCCACCCUCCAGACCUCUAACGGAGGGGGCACACAAAGGAGGGCCUCAGAAGAUGAUCUCAGGGUCUGGGUAGGUUCACAUGGAAAGAGGCGGUCCUUGACAUAUUGCGGUCCUGAGCCAUUUAAGGCUCUAUAGGUAAAAACCAGCACUUUGAAUUGGACACAGAAACUAAUAGGCAGCCAAUGCAGUUGGGCCAGGAUCGGUGUAAGAUGCUCUAACCGUUUUGCCCCAGUGAGCAAGCUGGCCAUUAUGAUUUUCUGUGAUUCUCUUAAGUCUCUUGUUUCCGAAGCGCAUAAUGCUCUGUGUGACCCAAGAGGCUUGCUGUGCUUUGGGUGCCACCUCCCGGCUAGCAUGCAUUUACAACUGUACUAACAAGAAUUUAUUUCAGGUUAGUGAAGGGAACAGCCUAUCACUGGGACCUCCUCCUUGUGGCUCUGAUCAACAUAGGGCUCUCCAUCUUUGGGCUGCCGUGGAUCCACGCUGCGUUCCCCCACUCGCCAAUGCACGUCCGAGCCCUGGCCUACGUGGAGGAGAGGGUGGAGAACGGGCACAUCUACGAGACGUAAGUCGGGGUCAACGUUUCUUUGUUUGUUUGGAGGCCAGGGCAGUUGGCAGCAUGUGAAAUAUAAGAUAAUGAAUUAUAAGAAGGUAAAGUUAAAGGGAGCCCUGACCGUUAGGUCCAGUCGCAGACGACUCUGGGGUUGCGGUGCUCAUCUCGCUUUAUUGGCCGAAGGAGCCGGUGUACAUCUUCCAUGUCAUGUGGCCAACCUGACUUAGCCACUUCUGGCGAGCCAGAGCAGUGCACGGAAACCCCAUUUACCUUCCCGCCAGAGUGGUAACUAUUUAUCUACUUGUACUUUGACACGCUUUCGAAUUGCUAGGUGGGCAGGAGUAGGGACCAAGCAACGGGAGCUCACCCCGUCAACAGGACACCGUGACGGAAACCAGAGCACAUGGAAAUGCCGUUUACCUUCCCUCCACAGCAGUACCUAUUUAUCUACUUCUACUGGUGUGCUUUUGAACUGCUAGGUUGGCAGGAGCUGGGACAGAGCAAUGGGAGCUCAGCCCGUCACGGGGAUUCGAACUGCCAGCCUUCCCAUCAGGAAGCCCAGGAGGCUCAGUGGUUUAGAGCACAGCGCCACCCGCAUCUGACUGUGUUGCCCCAGCCACUCUGGGCAGCCUCCAACAAAUUAAAAACAUCAAGUAUUUUUUUCAAAAAUCCCUCCCACCUUUUAAGGCUCUUCAGCCACACAGACCCCCAGAAGCUUUUCUAAUUCCCAUGAUAAAGGAACGAUGCAUUGAACCGCAACACAGAAUCUCAGCCCUCUGUGCCCAUGAUCAGAUGAAAUCUUUUAAUUUUAUUUUAAGAAAUGCUGUGGCCGCUAGAGGGCGCCCUGCAGUUAGGAACAUCUAUGUUGGAUGCAUAGUCUAUUCGUUUUGGUUGGCUGUAAAGAGGGAUUUGGCAGGAAGGCUGCGUUGAUCAAUGGCUAUAAAAGUGAGCCUCUGGGUUCAGCGGCAGUCUGAGCCGCUGAGCUGUUUCCUUCAAGCUCCACUUGUGGACUUCCCUGAGGAAUCUGAGAUACUACAGCUGUGAUCUAAUCUAGCAGGGUGCUUUGGGAGUAAUAAUAAUAAUAAUAAUAAUAAUAAUAAAUUUAAUAAUUUAUAUCCUGCCUAUCUGGCUAGAUUUUCCCAGCCACUCUGGGUGGCUCCCAACAGAACAUUAAAAACACAAGAAAACAUCAAACAUUAAAACUUCCCUAAACAGUGGCUGCCUUCAGAUGUCUUCUAAAAGUCAAAUAGUUGUUUAUUUCCUUCACAUCUGAUGGGAGGGUGUUCCACAGGGUGGGCACCACCACCCAGAAGCCCCUCUGUCUGGUUCCCUGUAACCUCACUACUCGCAGUGAGGGAACCCCCAGAAGGCCCUCGGAGGUGGACCUCAGUGUCCGGGCUGAACGAUGGGGGUGGAGACGCUCCUUCAGGUAUAGCCCUCUGGAAUUAGUGGGUCUAUUUUCUCAAGGGCAGAAGCAAGGCCAGAGGGCCUGGACUGGGAGACCUGUGGCUCUACGUAUGUUGUCGGACUGCCAACCCCCAGCCAGUAUAGCCCAGUGGCCACGGUAGGAAGCUCCCUUAUUGACCAACCAUCUCAGUAUGGUCCUCACUGACUUGCAGUGGUUCUGCAGGGGUCUCUCCCAGCCAGUGGUGCGUGGUCAGUGGACUAGGGGGACUAGGCUAAUCCCCUAAAUGCUCCCUUCCCUCUUGGCGCCUUCUUCCCCAAACCUGGGAAGCUUUUGCCCAGCUUAGGGAGGGAGGAGGUGCAAUGCUCAUACGCACAGUGUCCAGACGUCCUGGCGCCUCUGCCCCUAACCCCCUAUGAAAAAUUUCACUGCAACCCACUGCUCCAAGAUUGAGCUCGGGGCCUUCUGAAUGCAAAGCAGAUGCUCUCGUUGGAUAGGAGUGGGGGAAGAAACGUGAUUCAAUUCUCAUUUAAACGAGAACUUCCCAAACCGGCAGCAUCUGAAAAUUCACAAGCCGAAACAGACCCAUCUUUUGACAUUCUCGCUUCCCUGAAUUUUGCAGUGUGGUUCACCAACCUAGUCUUGUGUAUGAAAACCCAUGGGCCAGGGCAAAGCAUGCAUAAGAAUGCCUACGUUAUCAAAAGCAAGGCAAAAUUUGCUGCACUCAGGGGAAUUUGUUUUGCAAACGAAUGUGUGUUAGGAUAAGUUUACAUGAAAGGCUGGUGAAUUUUUUCAGGGACUUUAAGCAGACAAACAAAAUGGUUGUGGAAAUGUGGAGAGCUGAGCUUAAUAAGAGAAAAAGAUGUUGAGGUUGACAGAUUUGAUCACCCCUAUCCCUGAGCUACUUUUCCCAGUAGUGAUGUAUGGAAGCGAGAGCUGGACCAUCAAGAAGGCUGAUCGCCGAAGAAUUGAUGCUUUUGAAUUAUGGUGCUGGAGGAGACUCUUGAGAGUCCCAUGGACUGCAAGAAGAUCAAACCUCUCCAUUCUGAAGGAAAUCAGCCCUGAGUGCUCACUGGAAGGACGGAUCCUGAAGCUGAGGCUCCAACACUUUGGCCACCUCAUGAGAAGAGAAGACUCCCUGGAAAAGACCCUGAUGUUGGGAAAGAUGGAGGGCGCAAGGAGAAGGGGACGACAGAGGACGAGAUGGUGGGACAGUGUUCUCGAAGCUACCAGCAUGAGUUUGACCAAACUGCGGGAGGCAGUGGAAGACAGGAGGGCCUGGUGUGCUCUGGUCCAGGGGGUCACGAAGAGUCGGACACGACUAAACAACAACCCCUGAGCCACAGCCUUUCCCCUUUGAUAAUGAGAGUCAUUGUCCUGCAAUAUCUCAGAGACCACAGCUGUUCCCAUUCCUGCUGUCUAAGCACUGGGAACAGCUUUGCUGACCCAGAGUAAGGCUGUCCUUGCACACUCAGCCCUGCCCAAGAAUUAUAAAAUUGUCGACUCGGAAGGGAGCCCAAGGGCCAUCUAGUCCAACCCCCCACAAUGCAGGAAUCUCGGCUAAAGCAUCCAUGACAAAUGGCCAUCCAACCUCUGCUAAAAACCUCCAAGGAAGGAGAGUUCACCACCUUCUGAGGGGGUCCGUUCCACUGUCGAACAGCUCUUACUUUCAGAAAGUUCUUCCUGAGCUUUAGUCGGAAUCUCCUUUCUUGUAACUUGGAGCCGUUGGUUCGAAUCCUACCCUCUGGCGCAGGGGGAGGUAUCAGAAGGCCAGCAGAAUGAAAACUCAUUUAAACAUGGUGCUCCAGGAACAGCCUUGCUCCCAUUCUGCUCCUGGUUCACCCAAAAGGGUGAGGGCUUGUGGGAUGGUUGGGGCUUCGUAUCACAGCGUGGAGGUUGUGUGCUGUGUCUCUGUACAACAAACUGUGUCUUUGGACCUGUGGGAACCCGAGGAUCCAGACAUGGGUGGAAAACAAUUCCAUCUGCCACUAAACAUCCUGUUUCCACACCGGUGCACUUUAGAAGAAGGUUUAUAUAAUGAUGCAUGUAAAGGGGCCCCUGACUAAUUAGGUCCUGUCAUGGCCGACUCUGGGGUUGCGGCGCUCAUCUCACUUUAUUGGCCAAGGGAGCCGGCAUACAGCUUCCGGGUCAUGUGGCCAGCAGGACUAAGCCGCUUCUGGCAAACCAGAGCAGCGCACGGAAACACCGUUUACCUUCCCGCCGGAGCGGUACCUAUUUAUCUACUUGCACUUUGACGUGCUUUCGAACUGCUAGGUUGGCAGGAGCAGGGACCGAGGAAGGGGAACUCACCCUGUCGCGGGGAUUCGAACCGCCGACCUUCUGAUCGGCAAGUCCUAGGCUCUGUGGUUUAACCCACAGCGCCACCUGCGUCCCAAUGAUGCCUGGUGGGUAUUACGAGACCUCCCGGGCACUUGGAGCAUAUUUUCAAGAUUCUGCUCCCUCUCCCUCCCCCCCGCCCCCGGAAGUUUCUGCUAGGCAUGUGGAAUCGUAGCAAAUGUAUUCAUAUGUGCAGGAUCCAGGUACAUAUUGAAAAUCAGGCCUGUUCUGUUCGUGGGGGAGAAUCCUGUAGGCUCAGAUUAUAGGAGCAAAACAAAACAAAACCAUUAUCCCUGCGUGGCAAAAGCUUUUCCGCCCCCAGCCUGCCCCCAGUCCCUUCUGCUGGCUUAACCUUAAGCCCCCAAACAAGUUUUCAAAUGCUUCCCAAACGUGCUCAAGCUUGGAAUGAAGCAAUCAUGCAGGGACAGUGAUCUGCAGCUGGUCUGCAGGUCACCAGUAACUCCUCUGAUGGCAGGCUUGUUUGUCUGAACGUGAUGCAGAAUGCGAGAGGCUGUGGUAGUAGAGGGGGACUAUGGUAUCAUCCACAAUUCCGCUUGUCCUGCCACUUUCCCCCAGGGAAAACUGCUGUUCACUGCUGAAUUGGAGCAAACGUUGAUCGGGUUUUUUCCGGAUUGCUGUUUUCCCCGAUUUAGCACCAAAGAGCAGGUUUUCUGGGGAAAGCAGUAGGGCAAAGGGGAACCGGCACAGACCCAUGCCUCAAAAGUGUGGGGAAAAUGCUUGGAGCUGUGCUUUCUUGGCAUAGGGCAAGCGGGAGUAUGGGGGAGCCCUGUCUUAUGCUAGUGGGUCAUUCCAUGUCGUUUCAACAAGGUCACGUCACCUUCCAUUUUAUAACACUUCGAAGUUUCGUUAAGUAUCUUGUGCCGAGGGUCCCAAGAGGGACAGACAAUGCAGAUUUAACGAAACAUCAAAGUGCUAUAUAAUUAAAACCGUUUGAGAUAGAGGUGGGGAAUUCAAGGGGGUUUCUUUCAACCAUAAGGGAAGGGUGUACACCAAGUUUCAUCAAAAUCAGAGACAGAGAGUGACAAAACCCUUGUUUUUUGCGUCAUAAUAAAUAAUAAUAAUAAUAAUAAUAAUAAUAAUAAUAAUUUAUUAUUUAUAACCCGCCCAUCUGGUAGUUUGGUAGUUCUUUUUCUCUUUGACAUCUGGUGGGAGGGCAUUCCACAGGGCCCUCCCACCAGAUGCCACUAUCGAGAAGGCCCUCUUCCUUGUUCCCUGUAACUUGGCUUCUUGCAGCGAGGGAACCACCAGAAGGCCCUCGGCGCUGGACCUCAGUGUCCGGGUAGAACGAUGGAGGUGGAGACACUCCUUCAGGUAUCCUGGACUGAGGCAGUUUAGGGCUUUAAAGGCCAGCACCAACACGUUGAAUUGUGCUCGGAAACAUACUGGGAGCCAGUGUAGGUCUUUCAGGACCGGUGUUAUAUGGUCUCAGCGGCUGCCCCCAGUCACCAGUCUAGCUGUCGCACACUGGAUUAGUUGUAGUUUCCGGGUCACCUUCAAAGGUAGCCCCACAUAGAGCGCAUUGCAGUAGUCCAAGCGGGAGAUAACCAGAGCAUGCACCACUCUGGCGAGACAGUCCGCAGGCAGGUAGGGUCUCAGCCUGUGUACCAGGUGGAGCUGGUAGACAGCCACCCUGGACACAGAAUUAACCUGCGCCUCCAUGGACAGCUGUGAGUCCAGAAUGACUCCCAGGCUGUGCAUCUGGUCCUUCAGGGACAGAGUUACCCCAUUCAGGACCAGGAGUCCUCCACACCUGUGCUCCCCCUGUCCCCCAAGAACAGUACUUCUGUCUUGUCAGGAUUCAGCCUCACUCUGUUAGCCACCAUCCAUCCUCCAACCGCCUCCAGCGUUAAUUUGAUGUGGAAUGACCCUUGCACCUCUCAACCCCAGGGAUCCCUGAUUAAGGGGUCUGUGGCUGAGACCCUGGCAAAGACCUGCCUGAGAUACUGCAGGUCUGUAUGUGAUACCCUCUGCUGAUGCUGCUUAAAAACUCUUGACGUUCUCCCUGGCUGAGAACAUGCUCUAUAAACGUCUUGCCCAUUUUGCCGCUGGCCGGACCUGGAGUUUGCAAGAGGGAUGCUUAGCGCAUGUGAGAUCACUUUAAAUUCCAAAAUUUGAUCUACUUGCCUACUUGCCAUUUGAUCUUGGGAGUUUUGCCGGUGUUAUCUCCCGUAAUCCACAUCAGGGCUGAAGUUCCUAACCCCCCCAUAGAAAUUACACUUUGCGUAGCUUCAUUCGGUGCCAUAAACAGGAUUAUCCUUGAAGUUCAUCAGAACGCCUGGCCCCCUCAAGGUGAUGGGUUUUCUCUUUCUGCUGAGAUGCCCUUCGAUUUUUUUUGCUUUCCUUUGGUUAUUUGGAUGCCACGAAACCGAAGGAAAUCAAUGCCCUCCCCUGAGAUCUGAUAGUUGCUGUUUGGAGAGGAUCAAAAGGCAGGAAAGGGAGAUUUGAACCGUUCGAAGAGAUUUUGUGUAGCAUGCCGCAAAGGCUAAAUUAGUUUUAAGCUCUGAAUGUGGGAACGAGAAUAAGAGAAUCGCUGGAGCUGUGUGUGCUCAUUGCUAAAGAAAACACAUUAAUUGUGCGUCUAGAGAAGCAGGGUCUCUGGCCCAUAUAAAUUACCGUAUUUUUCGCUCUAUAAGACGCAGCAGACCACAAGACGCACCUAGUUUUUGGAGGAGGAAAACAAGAAAAAAAAUAUUCUGAAUCUCAGAAGCCAGAACAACAAGAGGGAUCGCUGCGCAGUGAAAGCAGCAAUCCCUCUUGCUGUUCUGGCUUCUGGGAUAGCUGCGCAGCCUGCAUUCGCUCCAUAAGAUGCACACACAUUUCCCCUUACUUUUUAGGAGGGAAAAAGUGAGUCUUAUAGAGCAAAAAAUACGGUAUGCACUUUCAACAAAUCCUGUCACUUGCUAGCCACACAUCCCUGAAUACCAGAAAGCCCAUUUAACUUUGGAGAUUUCUUCAGACGUUGCACAAAUAAGAAGUCUGCAUUUUCCAUCGAUAAGGACUAAAACUUGAUUUUUUAAAAAAAAUUCAAGGUGUUUUCAGGAUGCUGAAAUUUUUUUCCUUACUGCAACUCCAGAUCCCAACCUUGCACAGAACCCAUCAAUUUCCAUAGAAUUAUGGGUGAACAUAGAAAGCUCCCUUGACGCCUUUUCAGGCCCCUGGUUUCUCUAUUGUUCUCUAUUGUUUCUACUUCCUUUGGCCUUGCGGGAUUCCAGAUCAGGGACUAACUCCUGCCCCUGAGGCAUGGCAACACCAAGGCGCUCACUAUAUAGCAAAACAAAAAGUAGGUCAAUGCUCCAGGUGUCGACCAGAACCCUGACUCUAGUAUGACACGCAGGACUCGUUCACACAUGCAUGCAGGCCGCUUGCUUCUUCUGUUUACCCAAGGGCUCAGCUGCUUGCAUGUGAAUCAACGGGAGAUAGCUCAGUGAGCUAGAGUGCGGUGCGGUGCUGAUAAUGCCAGGGUUGCAGGUUCGAUUCCCGUACGGGACAGCUGCAGAUUCCUCCAUUGCAGCGGGUUGGACUGGAUGAUCCUCAGGGUCCCUUCCAACUCUACAAUUCUGAUUUUAUGACUCCUGCUAAGUACCAAUUGCAGCUGGAAUAGCGGGAUCGAUGCAACAUUCAGUCUGCGGUGGUUGAUCUUCAGUGGCUCCUCCUUUUGCGUAAAUCAUCUCUCGGCACACAGCCAUCAAGCGUGACCGUGGUCUUUGUGGUUCUUUGUUGUUAUUUGCUGAUAUUUAAUUUUAUUGUUCACUAUUAGAUUCUAGUGGAUCGUUGAAUUUUGCUUUAUUUGAUACAAGUUGUUUGUUUUAAAGUUUUUGUGACUUUCUUGUAUUGGAUCAGAUCGUAAUUAUUAACAUUUGACAUUUUAUUAUGUUUUUAUAUGUGUCGGAAGCCGCCCAGAGCAGCUGGGGCAACCCAGCCAUACCCAGCCAGACGGGCGGGGUAUAAAUUAAAAAAUAAUACAGUGGUACCUCGGUUUUCGAACAUAAUCAGUUCUGGAAGACCGUUUGACUUACAAAACGUUUGAAAACCGAGGAUCAAGGGGAAAUCUGCAAACUCAGUGAAAGUAGUUUGACUUCUGAGGCGUGUUUGAAAACGGAAGCAUUUGCUUCCGGGUUUUCAGCGUUUGAAAACUGAAAUGUUUGACUUCCACGACGUUCAAAAACCGAGGUACCACUGUAUUAUCAUUACUACUACCACAGUCAUACCUCGGGUUACAGUGGUACCUCGGGUUACAUACACUUCAGGUUACAGACUCCGCUAACCCAGAAAUAGUAUCUCGGGUUAAGAACCUUACUUCAGGAUGAGAACAGAAAUCGGGCGGUGACGGCAGCGGGAGGCCCCAUUAGCUAAAGUGGUACCUCAGGUUAAGAACAGCUUCAGGUUAAGAACGGACCUCCAGAAAGAAUUAAGUACGUAACCCGAGGUACCACUGUACAGACGCUUCAGGUUGUGUUUUUUCAGAUUACGGACCUGCCAAAACCUGGAAGUACCGGAAGGGGUUACUUCUGGGUUUUGUGGUCGUGCAUGUGCAGAAGCGCUAAAUCAUGUUUUGCACAUGCGCAGAAGCACUGAAUUGCAACCCACGCGUGCGCAGACGCGCCGCUGCGGGUUGCGAACGUGCCUCCCACACGGAUCCCGUUCACAACCCGAGCGUCCACUGUACUACUAUUUGCUCUCUCAAACGCUUGCAUGUAUCCUUGCGCGAUGGGCUCUCUUGCUGCUCAGUAACACACGCUGCUUCUGUGCUUCCUCCCCGGCCAGGAUCGUGAGCGUUAAGGAGACCCGUCUGACCACCCUGGUAGCCAACUUCCUGGUGGGCCUCUCCCUGCUGCUCCUACCUUUCCCGCUGCAACUGAUCCCGAAACCCGUCCUCUACGGCCUGUUCCUCUACAUCGCCCUGACCUCCAUCGACGGGAACCAGCUCUUUGAGAGGGUCGCCCUCCUGCUGAAAGAGCAGGUAAGCGCACUGGGGGGCAGCACGGACUUUGCAAGCUGUGCAGGAUAAGGAGCUGAGGCCCCAGCGGACCUGCACGCCUCCGUUUCCUGAGGAAGCUAAUAAUCACGAGUUGAUUGCCGCAACUUGAAAAACACGGCCGUUAAAGAGCCUCUGAUUGCUUUUUAUGAUCUCCCUCUGCUCCUGCCACCACCGCUGCCGCCUCACGCCCUGUUUGUUGUCUUGGCUCCGCUCCGGCAGCAAAAAACCCUACGGACGAAAUGCCGCUGGGACAGUUGCCAGCAAGAACAUCCCAGUCAUCCGGUCCAGGGGGGAAACAGCAACUUUCACCUCCUGGCACCAGAAGCGGCCUUGGUCUUGCCCUCUGCUUGUGCAACGGCAUAGCAGCCACUGUUUAGCCUUUUCAAAAGAAAAGGGGACAUUUCCACACUGCGGUCGCAGCGGCAGGGGCGCCGUUUCCGUAGCGAGCGAGACCCUCUCCGCAGGGGCAGGGCGCCGACUCGGAUUGAGUGGGCUCCCCCACACACAAAUGCUGAACCAAAAUCCAAUGGGAAAUGGCUUUUAGCAAGGCUCUCGCUUGCAGUUGCAUGUGGUUAGCCCCCGUUAAUGCCACCGUCUUGUGGAGGAAGGAGAGGUCAGGCCCAAGACUGAGGUGUAUCAACAUGGUUGACUGUUUCAGGUGGAACGUUUUUCUUGCAAAUGUGUCAGCUGGGGAGCUUUCCAGAAUGCUUCCCUGCACCACCAAUGCACACGUGUAUGCUCUGUGCAGAAAAAUUAUUAUUAUUAUUAUUAUUAUGAACCUACCCAGACUCUAUGUUCAUCCUCUGAGUCCCUUCUUCAUGUGCCUCCUCCACGAAAGGUCCAGAGGGUGACAUCACAAGAACAGGGCCUUUUCUGCAGUGGCUCCCCAUCAUGCGAUGCUCUCCCCAGAGAGGUUCGCCUGCCACCUUCAUUAUACACCAUUACUUGCCAGGUGAAAACGUUCCUCUUUAACCAGCCCUUUGGUUAAUUGACAUCCAAUGCCCUUUUAAUACGCGUAUGGGAGCCGUGGUUAUUGGGUUGCUUUCAUUUUUAUUUUGAUUAUAUAUUUUGUGGUUUUAUAUUAUGAUUUGAUCCUGUGAACCGCCCUGAGACCUGCAGGUAUAGGGCUGUCUAACAACAACAACAACAACAACAACUUUAUUAAACUUAGUAGGAGCUCGAAGCAACUUAGAACAUCAAAUAAAUAGCACAUACAUUAAAACCAACAUAAAACGAAGCAGAGAAAAACCCAAAGCACAUUUGUGUUUUUAAAAGGCAGGAUCAAAACAUCCCACUCACUGAAGGAGGCCGCAGAUAAUUACCCUUCAGCCUGGCAGUCCAUCUACAGCUGGGGGAUUUUUUGCUUUCCUCAGCCCUUCUCUUUUCUGUUUCCUAACGCAGGAAGGUUAACCAGCGCCCUGUUUGUGUGUCCCUGAGGCUCUUUUGUGCCGCAAAAUUUCUGUGCUUCUGAUUGCAACCUCUGGCACUGGGUUGUGUGCCGCUCCCUCCCAGCAGAAACAGAAGGGUGCUUGUAUGGUACAGCCGUGAGCUAGGGGCACAGCAAUGCGGGUGUCACAAACCUCCUGGGGUUGGGCCUCCCGAACUCCUAAUGGUUCCACACCCUCUUGAACUCCCUCUUCCAAGUCCCCUCCAGCUUUCCUUGAUGGUUCUUGUUGACCGCAGGACUCGUGCCUGCAUUUAGCUGUCGUCGGAGUUGACUUCCCAUGUUGGGCUGGUGUCCAAAGCGUCCCUGCCACAGGAAAAGACAGUCCCAGCAUGCUUUGGGGGGGGGGCAUUGAAAAUUCCACAGGCAGUGCCCUGAUCAGAAGGCGCUCGGUAGCAUGAAAGGAAGCAGCUGGGGAUCAGGAAGCUUUUAUCUGCUUCCACAGCAGAGGCGCCCGCAGGACCAGGCUGGGCAGAACAUCUCAAACAGCUGGUGAUUUAUUCCUAACACAUGGAAGCCCAGCUGUGGCUUGGGAGCAAUGCUCUGGCCAGGCCAAGCCACCCCCUCGUUCCCUGCUUGAUGCAAAGAGCUGUUUGUCAGCAGAAGAGACGAUCGCAGCAUCUAUUUCCAUUCGCCUUCCUAUGUUCUAAGCCAUGGUGUGAGCUGAUGGUGCGGUUGCUCAAGAGCAAACAGGCAAGACUCCAACCUAUCUUUUCCAGGCUUUAUCAUCUGUACAAGCUACCGUAUUUUUCGUUCUAUAAGACGCACCAGACCAUAAGACGCACCUAGUUUUUGGAGGAGGAAAACAAGAAAAAAAAUAUUCUGAAUCUCAGAAGCCAGAACAACAAGAGGGAUCGCUGCGCAGCGAAAGCAGCGAUCCCUCUUGUUGUUCUGGCUUCUGGGAUAGCUGCGCAGCCUGCAUUCGCUACAUAAGACGCACACACAUUUCCCCUUACUUUUUAGGAGGGAAAAAGUGAGUCUUAUAGAGCAAAAAAUACGGUAUUUUACAGUGCAGAGCGUUGCAGGUCCAUGUCUGCUCAGUCGCUAGCAGAAUCUGGGAGUGGGCGGUCCUUAUACCUUCCCCAGCAUAACAGCCGUGUGACCCCCAUCCUCCUCCUCCUCUCUCUGCGCGCAAACCUACUGCGCAACAUGGGCGUUGGCAAAGGGGGACUUGCCUCCCCUCCCCUUUGCCCAGGCUCUGUGUUGAGGCUCUCCCUAGCAUCUUCUGAUCCCUGCGCCCCUUCCCCACUGGAAGCGGGACUUCCCUCCUCGCCAGAGGAAGAACUGCUUUGCAAGAUCUUCGGAGGCUCCCUGCAACACAACUGCCCUUCCACCUCUCGCCUCUGAGCUGAUGGCAGUUCCCUGACAUAUGGGUAGGCAAACUAAGGCCCGGGGGCUGGAUCCGGCCCAAUCACCUUCUCAAUCUGGCCCGCGGACGGUCCAGGAAUCAGCGUGUUUUUACAUGAGUAGAAUGUGUCCUUUUAUUUAAAGUGCAUCUCUUGGUUAUUUGAGGAGCAUAGGAAUGCAUUCUUUUUUUUCUUCCAAAAUAUAGUCCGGCCCCCCACAAGGUCUGAGGGGCAGAGGACCAGCCCCCUGCUGAAAAAGUUUGCUGACCCUUGGUCUAAGCCAUCACUGCAGGCUUCACUUGGGAGCUCGUCUGGAAUUGCCCCUGCGGCUGAAUUGGAGCAAACAGCAACUGGGUUUUCUCUGGACUGACAUUUGCUCUGCUUCAUCCCAAAAGAGAGGGCGGCAGCAGCAGCACAACAGCAGCAGCAAAACGACUCGGAAACUGUUGUUAUCUAGGCGUGGGACCAGCACAAGACUGGAUGAGCCCUGUUUCUGUGCAUGGUUUCUUUACCACCCCUCUUUCACAGCCCCUGAGUCAUCAUAAUAAUGAUUUUAUUACAGUGGUACCUCGGGUUACAUACGCUUCAGGUUACAGACGCUUCAGGUUACAGACUCCGCUAACCCAUAAAUAGUACAUCGGGUUAAGAACUUUGCUUCAGGAUGAGAACAGAAAUCGUGCUCUGGCGGCGCAGCGGCAGCAGGAGGCCCCAUUGGCUAAAGUGGUGCUUCAGGUUAAGAACAGUUUCAGGUUAAGAACAGACCUCCAGAACGAAUUAAGUUCUUAACCCGAGGUACCACUGUAUUUGCAGCCACUCUGGGCUGCUUUGCCAUGAUCUUCAUUCUGUUAAUCAGCAAUAUCCAACCGGUCAACUGCGAUCCAUAGGUAGAUCACAAGGGUUCUUUAGGUCGAUCGUAGUAGUAAAAAAAGAGAUCGCCCGCUAGUUACUGAGCGAUCUUGACGCGCCCUGCCCCCGGUGCUCUGCCCCAUGGUCUCCGCCAGCGCCCUUGCGUUUUGUGCUUUUUUCACUGUGUCUGCGGCAUGAGGGCUGUGGACUGAUGGAUGAGCGCUUGAAUGCUACAGUUCCCCAGAAAAGCUUGUCACUUCCCCCUAAGAAAAGCUCAACCCCUGCCCAAAAAGGCUCAAUAACUCUGGGCUCUCUCCCUAAAAAAGCUCAACAGCUAUGGGCAAUGACAAUGGGUGGAUCACUAGCAGUUUUAUUAUACAGUCAUACCUCGGGUUGAAUGUGCUUCAGGUUGAGCGCUUUCAGGUUACGCUCCACGGCAACCCAGAAUUAACGGAGCGUGUUACUUCCAGGUUUCGCCACAUGCACAGACGCUCAAAAUGACGUCACACGCAUGCAUGGAAGUGGCAAAACAUAACCCGCGCACACGCAGACAUGCUGUCGUGUCUUACGUUCCAUUCAGGAUGCGAACGGGGCUCUGGAACGGAUCCCGUUUGCAUCCCGAGGUACCACUGUACUGGGAGUAGAUCCCAGUCUGUAUAGAGUUGGACAUGCCUGUGUUAAAUGGAGAGCUUGAGCCCACAGUUUGCCAGGCACAAAUUUCGCCACUGCGGCAAGAGACAGAGUCCGUGUGUAACACUAAACUUUGAAUGAUGGCUUAGCCCAGGUACAUGGGCUCCCGGAGGAGAGAUCACACUCGCUUUUCUCCUCCUGCAGAAUCGCAGGCAGUCGUAGUUUUGGCCUGCAGCAGAAGGUCUUAUCAUCCCAGCAAAUGAGCAGCUGCAGUGGGGCUGUUUUGAUUUUACGAUGCUGAAUUCUGGGUUGCAGCAAUGACCUCUGGUCCCUCAGUCCAAAUGACUUCCUUUUUAAAACCAGUGAAAACCAGUAGAAUUGUGGCUAAGCUUUAUUUACUGUUAUGUUUUAAAAAUAGGGUGUUCGCUACAGUCGCACUGAGAAGUUGAUUUGAUAAAAUGCCAAACUGGGGCAGAGGGGCUCCCCCAUAGAUGACAACUGAAGGGAGAGAAGGAGACUAGCUCUAGGAAUCAGACUCUUGGGUCCUUAACUGGGGUUCCCAUUUGAUCCUGUUCCCCAUACGACCCACAGCUCACUUGUGGGGCCUCCAAGGUGCCACGUUCCCCCCAGGAUAGACUCACAAGGACUUUUUAAAAAGAAAAAUACUAGCUGCAAAACUGGUGUGGAAAUGUGUAGAACUGGCUGUAGAGACUGGGAAAGUGAGGAACUGAAAAGAGACAAUAACGAGCAGAUUUGCCUAUGCCUGGCACAUAACCACACAGGGGGGAAAACGCUGUUUCUGGCUGCUGAGAGUAGGUGGGUUAUGAGCUCUUUAUGGUGUAAGUGGGCAUUACUAACUUGGAAGAUGUUUAGUAGGGCCGGUUCUGGGGUGACUACUAAUACUUGUUUAGUUAUUUUGCAUAUUCAUUGUAUGAUUGCUGUCCAGAAGAGUUGGAUUUUGGGGCAUUCCCACCACAUGUGGAGGUAUGUGCCUGUGGAGGUGCAUCCUCUCCAGCAUUUUGGUGAGGCUCCUGGGCGUAUUAGCGCUAGUUUCUGUGGUGUUAGGUACCAUCUGUAAGUGAGUUUCAGAGUGAGUUCUUUCCUCUGUUCCCACCCCACUCGCCAUUCCCCCUCCCCUUCUUCCUUCCUUUCUUCCUUCCUUUCCCCCCCUUCUUAACUGUUUAAACCAAUUCAUGAACCAAGAACCUGUACACUGACCACUAAUAAUGAAACAUAUGUUGCAGAUAUUUUUCCACAUUUACAGUGGUACCUCGGGUUACGAACUUAAUUCAUUCCGGAGGUCAGUUCUUAACCCGAAACCAUUCUUAACCUGAGGCACGCUUUUGCUAAUGAGGCCUGCUGCUGCCGCCGCUGCGCAAUUUCCGUUCUCAUCCUGGGGUGAAGUUCGCAACCCGGAGCAACUACUUCCCGGUUAGAGGAGUUUGUAACCCAAAGCAUUUGUAACCCAAGGUAGCACUGUAUUUUUGUGAUGUACAAAUGACAUGAGAAAACUUGGUCUGCUUGUUUGUAUAACAUUAUUCUUGUUUAUAAAACCCAAUAAAAAGAAGAUUUAUUUUUUUUAUGGCACAGCCCUGAAAGGCCAGGAAAUCCCCUCACAGAUUUUCUCCUGGAAGCAGCUCCUCUGAUGAGGGACAGGGUGGAGUGGGGUGGAGAGUGCGGCAGCCUCAGUCUCUCGCUAACACCCUUGUCGUUUCCAGACAGCCUACCCUCCGACGCAUUACAUCCGCCGGGUGCCCCAGAGGAAGAUCCACUACUUCACGGGUCUGCAGGUCCUCCAGCUCCUCAUCCUUUGUGGAUUUGGGAUGUCUCCCCUGCCCUACAUGAAGAUGAUCUUCCCCCUCAUCAUGAUCGGAAUGGUCCCUAUCAGGUACGCUCCGGAGAUGUGCUCCUUGCCCAAGAGGGCUUUGGGCUUAGAUGGGGCCUCUUUUAUCCUGCCCGUAAAAGUGUAGUGGUUAGAGCAGUGAUGGGCAAACUUGGUCCUCCAGCUGUUUUUGGCCUACAACUCCCGUGAUCCCUUGUUAACAGGACCAGUGUCAGGGAUGAUGGGAAUUGUAGUCCCAAAACAGCUGGAGGGCCGAGUUUGGCCAUCACGGGGUUAGAGGAUCAGGCUAUAAGAGCCAGGCGCAACCGGGGUUGAAAUGUUUGCUCAGCUGUGAAAUGCGCUUUGGGGGGCAGGCAGGACGGUAGACCAGCUGCUACCUCUUUCAGCCUGACCCGCUUCGCAGGGACGUUGUGAGGAGCAAAAUGGAAGCGGGGCAGGGAAGCAUGUAAACAACCCUACGCUCAUUCGAGGGGGAAAAUCAUACAUCCACUGUUUUGUUUAGAAUAUUUUCUUUCUUGUUUUCCUCCUCUAAAAACUAUGUGCGUGUUAUGGUCAGGUGCGUGUUAUAGAGCGAAAAAUACGGUAAAUAUUUAGCUGGCAUUGGUCUGUCUCGGGAGACAACAGAGGAGUGCGCCUGCUGUGACAUGUUUUGUUGCAGCCGGGGCAGGUGAAGGCAUCUGGUUCUGCUGCAGAUGCACCAUGACUUUUCUGCUCUCUGCGCUCCUCCCAGCAGUCAUUCCUCCUCUGCUCACUGCUGCGGAUGCACAACUUGACUAUCUGCCUCCAGGCACUGCGGUCGUCUGCAAGGGAUUCCCACACGGCGGGUUGAUGUUGCAGACAUCUCUGUAACACAGAGCUGGUCUGCCAACAGGCCUGGUGCCGGAAGCCACAGAGAUCACCUUGGAGAAAAUAAUAAUAAUAAUAAUAAUAAUAAUAAUAAUAAUAAUAAUUUAUUAUUUUUACCCCGCCCAUCUGGCUGGGCUUCCCCAGCCACUCUGGGUAGCUUCCAACAGAAUAUUAAAAACAAUACAACGUCAGAUAUUAAAAACUUCCCUAAACUUCCCUAAUCAGUUGUCUUUUAAAAGUAAAAUAGUUGUUUGUUGCCUUGACAUCUGCUGGGAGGGCAUUCCACAUGGCAGGCGCCACUACCGAGAAGGCCCUCUGCCUGGUUCUCUGUGACCUCGCUUCUCGCAGCGAGGGAACCGCCAGAACGCCGUUGGUGCUGGACCUCAGUGUCCGGGCUGAACUAUGGGGGUGGAGACGCUCCUUCAGGUAUACUGGGCUGAGGCUGUUUAGGGCUUUAAAGGUCAGCACCAACACUUUGAAUUGUGCUUGGAAACGUACUGGGAGCCAAUGCAGAUGUCUCAGGACCGGUGUUAUAUGAUCUCGGCGGCCACUCCCAAUCACCAGCCUAGCUGCUGCAGUCUGGAUUAAUUGCAGUUUCCGUGUCACCUUCAAAGGUAGCCCCACAUAGGGCACAUUGCAGUAGUCCAAGCGGGAGAUAACCAGAGCAUGCACCACUCUGGCGAGACAGUCUGUGGGCAGGAAGGGUCUCAGCCUGCGUACCAGAUGGAGCUGGGAGACAGCCACCCUGGAUACAGAAUUGACCUGCGCCUCCAUGGACAGCUGUGAUGAUGAUGAUGAUGAUGAUUGCUAUUAUGAUGUACCCUGCAUUUCGCCUUGCAAAUUAUCCUGGGGCCUUUCUGCAUGCACAGCAGAUUCUCUUCCCAGGUCGUAAGCGAAAGACAGCAGCUCAGAAAUGGAGCAUCUGCUUUCCACGCAGAAACGUCCCAGGUUCGACUCCCCGGGUAGCUCUGGGAUAGAUUCCCUGCUCUGAAUUCCUGGAGAGUCACUUCCAGCCAGUGUAGGAAGUGCUGAGCUCACUGAACCACUGGUGUGGCUCAGCGUAUGGCGCUUUCCUGUGUCCCUGCAGUGCGUUAGGUGCAGAGCCCGUAAGAGCCACGCGCAAAGUCUUCCGCUUAGGGCAGAAUCUAACGGUGUCCCCCUUCUUCCACUCAGGUAUAACUUGCUCCCAAGGAUCAUUGAAGCGAAAUACUUGGAUGCAAUGGAUGCUGAGCACUAGGGGAAGAAGCAGCCUUGUUUCCCUUGCAUCAGCCAGCGGGCUUCUAUCUUUUUCAAACGGAAAGGAAGCUGGCGUCUGGGUGGGCGACUCGCCGGACGUUUGGUUUGGAUCCUGAACCUCUCGUGACUUGAUUUUUGUACUCCUGCACAACUGACUACCCAAAGGC